UACACCUCUCUGUGUAGUUUUGUUUUAUUAUCUGGGGGCUCGGCCGUUCUCACCUUGGAUUUUCAGCACACCUGUCUGAAUAAGAGGACCGGGUAGUCCGCCGGGCUCCGUCCCAUCAACCCCAGGCACCCUUGUGGAAACAAGGUGCCGACCGUCAUGUCCACACAGGCGCCGACGUUCACGCAGCCGCUGCAGAGCGUCGUGGCACUGGAGGGUAGUGCCGCGACGUUCCAGGCUCAAGUCAGUGGUUCUCCAGUUCCUGAGGUGAGCUGGUUCCGUGAUGGCCAGGUUCUUUCUGCCUCCGCUCUGCCCGGCGUUCAGAUCUCGUUCAGCGACGGCCGCGCUGUUCUGAUGAUCCCCGCUGUGACCGCCGCACACAGCGGACGCUUUUCUGUCAGAGCCACCAACGGUGCUGGACAAGCCACGAGCACCGCUGAGCUCCUCGUCACAGCGGAGACGGCGCCUCCCAGCUUCCUUCAGAGGCUGCAGAGCUCCACCGUGAGGCAGGGCAGCCAGGUGAGGCUGGAUGUCAGAGUGACAGGUAUCCCCACACCUGUGGUCAAGUUCUAUAGAGAGGGAGCUGAGAUCCAGAGCUCGGCUGACUUCAGAAUCCUGCAGGACGGAGACCUGUUCAGUCUGCUGAUUGCCGAAGCCUUCCCAGAGGAUUCUGGGACGUAUUCUGUGACAGCCACCAACAGCAGCGGACGGGCUACGUCCACCGCCGAGCUGCUGGUCCAAGGUGAAGAAGCUGUUCCAGCGAAGAAAACCAAGACCGUGAUUUCAACCGCUCAGAUUUCACAGACCCGACAAACUCGAGUAGAGAAGAGGAUGGAGGCCAGUUUCCAGGCCACCACCAUGAUGCAGAUGCAGUUGGAGGGAGCCCAGAUCACUCAGCUGCUGGGUCACAAGACUCCGCCCAGAGUUCCACCAAAACCCACGUCUAAGUCCCCGACCCAGCCCUCACUGGUUGCCAAGGUGGCCGGAGGGCGCCAGCAGUCCCCAUCACCUGUCAGACACGUGAAGGCACCCACGCCCACACCUGUCAGGUGGGUGGAGCCUCCAGUUCAUGUCAUAUGAAAAAUUAAACCAAUCAGGCCGGUCAAGUCCCCCAUAACAACACGAAAACAGCCUGCCACGAGCGCCGAUGUCCUCCCGCCCUGGAAACAAGGCGUAGACUCCGUCACGAUGGUGGUCCAGCAGCAAAUUACAGAGGCCAAAGAGGCCGAGGGCGAGAAAAGAGCUGGGGCGGUGGCCACGGUGGUGGCAGCCGUUGACCUUGCUCGUGUCCGUCAGCCCGUGCAUGUUGAGGGCGAUCGAAAUGAAGAGCAGGAGGCGGAGGCGAUAGAGGCGGAGCUAAGGCAGCGGGCUGCGGCUAUGGCGUCCGGUCAGCAAUAUGGACUCGGCUGGACGUCAACCAGACUGCAGACAGCCCAAACGCUCUCAGCUGAACCCCAGCCUCAGAUCCGUGUGGACACUGGUCUCAGCCCGUCUCCAGUUCCACAUUUCACAGUUUCUAAAGUUUCUGUCCCAAAACCAGAGACUAGCGCCGAGGUUUCCAUCGCUGGUUCGGCUAUCGCCACACUGCAGAAAGAGUUAUCCUCAUCCUCUGCCACCACUCUAAAGAUCACCAAGCCGGUCAAGUCCCCCAGUCUGCUCCAUAAGUCGGCCGAGGCCAGAGAGCCGCUGGGGCCCAUCCUGCCCCCAUUCAGAGAGUCCACCGAGAAAUACCGCCUUGGCACCGAGUUUCAGACCGGGGCCGGAUACUGGGGGGGCACAGCAAGAGAAUAUGAGGACUGGGCGGCAAAGGUGGUGGCGAUAGCAGCUGUACCUUCAGCAGGUGGCGCUGUGGUCCCGCCCACUCUGGUGUCUGGAUUGAAGAAUACUAACGUGACUGAGGGCGAGUCGGUGACCCUGGAGUGUCAGAUCAGCGCUCAGCCCACCCCCGUCAUCAUAUGGUUCAGAGAAGACUACAAGAUCGAGAGUUCAAUCGACUUCCAGACCAGCUACGAGAGCGGACUGGCCCAGAUGGUGAUCCGCGAGGUGUUUGCUGAAGACAGCGGCCGCUUCACCUGCACCGCCACCAACGAGGCGGGAACCAUCAGCACCUCCUGCUUCCUGCUGGUCCAGGUGUCCGAGGACAUCGAGAGCAGACAGGAUAUUUCUGCCAGCAAGCAAGUUGAAAUUGUUCAGGAGAAGCUGCUUUCUGAGGAAACCAAAGUAGAGACCAUGUCUGAGGUGAGCGUGGUGGAGUCAGAUGCCCCUGCUGCCGCCCCCUUCUUCAUCAAGAAGCCCACCACCCAGAAGCUGGUGGAGGGAGGAAGCGUGGUGUUCGAGUGCCAGGUCGGAGGAAACCCCAAACCUCACGUCAUCUGGAAGAAGAGCGGCUUUCCGCUCACCACCGGAUACAGGUAUAAAGUGGCCUACAGGAAGGAGACUGGAGAGUGCCGGCUGGAGAUCUCCAUGACCUUCGCUGACGAUGCCGGAGAAUACUCCGUCUUUGCUAAGAAUCAGCUGGGAGAGGUUUCAGCCUCCACUAGCCUGCUGGAGGAAGAGGAGUACGAAGCCUACACGAAGAAACAGGAAGCGACCUUUAAGACUGAAGUGAUGGCUGUGGUGCAGGAGCCCAAAGUGGGAGAUAUUCCUCCCAUCACGGUGACGGAGCAGAUGACCACGACCAUCAUCUCCGGACAGGAGUUCCAUCUGUCUGCCAUGGAGCAGAGGAUCAUCCAGGAGAUCGAGCUCACCAUCAUGAAGAUCACCUACCGAGAGAUUGUUACAGAGGAUGGGGAGCUGAUGGUGACCGCCGCCCCUGGCGAGGUAGUGCAGCCUGCCUUUGACACUCCCGUCAAAAACUACAGGAUCAUGGAGGGCAUGGGGGUCACCUUCCACUGCAAGAUGGCCGGAGUACCUCUGCCCAAGAUUGCCUGGUACAAAGACGGCCAGCGCAUCCGGCCUGGAGACCACUACCAGAUGGAGGUUCUCCAGGACGGACGGGCCAGCCUCCGUCUGCCUGUGGUGCACCCAGAGGAUGAAGGCGUCUACACCGCCUUCGCCUCCAACAUGAAGGGGAACUCUGUGAGCUCAGGGAAGCUCUAUGUGGAGCCGUCUGGAGCCGCCACCCAGAGAUUCACCCCACAGCCUGCUGUGCAGAGAAUCAGGUCCACAUCACCUCGUUCUCUGAGCCGCUCUCCGGGCCGUUCGCCCAGCCGUUCGCCCGGACGCUCACCAGCCCGCCGGCUUGAUGAAACCGACGAAACUCAGCUGGAAAGACUCUACAAACCCGUUUUCGUCACCAAGCCUUCCUCAGCGAAAUGCUCAGAGGGACAGACCGCCCGGUUCGACCUGAAGGUUGUGGGCAGACCGAUGCCCGACACAUACUGGUUCCACAACGGACAACAAGUGGUUAGCGACUACACUCACAAGAUAGUGGUCAAAGAAGACGGUACUCAGUCCCUGAUCAUCGUCCCGGCUAUGCCUGAAGACUCUGGAGAGUGGACUGUGGUGGCUCAGAACAGAGCUGGACGCUCAUCCAUCUCCACCACUCUCACCGUUGAUGCUAAAGAAACCCUGGUGAGACCACAGUUUACGGAGAAGCUGAGGAACAUCAGCGUGAAGCAGGGAACACUGGUGGAGCUGGCGGUGAAAGCCAUUGGAAACCCGCUGCCCGACAUUGUCUGGCUGAAGAACAGCGACAUCAUCACCCCACAAAAGCACCCAAACGUCAAGAUUGAGGGAACCAAAGGAGAGGCCAAGUUCCAGAUCCCGUCUGCAUUGGGCUCGGACAGCGCCUGGUACACAGCUACAGCCAUCAACAAGGCCGGUAGAGACACCACCCGCUGCAGAGUCAACGUGGAGGUGGAAUAUACUGAGCCUGAGCCAGAGAGGAAGCUGAUUAUUCCCAAAGGAACCUACAAAGCCAAAGAGAUCGCUGCUCCGGAGCUGGAACCGCUGCACCUGCGGUACGGUCAGGAGCAGUGGGAGGAUGGAGACCUUUACGACAAAGAGAAGCAGCAGAAACCUCUGUUCAAGAAGAAGCUGACCUCUGUCCGCAUGAAGCGCUUUGGUCCGGCUCACUUUGAAUGCAGACUGACCCCCAUCGGUGACCCCACCAUGAUGGUGGAGUGGCUCCAUGAUGGAAAACCUCUGGCUGCUGCCAACCGGCUGCGCAUGGUCAAUGAGUUUGGCUACUGCAGCCUGGACUACGAGGUGGCUUACGCCAGAGACAGUGGCGUCAUCACCUGCAGAGCCACCAACAAGUUUGGAGUGGACCAGACUUCGGCCACCCUGAUCGUCAAGGACGAGAAAGGCCUGGUAGAGGAGUCGCAGCUUCCUGAAGGCAGGAAGGGAGCGUUCCGGAUCGAUGAGAUGGAGCGCAUGGCUCGUGAAGGUGGACCGUACGGAGUCACAGCUGAAGAAGAAACAGAGAAAACUAAACCUGAGAUCGCCCUGCUACCUGAACCAGUAAGCGUUAAGGAGGGUGACACAGCUCGGUUCCGCUGCAGAGUGACCGGUUAUCCGGCACCCAAGGUCAACUGGUACCUGAACGGACAACUUAUCCGCAAAAGCAAGAGAUACAGACUCCGUUACGACGGGAUUUACUACCUGGAGAUCACAGAUAUCAGAUCCUAUGAUGCAGGGGAGGUUAAAGUGGUGGCAGACAGCAACCUGGGCUCGGCUGAGUACAUUGUGAAGCUGGAGAUUCAGCAGAAGGAAGACUUCAGGACUCAUCUUCGCCGUGCCCCUGAGGCCAAGGCAGGUGAGGCUGCACCUGAGCCUGGAAAGACGGCGUUCGAGGUGGUGAAGGUUGAGAAGCCUGCAGAGGAGCUUCAGCUUAAGGAGGUGGUAAAGCUUAAAAAAGCCCAAAGAAUUGUUCAUGAGAAAGCCCGAGAGGAGUCCGAUGAGCUGAGGAGCAAGUUCAAGCGCAGGACAGAAGAAGGCUACUAUGAGUCCAUCACAGCCGUGGAGCUCAAGUCUCGUAAGAGGGAUGACUCCUAUGAGGAUCUGCUGAAGAAGACCAAGGAGGAGCUGCUUCAUCAUGCCAAAGAGAAGGAGGAGGCUGAGAAGAGGAAGGAAGAGGAGCGUAAAGCUACUGCAAAACCUCUGAAACCAGAGAGAGUUAAGCUCUCCCCUAGCAUGGAAGCUCCUAAGAUCUUGGAGCGUAUCACUAGCCAGACAGUGGCACAGGGCGAUGAAGUCAAAUUCAGAUGUAGAGUCAUUGGUAGACCAGAACCUGAAUGCCAGUGGUUCAAGAACGGUGUGCAAAUGGAGAAGUCUAAGCGUAUUUACUGGUACUGCCCUGAGGACAAUGUUUGUGAGCUAGUAAUCCGAGAUGUCAUAGCGGAGGAUUCAGCUAGCAUCAUGGUUAAAGCAACCAACACCGCUGGAGAGACUUCGAGCCAUGCUUUCCUGCUGGUCCAAGCAAAACAGGUCAUCACCUUCACACAGAAGCUGGAGGACACCAAUGCCAAGGAGAAGGACACCAUGGCUACCUUUGAGUGUGAAACUAAUGAGCCUUUUGUGAAGGUCAAAUGGCUGAAGGACAAUAUGGAGAUCUUUUCCGGAGACAAAUACAGGAUGCACUCUGACAGAAAGGUCCACUUCCUGUCUGUGCUGAUAAUCAGCAUGAGGGAUGAUGCAGAGUACACCUGCGUGGUUGUAGACGACGACAGCGUCAGGACCAGUGCCAAGCUUAAUGUUGAAGGAGCUCCUCUGGAGAUCCUGAAGCAGCUGGAGAGCACCGAAGUGCCGGAGACGUACUCUGGAGAGUUUGAAUGCUUGGUGUCCCGUGAGGACUCGGAAGGCAGCUGGUUCUUUGGAGAAAAGCUGCUUUCUCCCAGCAGUAAAUAUGUCAUGUCCUCCCGUCGUGGAAGACACACUCUCUCUGUGAAAGAUGUCAAGAAAGAAGACCAGGGAAAAUAUACCUUCCAAGUGGGUGAACUCAAGACAAGUGCUUCACUGAAGAUGAAACUGCGUCCUGUGACCCUGAUGCAGCCUUUGACAGACCUGGUUGUCUGUGAGGGGGACAUUGCUCAGCUUGAGGUCAAGUUCUCCCAGGAGAACGUUGAAGGAUCCUGGAAGAAGAACGGACAACCAAUCGCAGCAUCGAACCGCAUUCACAUCAUCACUGACAAGCAAAUUCACAAACUCCUGAUUGAGGAUACCAACAAGGAUGACUGUGGGAUGUACUCUUUCGUAGUUCCUGAUCAUGAGAUUACGACCACUGCAAAGCUGGUCAUUCAGACUAUCGGCAUCCUGAUCCCACUGAAGGACACGACUACAGUUGAGGGCACCAAGGCCGUCCUGGAGGCCAAGAUUUCGGCUCAGGACGUCAGCUCUGUUAAAUGGUACCACAACGACAAGCUGCUGACACCGAGUGAGCGACUCAAUAUGGUGGCAAAGGGAGCCAAGCAGCGCCUGGUCUUCACCAGGACCUAUGCUUCUGAUGAAGGACAGUACAAGCUGGUUGUGGGUCGAGUCGACACCAGCUGCAAAUUUACUGUUCAGGCGGUCCAGAUUGUGAAGCCGAUGAAAGAUGAGAAGUGCUCCGAAUCUGAAAAUGUCACCUUCCAAGUUGAGACUUCUCACUCUGGCAUCGACCCCUUCUGGACCUUCAAGAGGCAGCCACUCAAAGCCAGUGCCAAGCACAAGAUGGAGUCCAAGAACAAACUGCAUUCCCUGACAGUCAUGAACGCGAUGAAGGACGAAGAGGGCGAGUACAUGUUUGCCGCUGGUGAGAAGAUGUGCACUGCCUCUCUCACCGUGACAGGCGGCGCCAUCAAGAGGCCUCUGCAAGAUAUGGUGGUGGCCGACUCCCAGACUGCAGUGCUGGAGUGUCAAGUAGCCAACCCAUCAGCAGAGGGGAAAUGGCUGAAAGAUGGCCUGCCAGUCGACUUCAACGAGAAUGUGCUGAGCAAAGUAGACGGCGCAGUGAGACGCCUGGUGAUCGUCAUCACCAAAGCCACAGACAUCGGCGAGUACACCUACCAGAUUGCUACCUCCAAGACGUCGGCCAACCUGAGAGUGGAAGCUGUGAAGAUCAAGAAGACCCUGAAGAACCUGAAUGUGGUCCAGACUCAGGAAGCCGUGUUCAGCCUGGAGUUGACCCAUGAGAACGUGCGGGGAGUGCAGUGGAUCAGAAAUGGUGUUGAGCUCCAGUCCAGCGAUAAAUAUGAAAUCAGCAUCAAGGGAACAGUCCACACCCUGAAAAUCAAGAACUGCACCACCCAGGACGAGUCCGUCUACUCUUUUAAACUAGGAAAGCUGUCUGCAAACGCCAGACUGAACGUUGAGACCAUUAAGAUCCUGAAGAAGCCAAAGGAUGUAACAUCACUGUUGGGUGCAACAGCUGUGUUUGAAGUCAGCAUCUCUGAGGAUGACGUGCCAGUGAAAUGGCUGUUCAAGAAGCAGGAGCUGAAGUCCAGCGAGCACUACAGCUUGCUUUCUGAGAAGAGGACCCACAAACUCAUCGUUCAGAACGUGGACAGCAGCAAGGAGGGCGAGUACACGGCUGUCGUUGGACACCUGCAGUGCAGCGCCCACCUCACCGUUGAGUCUCUGCGAGUCACCAAACCCAUGAAGAACCUGCAGGUCCCGGAGACCCAGGCCGCCACGCUGGAGUGCGAGGUGUCGCACUUCAACGUGCCGUCCACCUGGCUGAAGAACGGCGUGGAGAUCGAGAUGAGCGAGAAGUUCAGGAUCGUGGUCCAGGGGAAACUCCACCAGCUGAAGAUCAUGAACACCAGCAGGGACGACUCGGCCGAGUACACCUUCGUGUGCGGGAACGACCGCGUGUCGGCGACGCUCACCGUCAACCCUAUUCUGAUCACAACGAUGCUGGAGAACCUGAACGCUCAGGAGAAAGACACGGUCACGUUCGAGGUCAACGUCAACUACGAAGGAAUCACCUACAAAUGGCUGAAGAACGGCGUGGAGAUCAAAUCCACAGACAGAUGCCAGGCUCGCUGCAGACAGCUGACCCACACUCUGAGCAUCAGGAACGUCCACUUCGGAGACAGCGCCGAGUACACCUUCAUGGUUGGCUCUGCAGCGACCACCGCCAAACUUUACGUGGAGGCCCGAGUGGUUGAAUUCACCAAACAUCUGAAGGACCUGAAGAUCACGGAGAAGAAGAGAGCGACGUUUGAGUGCGAAGUCUCCGAGCCGAACAUCCAGGUGAUGUGGAUGAAGGACGGUCAGGAGCUGGAGAUGUCCGACAGAUACAAAAUGACCUCGGACAAAUUUGUGCACCGUCUGGUUUUGCCAUCAGUCCGUUUGUCUGAUAUCGGUGAGUACACGGCUGUGGCUGGGUCCAGCAUGUCCAAAGGUCACCUGGGAGUCGAGGGACGGGAUGUCAAAAUCUCGGAGCCUGUUAGCAGAGAAAUCACAGUUGUUGAAAAACAAAGAGCAACUUUUGAGUUCGAGGUGAACGAGGACGACGUGGAGGGCCGCUGGCUGAGGAAUGGAGUGGAGAUCCAGUUCUCCAUGGAGGAGAGGUUCAACUACGCCACCAUCAGGAAGCUGCACCGCCUCACCAUCUCGGAGACCUUCAGGAGCGACGCCGGGGAGUACACCUUCAUGGCUGGCAAGAACAGGAGCACCAUGAACCUCCAUGUGAGAUUGCCAGAACCGCCUCAGAUUGUGCGGGACAUGCAGGCCCAGACAGCAAUGUCGGGUAGGUCGGUCCGCUUCUCGGCACAGGUGAGCGGCCUCCCUCAGCCACAGGUGUCCUGGUACAAAGACUCCCAGGUUCUGUCUACCAGCUACAAAUGCAAGUUCCUCCAUGACGGAGACGAGCACACGCUGCUGCUGCUGGAGGUCUUCCCCGAGGAUGCCGCCGUCUACAGCUGUGAGGCCAGGAACGACUAUGGAGAGGCGACCAGCUCUGCCCCUCUCACCGUCGAAGUUCCUGAGGUGGCUGAAACCGUGAGUCAGGUCUCGGCUCCGGUCCUCAUCACCCCCCUGAGAGAUAUGCUGGUCUCAGAGGGACAGCCUGCUCAGCUGCAGUGCACCGUCUCUGGGGAAGAUCUGCAGAUUUCUUGGUUCUGUAAUGACAGAGAGAUCAGACAGUCUGACAUCUUCAGGAUGUCUCAUUUUGAUGAAACAUGCCUGCUGGAGAUUUCCAGAGUUGUCGUUGACCAUGAGGGAGAGUACUCAUGCAUUGCCACUAAUGCAGCAGGAAUGGUCUCUUGCUCUGCUACUCUGAAUAUUGAUGUAACAGAAGUGGAGGAGAAAGCCACCGUUCAGGAGGAGGUUAAAGCUUCUUCCAGCUCAACCACGGCGGCGGCGGAGGAGGCGCAGGAGUCGUACUUCAACAGUUUAAAACUUCCAGAUAAAACCAGAGCACUCGAACUCAAACCAGAGACCAAACGCUUCUCCCGCUCUUUGGGGAGGAAAAAAGAAAAACCAGUUUUCCUCAGCCAACUUUCUCCUGCAGCCACGACUGUCGGAGAAACGGCCGUGUUUACGGUCAGGGUGUCCGGAUGCCCCGAACCCACCGUUCGGUGGUUCCACGACGGGCUGAGCAUAACCCGCUCAUCCCUGUUCGCCUUCGUUCAUGAACUGGACGAGUACAGUUUGGUCAUUAACAAAGUUCAGAGGGAGUUUGAGGGGGAGUACUCCUGCACGGUCAGUAAUAGAUUUGGCCAGUCGACCUGCAGGUCUUAUCUUCAUGUUCAGCUGGAGGAGCAGGGACACGGGACAACAUCUGUACUGACCGGUAAACCUCCAAAGUUCACUAAAACCGUAGAGAGUGUUGAGGUUUCAGAGGGGGGUCAGUGUUUCUUUAGGUACCUGGUGGCUGGAGAUCCACUCCCUGAGGUCCAGUGGCUCAAGGGAGGCUUCCACAUUCAGCCAGGUGGUUCCUCCAUCAUGGUGAACAACCCAGACGGAUCAGGCUUCAUGAGCAUCAAAGGCGUCAAACAGGAGCAUGCUGGCGUGUACACCUGUAAGGCCUCCAACCGGCACGGAGACGACUCCUGUAGAGCCAAACUGCUCGUACUCAGCCAGGAAGGCCAUGAAGAACACACCACAGUUCAGAAAAGUAUGGGCUUGGUCAUAUCGAUGACUGAAGAGAGCUCAGAAUCCAGAUUACAGCAGGAAAGAAGCCGGUCGGAUCAGAUGAUUUACACCAUCUGCACUGAAGACCGGCAGAUCAUUCCCAGUGAGGAGGUGGGAACCCUCCGAGAGCUGGACAUCUCUGCUGCCACCCUGCAUCGAGAGCAGGUCGCCCAGCAGGCAGCAGUCCUGCACUCACAUCAGAUCCAGGAGAGGGUUUCUCUGGCUCCAGUCUCGCCUCCGGUCUCAGCCGUUCCCACCAAGCAGCUUCACGUGGCCUCGUUCCUUUCCUCGGUCCAGGAGACGCCAAAGAUCACAGAGCAGCACUCCGAGCGAGUCCUCAGCCCUGACGUCAUCCAGCUCCAGCUGGGCAAAGAGCAGCUGUCCAAACUCAUGUCGGCUACAUCUGAGGAGGUUCUGUCCUUCACCAGUCUGAGAGCCGAGGCUUUGACGGACCGGACUCCAGAACUCAUUCAGACCGGGACCGAGCCCAGGCAGCUUGUUAGCAGCCACCAGGUCCAGUCUGUUUUAUCCAUCUGCCACGAACCGUCAGGUGUGGUGUGCAGACCAGAGGAGGAAACCAGUUUCAGAGUCACAGAAGGGGUAAAGAUCUUGUACUCGGCUCAGUCUGCAGGCCAUCUGCUGCUCACAGGAACCACCUCCCAGCCUCUGCCAGAUCUGGACUCUGCCAUCAAACCACAAAUAGAGCAAGAACAGUCUGAACCGGUCUUAGCAGCGCUGAAUGAAACCAGAGUGACUUUAUCCAAAGAGCAGGAAUUUCAGAUCCAGAAACCAGAGCAGCAAAGACUCCAGCCAUGCAAAGACCAAGUCUAUCGAUCAGCUGCGACCACCGAGGAGAAGUACGAGGUCCAGGCCGAGAAGACAGGACUGGUGAUGCCUUUAGGAUCUUCGGUGUGUCUGCAGACUCAGCAGGAGAAGAGACAAGCUGUCUGCCUGCAGGUGGCCAGUGAUCAGGAUGUGCUGGAGUCUGAGGGGAGGCUGAGCCAUCAACGGCCCACCGCAGACCAGGCGGAGGUCAGGAAGAGUCUGACUGUGAUGCAUUCAGUGACUCAGGAUGAGCAGAGGACUGUGGUCUGUGAGACAACAUCAGAGUUCACAGCAGAGACUGAAACCACCUCCGUUCAGCCGAAGAAAGAGCCCCCACGAGCCAAACACCUUCAGUUGGUCCAGUCUGUGUCUGUUUUACCGAAGGAAGGUGAGCUCGCCGUGACGACACCUGUGCAGCAGGUGGCAACUCAGACACAGGAAAAGGCUCGACGCCACGCAUCUGCCUCAGAGGAGAGAUGGAAAAUCACUGCAGAUUAUGUGGGAGACCUCCAUCUGUCCGCUGACGGGGUUCAGUCGCAGCUUCGGACAGAGUCCAGGACUCCCAGCAUCCUCCCGGUGUCGUCCCAGCCCCUCCAGCUGCCGAAGGAGACGCCUCUGGUUUCUGAUUACAGGCAGCAGCGAGCAUUAAUACAGAGAGAGGAGAACUGGAAUAUCCUGCAGUCUUUGAACGUUGCAGACACUCACACUCUGGAGGAGGGUCACACCACCAGACUAGAAACUGAUGAUAAAUUUAAACCACAAAUCAAAACUGAGCCAAAGAUCCCCAAAAAACCAGUUUUCAUUGAGGAGAAAGCGGUCGCUACUGAAAGCUGCUGCAUCCUGGAGGCUGCUCAGCAGGACUUUGCAGUCCAGAUCCAGGAGGGACAGUCGGUCCGACAGUCGGUGGUGCUGGAAGAGAAGCAGGUCAUCAUGGGAGAGAGGUCCGCUGAGAUCCGUAAAUCUGAGGCCUCAACCGUUGGCGUCAAUAUGCAGUCCAAAGAACUCAUGUUUGUCCACGAGUCUCAAGACACGCAGACUCUACCUAAAGAACUCAGCUUUGUCAUUCACAUCCCAAAACAGUCCCGUGUGAACAUCCGGCUUCAGCUCCGGGACGCUCUCCAGUCCGCCGUGGCCACUGAGCAGCCAGUGCUGCUGGCUGACGUCAUCGGACGCUUACAGCUGGUCGAGGUACAGGAGGUCAAAGUUCAGAGAGAGCCAAGCCGGGCCAUGAACACCUACCUGAUCAAGUCACCAGGAGUUCCUCUGGAGAUGACUCUUCGUUUUGAAGGAGAAUACCCUCAGACAGCCGACCUAAAGUCUGAGCUCCAGGUUGCUCUGAACGCCGUGGUUUUCAAGGACCAGGAAAGUCUGACUUCUGAACAGCCCGGUGUGUCGCAGAUUUACCGGCAUCAGAGAGUCCAGGUCCGCUCGGCGCCGUCCAGUCAGGUGCUAUCAUCUGUGGUGGACGCCGUGAUGGUGGUGGAGAGCGUUGCGCCGUUUCCUCCAGAGGUUACUCAGUCUGCAGCCGUCAGAACUGAAGCCAAGGCUUCCUUCCAACGCGUGACAGAAAGCAUGCAGGCGAGUUGGAGCACGGUCCAAUCAGAGAGCAGCGCUGCGGCCGUGAGCAGGCCGGUCCACACAGAAACCAGAGAAGAGUUUCUGUCAGAGGCCAUCAUGAUCAGCGAAUCCUCCGACAGCCUGAUUGAUUAUCCUGUGGUCACCGAACCGCUGCAGGACGUGUGUGCUGAGGAAAACUGUCCAGCGGUUUUUACCGCCACUGUUAAAUUCGCCUCCAAAGUUAACUGGUUUUUCAACGGUCAGUUAGUGACACCUGGUGAUGAGUUCAAGUGCUCGAAAGAUCAGGACAUGCACACACUAGCUAUCACCAGAGUUGUUAAAGAGAGGCAUCAAGGAAAGUAUGUCUGUGAGGCCGAGAACGAAGCCGGCAGGACCGCCACGUCCUCCAGACUCACGGUCUUACAAGCUGUGAAGCCUGUCUUCACACACAGGAUCACUCCUCUGGAGAUCAACGUCGGCAGCGUGGCCAGGUUCGAAUGUACGACUGCCGACGCUCCAGACGUAACCUUCAGGUGGUUUAAAGAUGGCCACCCCGUCAAAGAGGGGGAUAGGUACAGGAUUAUCAGCCGCUUCACGGCUUCCUCUCUGGAGGUCCUGAGCCCGACCAGGGAGGACAGCGGCGAAUACGCCUGCAAGGCGACAAACCAGCAUGGUGGUGACGAAUGCUCCGCCGCCCUCAGCGUAACAGAGCAAUUCCCUCCUGUUUUUCUAAGUAAAUCCGACUUCCAGACUGUGUAUGUUGGACAGAGGGCUCUGGUCCAGUGUGUGAUAACAGGAUCUGCUCCUCUGAAUGUUGUGUGGCUCAAAGACCACCAGGCAGUGCCCACAAGGUUCCAGACCUCUUGUGAAAACGAUAAGCACACUCUUGAGAUCCCCGAGCUGAUGGCAGCGGAUGGGGGUCGGUACGUGUGCAGGGCGUGGAACGGUUGCGGGGCAGCUGAGUGCAGCACCGAGCUGCGUGUUGUUGGUAAACCCAGCUUUGUGAAGCCCCUGGCUCCGGUUGCUGCCGUGGUCGGAGCGCCUCUGCACCUGGAGUGCCAGGUGGACGAGCACACAGGAGCAACUGUCACCUGGACCAGAGAUGGUCGGAAAGUUCACCAGUCUCCAGACUGUAAACUGUCUUUCCAGGAUAAGACAGUAACUCUUGAUAUCCUGAAGACCACACUGAAGGAUUGUGGAGAUUAUGUGUGUAAGGUGGAAAAUGAAGCUGGCAGUGCAUCUUGCUCCACUUCGGUGAAGGUUCAAGAACCACCAGCCUUCGUGAAGAGGCUGGAAUCCACCACGGUUUGGAAGCAGGGCAGCAGUGCCCGGCUGCAGUGCACCGUCAAAGGAUCCCCGGAGCUCCAUGUGAGCUGGUUCUUCAACAACACGGAGCUAGCGGCUGGUGGCAGGUCUGCAGUCAGUCUGAAGGACGGCCUCUCCACUCUGGAGGUGAAAGAUGUGAUGCUGAGCGACAGUGGAAACUACAGCUGUGAAGUUCUUAAUGAGUCUGGCUGUGAAAGUUGUAGCACGAAGGUUACAGUGAAAGAACCUCCAUCGUUCACUAAAGGUUUAGCAUCCAUAGAGGCGGUCCGAGGUUCGGUAGCGGUGCUGCAGUUUGAGAUUUCAGGCUCAGCACCAUUCGAAGUGGCCUGGAAGAAGAAUAAGAAACGUUUGUCUGCAGAUAAGAAGUUCAGCAUAGUGUCACAGGGGUCGCUGAUCUCUCUGGAGAUCCACAGGUUUGAGAGCGCCGAUACUGGAGAAUACGAAUGUGUCGUGUCCAACGAGGUCGGCUCGGCGACCUCAACGUCAGUGGUUAAACAACGAGAGCCACCCGUCUUCUCAAAGAGGAUAGAAAGCGCUAUGGCGGUUUUAGGAAAUGCAGUGAAACUUCAGGGAGUCCUGAAAGGCUCCGCCCCCAUCUCCGUCAAAUGGAUGAAAGACUCUGAUAUUCUCAGAGAAGAUCAGAACGUCAGAGUGACGUUUGAGAACAGCGUUGCGAGCAUUUUCUUCUCGUCUGUAGAGCUGAAACAUGGCGGCAAGUACACCUGCCUGGCUGUAAACGAGGCCGGGCAGCAGAAAUGCGAGGCCGUCCUGACCAUCCAAGAGCCUGCCAGGAUCUUAGAGAGACCGGCGUCCAUCAACGUGACCGCCGGCGACAUGGCCACGCUGGAGUGUUCGAUCUCUGGAAGCCCCGAGCUGAAAGUGAAGUGGUUUAAAAAUGGAAAGGAGAUGAUCAGUGGCCGUAAAUAUAAGAUGACCGUGAAGGAGAACGUGGCUGUUCUCAAGAUCCUCUCGGCAGACCGAGGAGACACCUCAGAGUACACGAUGGAGGUGUCCAAUAACGUGGGGAAAGACCAGUGCACGUUCUCAGUCACCGUUAUAGAUCGUGCAGUUCCACCGUCCUUCACCAGAUCUCUAAAGAAAGCCGACGGCAGUGUUGGUGGAGAUGUUACCCUGGACUGCAGGGUGGCUGGAUCUCAGCCCCUGCUUCUGUCCUGGUUCAAAGACCAGAAAGAAAUCCACAGUGGUGAUAAAUAUAAAGUGGCUUUCAGUGAAAGUACGGCCUCUGUGACCAUAACAGGCCUGGAUCAGAGCGAUGAGGGAAAUUACUCCUGCCGGGCCUCUAAUGAAGCUGGAGUAACAGAAACCAGUGCUGCUCUGUCGGUCAAAGAACCUCCGUCCUUCACUGUGAGACCUGCGUCCCAGGAUGUUUCUCCAGGAUCCAGCGUUGUGAUAAAAUCAGCCUUUACUGGAUCAGCUCCGCUGGCUGUUAAAUGGUUCAGAGAAGAGAAAGAGAUCUUCUCUGGGGGAAAGUGUUUAAUUAAAAAAGAGACCUCUUCAAGCUCGUUGGAGCUUCUUUCUGUGAAACCCAGUGACUCGGCUACAUACACCUGCCAAGUGUCCAACGAUGCCGGGAAGGUGGAAUGCACCGCAGUUCUCUUUGUGAAAGACGCUCCCACUUUUACAAUGAAGCUGGAGCCUUCGUAUCUGCUGAAGGCUGGACAGCCUCUCAAGCUGUCCUGCAGAGUGCAGGGAACUCCUGUCAUCCACAUCAGGUGGUUUCAGAACGGCUCAGAACUGGUUCUGGACCACAGACACAGCAUGUCCUUCGAUGGCUUGGUAGCCACCCUGUUGGUAGAGAGCUGCUGUGUAGAGGAUAGCGGACAGUUUGUCUGCGAGGCGUCCAGCGAUGCCGGCAGAGACCAGAGCAGCAGCUUGGUAACGGUAAAAGAGCCUCCAGUGUUUGUAAGGCCUUUUGAAUCAGCUGAGCUGGUGCAGGGAUCAGACAUUGUUCUGGAAGGAACCGUCUCAGGUUCUGCUCCGUUUGAAAUCAGCUGUUUCCUCAACGAUAACCUGAUCACAAGCGACAAAAGGCAUAAAGUCAGUAUAGAGAGAGACCGAGUGGCUGUUCAGGUGUGGAGCUGUGAAGCCAGAGAUGCUGGGAUCUACCGCUGCACCGUAACAAACCCUGUUGGGGAAACCUCUUGUUCUUGUCAGGUUUCUUUAAAAGAACCGCCAUCAUUUGUUCAGAGACUUGAGGACAUGUCCUGUAUGGUGGGCUCUGAAAUAUCCAUGAAGUGCAUGUUGUCUGGAUCACUCCCCAUGACUUUCCUCUGGAUCAAGGAUGAUCAUGAGCUCACAGAAGACGAGCACUUUAAGUUGUCCUCUGAACCCACGAGUGCCGUGUUGAAUCUGAGAAAUGCUCAGUUGUCCCACGGUGGAAAGUAUGUGUGUGAGGCCCAGAACAGAGCUGGGACUCAGCGAUGUGGCGCUGUACUGAUGGUGACAGAACCAGUAUGCUUUCCAGAACACGCAGAGUCUGUCAGAGUAAUGCAGGGAGACCCAGCCAGGCUUGAAUGCAGGUUUUCAGGAUCCGAACCAGUCCAGUCCAGGUGGAGGAAGGCGGGAAGGGAGCUGGCAUCAGGCCAGAGAUUCAGGAUUGAGACUCAGCCUGCAGCUGCGCUCAGGAUUAUAAAAACAGAGAAAAGUGAUUCUAGUGAAUACGCCUGCCAGGUUUCAAAUGCUGCUGUGCUCAUAUUCUACUAUGAAGUUAUUGAGCCAUGUUUCACUGUGAGGCAGACCGAAGCUGUAAUCUUUAGCUCGUCUGGAGGCUGCUGUGAGCGGCUCGCAGCCAAUGAAGGAAACAGUGAGCCUCCUUCAUUCACUGAAGAUCAGUUGUCAGCUGAAGUUGUUCAAGGUUCAACAGCGGUGUUUGACUUCAGAGUGACAGGAAGCGCUCCAUAUAUGGUCACAUGGUUCAAAGACAAACAACCAAUCAAAUCCAGCCAAAAACAUCUAGUUGCUGAUAGAGAAAAUGUGGGGUUGAUAAUCCAGGACUGUAAUGUGGAAGAUGUGGGUGCUUAUGAGUGUGUGGUUGCCAGUGAGGUUGGAAGCUGCUGUGUCUCGGUUUGUCUCGCAGCACUCCCUCCCACGUUUGUUCAGAAGGUAGAAAAUGUCUCUGCUGUUCGGGGAGAUCCGGCCGUCUUUCUCUGCUCCGUGGAAGGUUCCCUGCUGAUCACUGUGCAAUGGCAAAAAGACCAGAGCUGGAUCCCAAAGGGUCCAACGAUUGAGAGAACCUGUCAGAGCAAAGACGCCGUCCUCAGGAUUCCCUCCUGUGACGGGACUCAUAGCGGGAAGUACACCUGCCAGGCUGUAAACGAGGCAGGCUUCGAUGUGUGUUUCGCAACACUUUCCGUACAAGAACCACCUACAGUUCAGGACAAGCCAGAGGUGGUCACAGUGACUGGUGGGGAUCCGGUUAGUCUCCAGUGCAGAGUAGCCAGAACUCCUCAGAUGAAUACAAGAUGGAGCACAGGUGGUAAAGAGCUCCAGCCAAGCGGAAAACAUCGUCUUUACUAUGAGAACAACCUCAGCAGCCUUUACAUAGAGUCCUGCCAGCGGGAAGACGGCGGCGAGUACCUGAUGGAAGUAGAAAACUCUGUGGGGGCAUGCAGCUGUAAAGUCAUGCUGAUUGUUUUAGACCACGUAAUUCCUCCCACGUUCACUCAGAAGUUAACAAACAUCCAGGCACCGAUGGGAUCCGUGGUUCUGAUGGAGUGCAGAGUGGUCGGUUCGCUUCCGUUAUCUGUUGAAUGGAACAAAGGAAAACAAAGAAUCAUCAACAGCCCGAAGUACAAUCUCCUGCAGACUGAAAAGCGAGUCUGCCUGGAGUUCAGGCUGGUUGGAGGUGCAGAUACAGGAGAGUACUCCUGCAGAGUCUGGAACGAAGCCGGCAGCUGUGCGUGCAGCGGCGUUCUGACAGCUAAAGUGCCACCGAAAUUCGUAUCUGAGCCGGAGUCUCAGGCUGUUCUACCAAAGUCUGACGUACUCUUCAGAAGCUCCUUUGAAGGCACCGCCCCGUUUGUGGUGAAAUGGUUCAAGGAUGACAUGGAACUCAUCACCGGACCCUCAUGUACUGUUAGACUGGAGGGAUUUUCUUCCUCUUUAGAGCUUGAUUCAGUCGGGAAUUUGCAAAGUGGAAUUUAUUCCUGCCAAGUUAGCAACCAAGCAGGGACAGUGAGAAGUGCAGCAGAGCUGUUGGUGAAAGAGCCUCCUCAGUUUAUCCUGAAACUGCCUCCCACUACGUUUGUGAAGCAGUGUGAAGGACACCGUCUUGAAUGCAAGGCCACCAGCGCACGCUCCCUGAAAAUGUGCUGGUACAAAAAUGACCAAAAGGUAACCGAUGGAGGCAACUAUAAAACAAUGUUGGUUGACUCGACGGCAUACCUCCAGCUCCGCUCGGCGAGGUUUGACGAUAAUGGAGUCUACACAUGUGAGGUUCAUAAUGAUGCUGGCAGUGCAAGCUGCAGCACCACUCUCAUUGUUCAAGAGUCCCCGUCAUUUACUAAAAGUCCAAGCCCAGUGGAGGGCGCUAUAGGGAAAGAUGCCUGCCUGCACUGUGAGAUGUAUGGCACUCAACCUUUCCAGGUGAACUGGUACAAAGACAAAAGGCCACUAAAGGAGAGUAGGAAGUACAAGAUGGUGAGCGUAGGCAGCUCCACCACCCUUCAUGUUAUGAAACUGGAGCCUGAUGAUGCAGGUCUUUAUGAGUGCAGGGUGUCAAACAAUGUAGGAACCGAAUUCUGCCGCACCACCGUUACUCUAACAGAACGACCGACCUUCGUCAAGAAGACUGUGGACCAGUCAGUGAAAGCUGGCCAGGAGCUGACACUGACGGCUACAGUCAAAGGGUCUGAGCCUCUGACUGUGUCCUGGGUCCAGGACAAAGAUCACAUUCUCCGAGACAGCGACAACAGGAAGAUCACCUUUGAGAAUAAUGUGGCCAUGCUCGUAGUGCCCAAAGCUGACUCAGCCACAGCUGGUACCUACCACUGCCAGCUGAGGAACGACUCUGGCGUCGUGGAGUCCGUCUCCCAAGUGACCGUUUUAGAACCGGCAGCUGUGGUGGACAGCCCAGAGUCCAUGAGCGUCAAGUCAGGAGAAAACGUUUCCCUUGAAGUUUCUGUGUCUGGUUCACCACAACUGAAAACAAAGUGGUUCAAGGACAACAAGGAGCUCAGCGCUGGCGCAAAGUAUCAGAUGUCCUUCAUUAAGAAGGUGGCCAUGCUGAAGAUCCGGUCUGCUGAAAAGGCAGAUGCUGGAGAGUACAAACUGGAGCUUACGAAUCAUGUUGGAAAAGCCUCGUGCAAAACUAAGCUCUCGGUCUCAGAUAAGUUGGUUCCACCGAGUUUCGUAAAGAAGCUGAAAGACACCCACCUUGUUGUGGGGAAACCUGGAGAGAUGGAGUGUAAAGUUACCGGAUCACCUCCGUUAACAACGUCCUGGUUCCACAACGGUCAGGAAAUCAAGAGUGGUCCAAACUAUGAGAUCAGCUGCACAGAUAACACCUGCCUACUGAGAGUAUCAGCCAUCCAGAUGUCUGAUUCUGGUAAAUACACGUGUAAAGCUGUCAACGCUGCAGGAGCUGGCGAGACAAGUGCUUCCAUGAAUGUUACAGAACCUCCGUCUUUUGUGGCUACACCCGAAGCCCAAGACACGUUGCCUGGCAAAAAUGUCACUUUCUCAGCUAAAGUGAAAGGAAGCGCCCCUCUGAAAGUUAAAUGGUUCAGGGGAGCUAAGGAAAUGCAGCAUGGAAGAGGCUGCGAGAUCUCCAUGAAGGGCGACGGGGCCACUUUGAUGCUUCACAACGUUGACAAGUCCCAUGCAGGAGAGUACACCUGCCAGGUCAUUAACAGUGCAGGAAAGGAAAGCUGCCCAGUUCAUCUGUUAGUGAAAGACCCAGUUCACUUUGUGAAGAAGCUGAAGGACUUUUCUUCGGAGAAGGGCAAGCCUCUGAGGCUUGAGGUCACCUUCUCUGGAACCCCCAGGGUGAAUGUGACCUGGAAGAAGGAUGGUAAACUCAUCUGGGCCUCAUAUCAGUACAACGUGAUAACCACGGACUCUUCCUGCAUCCUGGAGGUUCUUAACUCUGACAGGAUGGAGGCAGCCGGCAGAUACUCUUGCGAAGUUGACAACGGAGUAGGAAGUGACAGAUGUGAAGCACAAGUGUCAAUUCUAGAGCGACCGUACUUUGUUGGCGAGAUGGAGCCAGUGGAGGUAACUGCGGGUGGUGUGGUUACCCUGAAAUACCACAUUGCAGGGACUCCUGAUAUAUCUGUAGCUUGGUUUAGUUCAGGGGGAAAGCUGCGCAAGUCAGACACAUGCUCAAUGGACUUCACAAAGGGUGUUGCCACUUUGAAGCUGAUCAAGACAACCAAGUUCAGUCAGGGUGAAUACACCUGCAAGGCCGAGAACCGGAUUGGUUCAGCCUCCGCCAGCUGCAGCGUGACGGUGAAAGAACCUGUGCGCUUCAUCGCGAAGCUGGAAGACACUACUUUCAUAGUCGGUCAGCCGCUGAGGCUAAUCUGCACGUACGCUGGGAGCCAGAGGGUCUACGUGACGUGGAAGAAAGAUGGCAAGCUGAUCUGGGCGUCCUAUCAGUACAACGUUAAAACCACGGACUCCGUCUGCAUUCUGGAGGUCCUGAACAGCGACAGGCCGGAAGCAGCCGGAACAUACACCUGUGAGAUUUCCAACGGGGUUGGAACCGACGUUUGCCACGCUCGUGUCAGCCUAGAACCAGUUCGCUUCACGAACAUGCUGAAAGACACAUGUUUCCGUCUGCGCGAGCCUUUGACCCUGAAGUGCACGUACACUGGGAGCCAGAGAGUAAAUGUGACCUGGAAGAAGGAUGGCAAACUCAUCUGGGCGUCCUAUAAGUACAACGUCAAGACCACCCAUGACUCCUGCAUCCUGGAGGUCCUGAACAGUGACCGAGAGGAAGCCAUUGGAAAAUACACGUGUGAAAUUUCCAAUGCCGCUGGAAGUGACAUCUGCCACGCUAACGUUAAGCUAGAACCCGUCCGCUUUGUGAGAAAACUGAAAAACACCUUUUAUAAGAUCGGCCAUCAGUUGACGCUCAAGUGCACGUUCACCGGCAGUCAGAGGAUUUAUGUCAGCUGGAUGAAGGAUGGAAAACCCAUCUGGGCAUCGUACAAAUACAACGUCAAAACCACCAACUGCUCCAGCACCCUGGAGGUUCUGAACAGUGACAGCCGGGAAGCUGUUGGUAAAUACUCCUGCGAGAUUUCCAAUUCAGAGGGCACCGAUAUCUGCCAUGCUAUGGUCAAGAUAGAACCUGUGAGGUUUGUCAAAGAGCUGGAGGACACCACUUUCAGACUGGGCCAGCCGCUGACGCUGUACUGUGGAUACAGCGCCAGCCCCAGGGUCUAUGUAAGCUGGUGGAAGGAUGGGAAACCCAUCUGGGCUUCCUAUAAGUACAACGUCAAGACCACAGAUAACUCCUGCGUCCUGGAGGUUCUGAACAGCGACCGAGAGGAAGCUCAGGGGAGAUACACUUGUGAAAUCUCCAACUCCGAAGGCUCAGAUAUCUGCCAUGCUUAUGUUAAGCUAGGUAACAAACGCAAAGUCUCCCCAACCUUCACCAAGAAGCCCUCUGAGUCCAUGAUGGAUUCAGUAGGUAAGACGGUAAAGAUGGAGGGCAGGUUGUCGGGCUCCCUGCCGCUGACUGUCACCUGGUACAAGGACGACAGAGAGAUCUAUCCGUCAGACAAAUACGACGUCAGCUUCAAGAACAACAUGGCAGUGCUGUCCGUCAGAGCCUCCGGCGUCUCUGACAGCGGUGUUUACACCUGCAACGCUUCCAACGAUGCAGGAGAAGCUUCAUUUCGGGUCUCCCUCACAGUUUCAGGCUCUCCUCCUCUCACCAUCCAGUGGAUGAAGGACAGGAGGGAGCUGAAGUCCGACGCCAGCACCAAAAUCACGUUUGCUCAUGGGACGGCCUGCCUCGAGGUCAGCCCGGUGUCAAAGACCCACGCAGGGGAUUACCUGUGUAAGGCCGGAAACGCUGCCGGUACCGACUUCUGCAAGUCCAAAGUCACCGUGAAAGAUAAAGGAGCACAGCCCACCCCCACCGAGGCCGCCCCUGCUGCAGCCCCGGUCAAAAGGCUCGACAACCUGUUCUUCAUCGAGGAGCCCAAAAACAUUUCUGUCUCAGAGAAGGGCACUGCUACCUUCAUCGCCAAGAUCGGAGGCGACCCAAUCCCCAGCGUGAAGUGGAUGAAAGGAAAAUGGAGACAGAUCACCGCCGGUGGUCGGAUCUCCAUCGAACACAAGGGUCAGGAUGCCAAACUGGAGAUCAGAGAGGUGACCAAGUCUGACUCAGGUCCCUACAGGUGCAUCGCCACCAACAAACAUGGAGAAAUCGAGUGUGGAGCUGAGAUGGAGGUCACCAAGAAGGAGGAGGCGGAAGGAAUCGGAGACAUGAGGACCAGACUGAAGAAGACUCCUUCCAAACAGAAGAGUCCCAAGAAGGAAGGAGACAUCAAUAUAGUGGAGCUGCUCAGAGGUCACGACCCCAAAGAUUAUGAGAGGAUCCUGCGUGAGCACGGUAUCCACGACUAUCGGGCCAUCCUGCAGGCCGUGGAGUUCCUGAAGAGGGAGAGGGAGAUGGAGACGGGAAGAGCGGAGGUUGAACAUGGCGGCCGGGUUGAAGAGGAGGACAUGGCCCGACUGAUUGAGCAGCUGGAGGGACGCGUCAGCGCCGAGCCCGUCUCCGUGCUGGAUGACAUCAGCGACCAGACCAUCGCUGAGAACCAGAGCGCCACCUUCGAGUGCCGCAUCCGGAUCAACUACCCAGAGAUCACUCUGACCUGGUACAAAGGCACCCAGAAACUGGACAACAGCGACAAGUACGACAUCAGCAGCGUGGGCGAUCUUCACUGCCUGAAGAUCAAGAGCUGCCAGGCCAAAGACCAGGGCAACUACCGGGUGGUGUGUGGUCCUCACAUCUCCAAUGCCAAGCUCACCGUCACAGCCAACCAAAUUCAGUUCACUAAACGCAUCCAAAGCAUCGAGGUCAAUGAACGCCACUCCGCCACCUUCGAGUGCGAGCUGUCCUUCGACAACGCCACCGUCACAUGGUACAAAGACUCCUGGGAGCUUAGAGAAAGCCCCAAAUAUAACUUCAGGACCGAAGGCCGGCGGCACUUUAUGACCAUCCGCAACGUCACCGCAGAGGAUGAAGGCGUUUACUCCGUCAUCGCUCGUCUGGAGCCGAUGGGCGAAGCUCGCAGCACGGCCGAGCUCUACCUUUCAGGCAGAGAGAUUGGGUUAGGACGGGUUCCUCAGGACGUCCCAGACUCCUCAGUUCAGGUCCCAGCGGCAGCUUCUAUGCUGGUCAGCAGAGAUUCCUCCGAGUUUUAUCAGUACGAGCAGCAGACAGAAGUCAAAGAGCUUCAGAUGGAGACGGUUUCUGUUCGGUUCUCCUCCGUCGCAGCAGAAGAGAAAAAGGCCGUUGAAGAGAAAGUUGAGCGGACUCAGAUUGGACGGAGAGAAGACGUCCCUGCAGUUCCUGAGGUUUACAGGAGAGCAGAGGAGAAACCCUCUGAGCAUGAAGCUCCGCCCACACCUGCAGUCCCAGAACCAGAGAAGAAGAAGCCGGAGGCGACCGCGGCUGCUCCACCUCAGCGAGGACUGCCUCCACCUCCAGCAGAACCUUCAGUUCCCACUGAAACAAAACCUGAAACAACGCUAGUUCCCAGACCCGAACCCAAGAUUGUUCCUUCUCAGAAACCAGCAGAACCUGAGCCCAAAGUGACCGAAGCAGUCCAGAAACCAGUGGUGGUCCAUGAAAGGAGAGCACCAGAACCACCUAAACUAGAAGAAGCUGGAGCUGAAGCAGCUGUGGUUCCUCCCUCCACAGCAGAACAUCUACCUGAAGAUGAACACAGAGCAGUGGAACCUGUCACCCAACCAUCUGCACCCACAGCUCCUCCUUCACCCAGGACCGAAGCUGCUCCAGUUAAAGUUGUUUUAGAACCAAAGACACCUGAACUUCCUGGAAAACCAGAAGCUCCAAAGGUUACUUCCCAACUGAUGCCAGAAUUAAAGGUUCCCGAAGAAAUGAAGAGGAUUCUUGAGGUGUCUAAGAAGGUUCCAUAUCCCCCAAAAGCACAAGAACUACCAAAGAAAGUCCUGGAACCACCAAAGAAUGUUCAAGAAGAAUCAAAGAAGGUCUCAGAACCACCAAAGAAGAUUCUGGAAGAACCAAAGAAGGUUCCAGAAGAACCAAAGAAGAUCUCAGAACCACGAAAGAAGAUUCUGGAAGAACCAAAGAUGGUCUCGGAACCACCAAAGAAGAUUCUGGAAGAACCAAAGAAGGUUCCAGAAGAACCAAAGAUGGUCUCAGAACCACCAAAGAAGAUUCUGGAAGAACCAAAGAAGGUUCCAAAAGAACCAAAGAUGGUCUCAGAACCACCAAAGAAGAUUCUGGAAGAACCGAAGAUGGUCUCAGAACCACCAAAGAAGAUUCUGAAAGAACCAAAGAAGGUUCCAGAAGAACCAAAGAAGGUUCCAAAAGAACCAAAGAUGGUCUCAGAACCACCAAAGAAGAUUCUGGAAGAACCAAAAAUGGUCUCAGAACCACCAAAGAAGAUUCUGAAAGAACCAAAGAAGGUUCCAGAAGAACCAAAGAAGGUUCCAAAAGAACCAAAGAUGGUCUCAGAACCACCAAAGAAGAUUCUGAAAGAACCAAAGAAGGUUCCAGAAGAACCAAAGAAAGGUCCGGAAGAACCAAAGAAGGUUCCAGAAGAACCAAAGAUGGUCUCAGAACCACCAAAGAAGAUUCUGGAAGAACCAAAGAAGGUUCCAGAAGAACCAAAGAUGGUCUCAGAACCACCAAAGAAGAUUCUGAAAGAACCAAAGAAGGUUCCAGAAGAACCAAAGAUGGUCUCGGAACCACCAAAGAAGAUUCUGGAAGAACCAACGGUGGUCUCGGAACCACCAAAGAAGAUUCUGGAAGAACCAAAGGUGGUCUCGGAACCACCAAAGAAGAUUCUGAAAGAACCAAAGAAGGUUCCAGAAGAACCAAAGAAAGGUCCGGAAGAACCAAAGAAGGUUCCAGAAGAACCAAAGAUGGUCUCAGAACCACCAAAGAAGAUUCUGGAAGAACCAAAGAAGGUUCCAGAAGAACCAAAGAAGGUUCCAAAAGAACCAAAGAUGGUCUCAGAACCACCAAAGAAGAUUCUGAAAGAACCAAAGAAGGUUCCAGAAGAACCAAAGAAAGGUCCGGAAGAACCAAAGAAGGUUCCAGAAGAACCAAAGAUGGUCUCAGAACCACCAAAGAAGAUUCUGGAAGAACCAAAGAAGGUUCCAAAAGAACCAAAGAUGGUCUCAGAACCACCAAAGAAGAUUCUGGAAGAACCAAAGAAGGUUCCAGAAGAACCAAAGAAAGGUCCAGAAGAACCAAAGAAGAUCUCAGAACCACCAAAGAAGAUUCUGGAAGAACCAAAGAAGGUUUCAGAAGAACCAAAGAAAGGUCCAGAACCAACUCUUCUGGCUCAACAGCCCCAACAUCAAGCACCUCCUCCAGAGGAGAAGAAGCCUGAACCAGAACCAAAGCCCUCACCUCCUCCUCCUGUACAGAUGACAGUUCCUCCUGCAGCUCCAGUUGCAGCAGUGGAGAAGAAACCAUCUGCACCAGCCUUGAAGGCUGAAUCUUCACCUGUUUUGGAGAAAAUUUCUCCACCAGAAGACACAGCAGCAGCUCUUAAACAGAAGGGUCAGGUUCCGGUUUCGGAGGCCAAAACACCAGGGCCACCGAAACUCAAGAGUAGGUUCAGCAAAAUACCCAGAGAGAAAGAACCAGAACCAGAGGUUGUUACGCUGAAGAAGGUUCCUGUGAAACCUCCAGAGCCUGAAAAGCAGGUCGUAACUCACAAAGCAGAAGUGACGAGGCAUUACGACCCAGAACAGACCGUUCGCGGACUUCAUGACAGAGAUGAUCGAGAGAUAAUGACGCUCGGAAGAACUGAAAGAGUUUUCACUGCUGAGGAAGAAGUCGUUCAGUUAGCCCAUCAUGAGGAGACCCAGACACUUCAAGAUGUUCAACAAACAGGGUGGAAGAGAGCUCCGACACCACAGCUGGAGGAAGCAGCUGAAGUUCCUGGUGUAGAUAAGAAGAAAAUAACAAGACUUCUAAAAUCACAAGAGCAAAAAGAAUCUGUCAAACUAAAACCGUUCGAAAAGACAGGGAAGUCAGAUCAAGAGCCACAAAAGACCCAACUGAAACCGGUGCCAGCUAAACCCAAAGAACCCCAGAAAGAAGUUAAAAGUCAUAAACCUGAAGCGACAAAGCACCAUGAUCCAGAGCUGAUGGUGCAGAAGCUUCAUGACAGAGAAGAUCGAGACAUCCUGACACCCGGGAACACUGAAAGACUGGUCACAGCAGCUGAUGAGGCUCCUGAACUCGGCCAGGUGGACGAACCUGAACAGCAGGAGGCUGAAGAAGAAAAGUCCAAAUGGAAACGAACCCCGAAAGCUCAGACGGAUCAAGAACCCGAACCAGAUGUGACUGAGAAAGACAUUCAGACAAAGACAGAUCCCGAGCGUACUCCUCUCAGACGGGAUGGGAUGCUGCACACGGAGCAGCCCAAAGUCCCAUCACCGAGCCCAGAUGCUGGCAAAGCUCAGCCGGAAAUACCACAGAAGAAACAGGUUGAUCAGGUUCCUGCAGAUGAAGGACCAAAAGGAGCUGACAAGUCUAAAGGAAAGCCCAAACCCAUUCCCACUCCGGAUAAAAAGGAAGAACAUGUUGUGUUGAAGCCGUUCACCAAACCAGAUAAAGCUUCUGAGGAAGAACCUACCAGAGACCUGAAGAAGAAACCACUUUCAGAAGCUGCAAAGACAAAAGCCACAGAAGAGGAAAAGAUGCCUCAGGAAAGAGCUCUUCCAAUGAGACCCGGUCCACCAGGGACCAAAGAUAAGCUCCCACCCAAAGAGCCGGAGCUAAAGAAGAAAGAGACCCCUGCACCCAAGGCUGGAGAGGGGAAGACAGACGAGGGAAAACCCAUCAAACCUACUGAGCAGCUGAAGAAGGUUGAACUAAAAAAGAGCCCAUCCCCGAAAGUGGUGGAGCAAAAAUCAAAAGAGCCAGAGCAAGUCCCCACUGAGAAGAAGCCAGGUCCUGAAAAAGUCAAAGGGAUUCCUAAAACUGUUUCCCCCAAAGCUUCCCCUGAAGCUGUAAUACUUAGAAAGGUCUCCAGAAAGCCCUCAGAGGGGUCUGGUGAAGAGCCCAUCCCCCUGGUCAAGGAGAUCUCUCCUGGAACUGUGCACAUGAAGAGGGUCACGACUCAGAAAGAGGAGGAGGUGUUCCUGGAGGAGGCUGAAGAAAACCAAAGCCAGGAAGAGGAGGAGGCCUGGGGCUGGGAGAUGGUUCCUCUGGAGGAUUGGGAAGGUGAAGGACAGGACGGGGUGCUGGAGACUCCUGGCAUGCCUGGUGCUAGGCGAGAUGGAAAACCAACAGAAGAAGCAGCGAAAGGCAGAGGCAGAGGAUUCGGGGUGAGACAAACUCCAUCUCCGGGUGAUGGUGGCAAGGGGCGUGGACUGAGGCCCGGUAAGGGCGCACCUCCACCGGAGGAACCGGAGUUUGGAGGAUUCAAGCUCAAAGCCGUCCCUCUGAAGUUCAUCAAGAAGCUUCAAGACAUCGUGCUGAAGGAGGCCGAGUCCAUCGGCUCGUCUGCUGUGUUCGAGUGCGAGGUGUCGCCCUCCACCGCUGUCACCUCCUGGAUGAAAGAUGGCGGUAGCCUGCGUGAGAGUCCCAAACACAAGUUCACCUCUGAUGGCAAAGAUCGCAAGCUGAACAUCAUUGACGUCCAGCUGUCGGACACUGGUGAAUACACCUGCAUCGCCAAGAACGCCGGCAAGGAGAUCACAUGCACCGCCAAGCUCAUCGUGGAAGAGCUGCCGGUGAAGUGGGUGAAGGAACUAGAACCCGAGACGUCUUGUAUGAAGGGUCAGCCCAUGUAUCUGACCUGUGAGCUGAACAAAGAGAGGGACGUGGUCUGGAAGAAGGACGGCCAAGUCCUGAAGAAAAAGGCUGGAAAAGUAGCUAUCAAUGUCAUCGGCAUGCAGCACGCCGUGACCAUCCAGAACUCCACCGAGGAAGAUGCCGGAGCCUACACCUGUGAGGUGGACGGGCAGGAGGACGUGAAGACCACCACCACAGUGAAAGUGAUCGAAAUCAUCAAAGACUGGCUGGUGAAGCCUCUGAGAGACCAGCAUGUGAAACCAAAGGCCAAGGCCACCUUCAAAUGCGAGCUGUUCAAAGACACCCCCAACUGGAAGUGGUUCAAAGGAGAAAACCAACUCAUUCCUUCUGACAAGGUCCAGAUUGCCAAAGAGGGGAAGGACAUGUCGCUCACCAUCAACAACUGUCAGCUUGACGAUGUGUCGGACUACACCAUUGAGGUGGAGGAUCGCAGAUACACCGCCAAACUCACUCUCGGAGAGCGUGAGGCUGAGAUCCUGAAGCCACUCUCUAGUGUGGAGGUUGUGGAGAAGGAGGAAGCCAACUUUGACACGGAGAUAUCCGAGGACGACGUGCCGGGCGAAUGGAAGCUUAGAGGCCAGGUGCUGACCCGGUCUCCGUCAUGUGACAUCAAAGCUGUGGGCGGGAAACGUUUCCUUACUCUGAAAAACGUGCAGCUGGACCAGGCCGGCGAAGUGUCCUAUCAGGCUCUGAACGCCGUCACCACCGCCAUGCUGACCGUCAAAGAAAUGGAAAUGGGCUUUGUCGACCAGCUGAAGGACGUUUCUGUGCCUGAAAAGAAACAGGCCAAAUUUGAAUGCACCAUCACCAAGGAUGUGCCCAAGGUCAUGUGGUUCCGGGGGGCUGAGAUAGUCACCCCAAGCCCUAAAUAUGAAAUAAUCGAUGAUGGAAAGAAACACAUGCUGAUCAUAAACAGCUGUGAGUUUGAUGAUGAGGCUCAGUACAUGGUUGAAGUGUUGGGUCAGAAAUCUGUGGCUAAGCUGACGGUGGAAGGCAUGAGGCUCAAAUUUGUCCAGUCGCUCCAGGACCAAAUAAUCAAAGAAGGUAACACGGUACGGUUUGAUAUCGAGCUGAGUCAUGAAAACGUACCGGUGGUUUGGUUCCGAAACGAAGUCAAGCUGCACGUGAGCCGAAGUGUGCUCACGUAUGUGGAAGGAAAAACACACACUCUAGAAAUGAGGAAUUUGACUCUAGAUGAUACCUGCCAAAUAAAGGCAGAGGCCAGAGGAAUUUACUCCACGGCCAAACUGACCGUCAUAGAGGGCGACGCCGUCUUUGUGGUGAAGCUGCAGGAUUACACCGCCACCGAGAAAGAAGAGGUGACCUUGGACUGCGAGCUGAGCAAAGACGUCCCUGUCGUCUGGUAUCACAACCAGAAGGAAAUCAUUGCGUCCAGGACUGUGGUGAUGAGGUCGGAGGGCACGCGCAGGUCCCUGGUUCUGAAGAGAGUAGUGCAGAGCGAUCAAGGCAAAUACGUAUGUGACUGUGGAACAGACAAAACCUCGGCCAGCAUCAACAUCGAAGCUCGCGAUGUGAAGGUUGUUCGGCCGAUUUACGGUGUGGAGCUGUUCGAUGGAGAGACGGCUCGUUUCGAGGUGGAGAUCUCUGAGGAUGACGUCCACGGCCAGUGGAAGCUGAACGGAGACGUUCUCAGUCCUUCCUCUGACGUCGACAUCAUCGAGGAGGGCGGGAAACACACGCUGAUCCUGUACAACUGCAAAGUGUCCAUGACCGGAGAGGUGUGCUAUGCUGCCGCCAACGCCAAGUGUUCGGCCAAUCUGAAAGUCAAAGAACUCCCGCUGAACUUCCUCACGCCACUGAGCGACGUUCAGGUGUACGAGAAGGACGAGGCCCGCUUUGAGGUGGAGGUGUCGCGGCCUCCGAAGAGCUUCCGCUGGCUGAAAGGUUCCCAGGAUCUGCAGAGCGACGACAAGUACGAGAUGAAGCAGGAAGGAAACAUGUAUGUUCUGGCGAUCCGGUCGGCCUCCUACGACGACGAGGCCAAGUACAUGUUCGAGGCCGAGGACAAGAGGACAUCCGGCAAACUCAUCAUUCAAGGUAUCCGCCUGGAGUUUGUCAAACCCAUCAAAGACGUGACGGUGAAGGAACGUGAAACGGCAGAAUUCAGCAUGGAGCUGUCUCAUGAGAAGGUAUUGGUGGUCUGGUACAAAAACGACGUCCGCCUGCAUCCCAGCAAGGUUGUGCACAUGUCGGAUCAGGGGAAGAUCCACACGCUGGCCUUUAAGGAGGUCACCAUUGAUGAUACGUCCAUGAUCAAAGUGGAGGCCAUGGACAAGAGCAUGACCGCCAUGCUCACGGUCGUCGAGGGCGACCUGUACUUCACCUCCAAGCUGCAGAACUACACGGCGGUGGAGAAGGACGAGGUGAAGCUGGUCUGCGAGCUCAGCAAGGCCGUCGCCGAAGUCAAGUGGUUCAAGGACGGGAAGGAGAUCACGCCAUCCAAGAAUAUCGCCAUCAGCUCCGAUGGCAAGAAGCGCAUCCUGACUGUCAGGAAGGCAGAGAAGGCCAACAUCGGCGCAUACACCUGCGACUGCGGCUCAGACAAAACCACCGCCAACCUCAACAUCGAAGAGCGCGAUAUCAAGGUGGUCCGUCCGCUCUACAGCGUGGAGGUCACAGAGAUGGAGACGGCCAAGUUUGAGACGGAGAUUUCAGAGGAGGACGUCCACGGAAACUGGAAGCUGAAGGGUGAAGCUCUGCACCAGUCUGCGGAUGUUGAGAUCAAAGAGGAGGGAACCAAACACGUCCUGAUCCUGUACAAUGUCCGCAUGGACAUGGCCGGACCCGUCGACUUCUCUGCUGCCAACGCCAAGUCCAACGCUCAGCUCCGGGUCAAAGCUCGCUCCAUCUCGCUGAUGCGUCCUCUGAAAGACGUGACGGUCACAGCCGGAGAGACGGCGACCUUCGAGUGCGAGCUGUCGUACGAAGGCAUCGUCGUGGAGUGGUUCCUGGGCGGGAGCAAGAUGGAGGCCAGCGACCGGGUGAAGACUCGGGUGGCAGGAAAAGUCCACACUCUGAUGAUUCGAGAUGUGAAGCUGUCGGAGGCUGGCGAGGUCAAACUGACCGCUAAGGACUUCCAGACUGUGGCUCAGCUCAUUGUCACAGAGCCGCCGGUGGAGUUCACGAAGCCUCUGGAGGACCAGAUGGUGGAGGAGGAGGCCACCGCCACGCUGGAGUGUGAAGUUUCCAGAGAGAACGCAGAGGUGCGAUGGUUCAGAGAGGGUCAGGAGAUCAGAAAGACCAAGAAGUACGACACGAUUGCUGAAGGACGCAAAAGAAAGCUCGUCGUUCAUGACUGCUCUCCAGAUGAUGCCAAGAUGUACACAUGUGAUGCGAAGGAGUUUAAGACUUCCUGUUUCCUGGAGGUCACACCUCCUUACGUGGAGUUUUCCAAGCCGCUGCAGGACCUGGAGGUCAGAGAAAAGGAAUCUGCAAAGUUUGAAUGUGAAGUGUCCCGCGAGUCUGCCAAGGUCCGCUGGUUCAAGGAUGGCAGUGAGAUCCGGAAAGGAAAGAAGUACGAGAUCAUUGCUAAGGGAGUCCAGAGGAUCCUCAUCGUCCACAAGUCGGUGUUCGACGAUGAGGCUGAAUACGAAUGUGACGCCAGAACCUCCAAGACUUCGGGCAUGCUCACCGUCAUCGAGGAGGCAGCCAGGUUCACCAAGAACCUGUCCAACGUGGAGGGAACGGAGACAGACAGCGUGAAGAUGAUCUGCGAGGUGUCGAAGGCCAACGCUGAGGUCACCUGGUACAGAGGAGACGAAGAACUGCCAGAGGGCGGCCGCUAUGACCAGGUCAUGGACGGACGCAAGAGGAUCCUGAUUAUCCAGGACCUGAGGAUGGAGGACGGAGGAGAGUACAACUGUAGACUGAGUCCCACCGUCAAGACGUCCGCCAUGCUUAAGAUCAACGAACUGGCGGCGGAGUUCAUCGCCCGUCCUCAGAACCAGGAGGUGGUGGAGGGCGAGAAGGCCGAGUUCGCCUGCUCCGUCUCCAAGGAAACCUACGAGGUGAAGUGGUUCAGAGGUGACAAGGAGGUGCAAGAGGGAGAGAAGUACACCAUCAUCAGUGAAGGCAAGAGAAGAGCCCUGGUCGUGAAAAACUGCGGGCUGAAGGACGAGGGCGGCUAUGUGGCCCACAUCGGCAACGUUAGAGCCUCUGCUGACCUGUUUGUGAUUGAAAAACUGAGGGUAAUUACACCGAUUAAAGACACGGAGGUGAAGGAAGGAUGCGAGAUCGUCUUCAACUGUGAGACGAACGCAGAGGGAGCUAAAGCCAAGUGGCUGAAGAACGAGGAGACCAUUUUUGAGAGCAGCAAGUAUAUGAUGGCUCAGAGAGACAACGUCUUCUCUCUAAGGAUUAAAGAAGCCCAGAAGUCCGACGAGGCCGCCUACACCAUCACUCUGACCAAUCAGAGAGGAGAACAUGCCAAGUGCACCGCCAGCGCCAGAGUGGCAGAGGAGAAGUUGAAGUUCCUGGAGCCCAUUGAGGACAUCGAGACUCAGGAGAAGAAGACCGUCAGCUUCAUUUGCAAGGUGAACCGACCUGAGGUGACAGUGAGGUGGAUGAAGGCUGGCCAGGAAGUGACGCUCAGCAAACGCAUCGUCUACAGAGCUGAUGGCCUCAAGCACAGCCUGACCAUCAAGGACUGUGUCAUGGAUGACGAGGGCGAGUACGCCGCUGUGGUCGGAGACGACAAGUGUGCUGCUGAGCUGAUCAUCAGCGAGGCACCCACCGACUUCGCAGCGCAGCUGAAGGACCAGACCAUCACCGAGUUCGAGGACGCAGAGUUCACCUGCAAGCUGACCAAAGAGAAGGCAGUGGUGAAGUGGUACAGGAACGGGCGAGAGAUCAGAGAAGGACCCAGGUUUCACAUGGAAAAAGAAGGGAAGACAUGCCGACUGAUCAUCAAGGUGUGCAGACCUGAUGAUGAAUGUGAAUACGCCUGCGGUGUCGAUGAGAGGAGGACCAGAGCCAGACUCUUCGUUGAAGAGACGCCGGUGGAGAUCGUCCGAUCACCACAGGACGUAUUCGAACCUCCAGGCUCCGACAUCGUGUUUGAGGUGGAGCUCAACAAGGACCGGGUGGAGGUGAAAUGGAUGAGGAACAACAUGAUAAUCGUCCAGGGAGACAAGUACCAGAUGAUCAGCGAAGGGAAAGUCCACCGGCUACAGGUCUGUGAGAUCAGACCCAGGGAUCAGGGAGAGUACAGGAUCGUGGCCAAAGACAAGGAUGCCCGGGCCAAGCUGGAGCUGGCAGCCGUUCCAAAGAUCAAAACCACAGACCAGAACCUGGUGACCGAUGCUGGGAAACCCUUCGUCAUGACUGUGCCCUACGAUGCAUAUCCUCGAGCCAAUGCUGAGUGGUUCUUUGCGGACACUUGUCUGCCUGUUCAGAACAUUGACACCUCUAACGACAAGACUGAGUACCGCCUGAAGAGCCCCAACAAGGAGGACCAGGGCCGCUACAGAGUUCUGAUCAAAAACAAGCACGGCGAGGCAGAGGCCUUCAUCAACCUGGACGUGAUCGAUGUCCCUGGACCCAUCAAGAACUUGAGAGUGGUGGACACUGCUGAUGGUGAGGUCAGCUUGGCCUGGGAUGAACCUGAGAGUGAUGGCGGCAGCAAGAUCAUUGCAUAUGUUGUUGAAAGGCGCGAUGUGAAGCGUAAGACCUGGACUUUGGCAACGGAUCGUGCUGAUACUCCAGAGUACUGUGUCAGUGGCCUCCAGAAGGACUCCAAAUACCUGUUUAGGGUCUGUGCCAGGAACCGUGUGGGCAGUGGACCCAUUGUGGCCACCGAAGAUGCCGUUCAGGCUAAGAACAAGUUUGAUGUUCCUGAUGCGCCCGAAAACGUGGCAGUCGGUGUGGUCAACAGGUUCGGUGCCACAGUCACCUGGGAACCUCCCAAGUUCGAUGGUGGCUCAGAGAUCACUGCAUACGUGAUUGAGCUGCGUGAUAGGACAUCAGUGAAGUGGGAGACUGCCAUGGUGAGUGGCGCCAACGACCGCUCGGCCACACUGAACGAUGUGGUGGAACACAAGGAGUACAUCUUCAGGGUCCGAGCAGAGAACAAGGCCGGUGUUGGGAGGCCCAGUGCUGCCACCAACCCCGUCAAGAUCAUGGACCCCAUUGAGAGGCCAAGCCCGCCUCAGAACCUGAACUUCAGCGACCAAAUCAAGACGGCAGUUACUCUGACUUGGGAAACACCCAUCAGUAAUGGUGGCAGCAUGAUCACCGGCUACAUCAUCGAGAAAUGUGAUGAAGGGACCGACAAGUGGCUGCGCUGCAAUGCCAGACUGUGUCCUGACCUUACCUACCGGGUGUCUGGACUGAAGCCCGGUCAGAAGUACCAGUACAGAGUCAGUGCUGAGAACGCAGCUGGCGUCUCAGAUCCAACCGAGCAGCUUGGACCUCUACUGGCUGAUGACCCACACGUUGGUCCGACCUUUGACCUUAGCGGCUUCAGGAACGGCCUGGAAGUGAUUGUCCCUCAGCCUCUCAUCAUCAGAGUCCCUAUCACCGGAUACCCGACUCCGGUCGCCAAGUGGACAUUUGGUGACAAGGAGCUGACCACUGCAGAUGAGCGCGUCUCCAUGGUGACAAAGCCCACCUACACGGAGCUGACAAUCUCACCGAGUGUCCGCCCAGACAAAGGCACCUACACCCUGCAUCUGGAGAACGAUGUCUCCUCCAUCUCCGGGGAGAUCGAAGUCAGCGUUAUCGCAUGCCCCAGUGCCCCCAAGGACUUCAAGGUGGCUGAGGUGACUCGACACCAUGUCCACCUGAUGUGGGAGGCUCCAGAGCAUGAUGGAGGAAGUCCAGUCACCCACUUCCAGAUUGAGAAGAGAGAAGUUUCUCGCAAGACCUGGGCCAAAGUGGCUACUGGCGUCAUGGACCUGGAACACACAGUGACGGAUGUGAUUGAAGGAAAGGAGUAUCUGUUCAGCGUCACCGCCUGUAACAAGUGUGGACCUGGAGAGCCGGCGUACAUCGACGAGCCUGUCAGCGUCUCUUCUCCAGCCACUGUGCCCGAUCCUCCUGAGAACUUCAAGUGGCGCGAUAAGAGUGCUAAAGGCAUCUUCCUCUACUGGGAGCCUCCGAAGUACGACGGCGGCGCGCCGAUCAAAGGCUAUGUGGUGGACAAAUGUCAGCGUGGCACAGACAAGUGGGAACCCUGUGGUGACCCCAGCCCCGAACUGAAGUACCAGGUGACCGGUCUGAUCGAGGGCCAGUGGUAUGCCUACAGAGUCAGAGCAUUCAACAGGUUGGGGGCCAGUAGACCCUGCAGGGCCACUGAUGAGAUCCAGGCUGUGGAUGCCAGAGAACCUCCAGAGAUCCAGCUGGAUGUGAAGCUGCUGGCCGGACUGACUGCCAGAGCUGGUACCAAGAUCGAGCUUCCAGCAGAUGUCAAAGGAAAGCCUGAUCCCCGUGUGAAGUGGACCAAGGCAGACCUCGUACUGCGGGCCGAUGACCGCAUCACUAUCGACACCCAGCCAGGGCAUUCCAAACUUACCAUCGACAACACCACCAGAGGAGACACGGCAACCUACAUCAUCGAGGCCGUCAACAUCUGCGGGCGUGCCACCGCCACCAUCGAUGUCAACAUCCUCGAUAAACCUGGCCCUCCAGCUGCCUUUGACAUCUCUGAGAUCACCAACGAGUCCUGCGCCCUGGCCUGGAACCCUCCCAGAGAUGAUGGCGGUUCACCCAUCACUAACUACAUCGUGGAGUGUCGCCAGACGGACAAAGAGGAAUGGGUCAAGUUGUCGGCCACAGUGAAACACACCACGUUCACAGCCUGUAAGCUCACUGCUCUAAAGGAGUACGUCUUCAGGAUCAGCGCUGAAAACCAGUACGGCAUUGGAACACCUGCAGAACACACACCGAUCAUCGCCAAGUACUCCUUUGAUCCUCCUGGCCCUCCAACCAGAGUCACUCCUUCUGAUAUCGCCAAGGAUGCAGUCACCCUGACCUGGUUCGAGCCAGACGAGGACGGUGGCAGUCCCAUCACCGGGUACUGGAUCGAGAAGUUUGAUCCAGAGAGCGACAAGUGGAUCAGAUGUAAUAAACUACCCAUCAAAGACACAACCUUCAGGGUGAAGGGACUCCCCACCAAGAAGAAGUAUCGCUUCCGGGUUUUGGCAGAGAAUCUGGCUGGACCUGGAAAACCCAGCUCAGAGACAGAUCCUAUUCUCAUAAAAGAUCCUAUUGAUCCUCCUUGGGCUCCUGGUAAACCCGUCAUCAGAGAUAUCGCCAAGACCUCGGCCUUGUUGGCCUGGACUCGUCCAGAACACGAUGGUGGGGCUAAGAUCGAAGGCUACAUCAUCGAGUUCCAGAAGACUGGAAGCGAGGAUUGGAUCCGGAUUGCAGAGGAUGUCCCUCAGACUGAGCACCAGCUGAAGGGCCUGAUGGAGAAGCAGGAGUACUCGUUCCGGGUCAAAGCCAUCAACAAAGCUGGCGAGAGUGAACCCAGUGACCCCAGUGAACCCGUAAUCUGCAAGGAGAGACUCUACCCUCCAUCUUCUCCUCAGUGGCUGGAAGUAAGCGGCAUCACCAAGAUCAGUGCUGACCUGAAAUGGCAGGCUCCCAGCAGUGACGGCGGAUCGCCCAUCACCAACUACGUGGUGGAGAAGAGGGACGUGCGGCGGAAGGCCUGGCAAACCGUGGACACUACCGUCAAGGAGCUGAGGUACUCUGUGACUCCGCUCAACGAAGGAUCGCUGUACGUGUUCCGUGUUGCUGCUGAGAACGCUGUCGGGAUGGGAGAGUUCUGCGAGCUGGAGGAUGCAGUGCUCGCCAAAGACACCUUCACAACUCCUGGGCCUCCAUACGCCCUCACGGUCAUGGAUGUCACCAAGAGGCACGUAGAGCUGAAAUGGGAACCUCCCAAGAGCAACGGUGGAAGACCCAUAACCAAGUACGUGAUAGAGAAGAAGGAAAAGAUCGGGACGCGCUGGUUGAAGUGCUGCAAGACUCCAGACAGACAGACUCAGUUUAAGGUGACGGAUGUGGACGAAGGAUCGGAGGUGCAGUUCCAGGUCAGAGCGGAGAACGAGGCCGGAGUUGGAGAUCCAAGUGAACCCACUGUGAUCCUCACCAUUGAGGAUGCAACCAGUCGUCCAUCUCCUCCUCUGGAAGUAACUAUCGUGGACGCCAGCAGGGAGCACAUCAAUGUCACAUGGAAGCAUCCAGCCAAGGAUGGUGGCUCCCCUGUAACUGGAUACCAUGUGGAGGUUGCGGAGGCCCGUACAGAGCUGAAGUGGCUUCGUGUCAACAGCAGACCCAUCAAAGAGCUGAAGUUCAGGAUCGAAGAUGGAAUCAAACCGGAGAAGAAGUACGUCAUCAGGGUUCGUGCCAUCAAUGCCAUUGGUGUCAGCGAUCCGUCAGAGAUCUCUGACAAAGUCUUCACCAAAGAUCCCGACUGUGCUCCAACCAUGGAUCUGGAGGCACAGGACGUGGUUGUGGUUGAGGGUGAGAAGCUGCACUUGAACAUUCCCUACAGGGCAAUUCCGACUCCGAAGAUGGUUUGGCAGAAGGACACGGUUGAGUGUAAGGCCGACGACAGGCUCUCCAUGACGGUGGAGAUGAACAGUGUUCACCUGGAGCUGCUGAAGUGCAGCCGUGCUGAUGCUGGUGCCUACAGCGUCAGUCUGGAGAACAGUCUGGGAACAGCUACCGGGACCAUCAAUGUCAAAGUUAUCGGACUUCCUGGUCAGUGUAAACAUAUCACAUCCAACGAUGUCACCAAGAACUCCUGCAUGAUCAGCUGGGAGGCCCCAGAAGACGAUGGCGGCACACCCAUCGUCAGCUACACGCUGGAGCGCCGCGAAGCAUCCAAGAAAACAUACAUGCCCGUCAUGUCUGGAGAGAAUAUCCUGACCUACACGGUCAAAGAUCUUUACGUCAACUGUGAGUACUACUUCAGGGUGAAGGCCAUCAACAAGGUCGGCGCCGGAGAGUACCUGGAGCUACGCAACCCAGUCAUCACAGAGGAAGUCAAACAGAAACCAGACCCACCCAUCCAGGUGGAGGCUCAGGACCCCACAUCCAAGUCCAUCACCGUCACCUGGAAGGCUCCAGACUACGACGGCGGCUGUCCCAUCCAGGGCUACAUUGUGGAGAAGAUUGAGAAGGACGGGGACCGCUAUGAGAGGGUCACCCCAAGCCUGGUUCCCGGUUUCUCCUAUGUGGUGACAGGCCUGAAGGAGGACAUGGAGUUUCAAUUCAGGGUCCGAGCCGAGAAUGCUGCAGGAGUCAGCGAACCAUCCCGCAGCACACUGCUGAUGAAGGCUGCAGACCCCGUUGACAAACCAAAGGUCACCCUGCAUGCCCGAGUGCAGUCUGGUGUUUGUGUUAAGAAAGGGGAGGAGAUCCGCAUCGAUGCCUUCAUCUCCGGCUCGCCAUAUCCCAAAAUCAGCUGGCUGAGGAAUGACGAGGACGUCACCAAAGAACCCACCAAAAAGAUUGUUCCUGUGGUCAAGAAAAAGAAGUCCAAGGCCAAGGUUCCUGAACCAGAGGAGGAGUUUGUGACUCCCAUGCGUGAGCGUCUUGGUCUGGAUCAAACCCAGAAAGGCCUGUCUGCACUGAUGAUCCGUGAGUCUGUCAGAGCAGACCACGGAAACUUCACCAUCAGGGUGGAGAACACUCACGGUGUUGCCACGGCCACCUGCUUCGUCAACGUCCUGGAUAAACCCGGCGCUCCGAUCAAUUUCACCUUCGAUGAGAUCAGGAACACUUCGGUCAUCUGUAACUGGGAGCCUCCUGAGGACGAUGGCGGCAGCGAGAUCCUGAAUUACAUCCUGGAGAAGAAGGACAACAAGAACGAUGAGAUUGGCUGGAUCACCGUCACCUCCACCCUGAAGGGCACCAGCUUUCCUGUCACCAAGCUCAUUGAAGGGAAGGAGUACAUCUUCAGAGUCACCGCUGAGAACAAGUAUGGCUGCGGGCCUCCCUGCUUCUCUGAGCCGCUCGUUGCAAAGAACCAGUUCAAUCCUCCUGAUGCUCCCAACACUCCCAGAGUUCAUGAGGUGACAGCAAGCUCUGCUCACAUCUCCUGGCAUGAGCCCAAGGACAACGGCAGCCCGAUCCUGGGCUACUGGAUCGAGAGGAAGGAGGUGAACAGCAAACACUGGACCCGAGUCAACCGGGCCCUCCUCAGCUCUCUGGAUGUGAAGGUCCCCGGACUGAUGGAAGGACUUACCUACAUCUUCAGGGUGUGUGCUGAGAACCUGGCCGGCCCCGGGCCCUUCAGCGAGCCCACCGACCGCAUCGUGACCAUGGAUGCCAUCCUUCCUCCUGGCCCCCCCAUUCCAAGGGUUGUGGACACUGGGAAGGACUCGGUCAUCUUGGCCUGGAAGCCCCCGCUGUACAACGGUGGGGGAGAUAUUCUGGGAUACCACGUUGAGAAGGUGUUGGCUGGAGAGAAGGAGUGGAAACGCUGCACUGAGUUCAGGUGUAAAGAGCUGACAUACACCGUCACAGGCCUCACCGAAGGAGCCGACUAUUACUUCAGGAUUCUGGCUGUCAACGAUGCCGGACCUGGAGCUCCUGGUGUUACAGAACCUGUGACCGUCAAAGAACCUGAAGAAACUCCGGUUGUGGAGUUUGACGACUCAGUAAGGAACGGCGUCAUGAUCAAAGCCGGCGACCCGCUGAAACUUCCUGCUGUGGUGACGGGCCGACCCCAGCCAGAGAUCAAAUGGGCCAAAGAUGAGGCAGAAAUCGACAAAGAGAGGAUGGUUGUGGAGACGGAGGGCAAGAACAGCGCUCUGUUCAUCAAAAAGGCUGUGAGGGCGGAUCAUGGAAAGUACCAGAUCACCGGCACCAACAGCAGCGGAACCAAGACCGCAGAGACCAGAGUGGAUGUCAUGGAUGUCCCUGGACCAGUGGUGGACCUGAAGACGGUCCAGGUGACCAAAAAGAACAUCAUCAUUACCUGGUCAGAUCCUCUGGACAAUGGCGGCAGUGACAUCAUUGGUUACGAGGUGCUGAGGAAGGACGCCAAGAUGAAGCUUUUCCGCCAGCCCAUCGAGACGGCGUCCUGUAAGUGCGACAUCCAGGGCCUGCUGGCCGGCGAGGAGUACGACUUCAGGGUCAUUGCUAGGAACAAGUACGGUGACGGAGUUCCAGCUGACCUGGGACCCAUCCUAGCUGAAGAUCCCAAAGGUACUCCAUCUGCACCUGAGAAACUGCACUACACCGACCGAAGCAAGACCACCAUCACUCUGGCCUGGGAGCCACCUCGCUCCGACGGCAGCAGCCCUAUCAGAGGAUACUACGUGGAGAAGAUGAGGUCUGACGGCACAGAGUUCGACGUGGCCAACCGCAAGAUCUUCACAGAGUGCUGUGGAGUCAUCGAGAACCUGUCUGAGAACCAGGAGUACCAGUUCCGUGUCAAAGCUGUGAAUGAGGUUGGCGAUGGAGAUCCAUCCAAGCCGAUAACCGCCAGGAUCCAGGACGAUGAGCUUGCUCCAGUUAUUACCCUCCUGAAGUUCUUCAAGAGCAACGCAAUCAUCGUGAAGAAAGGAGCAGCUAUCGACAUCCCAGCCGAGGUGACGGGACUUCCUCUGCCGACACUGCAGUGGAUGAAGGACGAUGUGGUGAUGGAGAAGCCUGAUGAGGAGAAGAUGACCAUGGAGAUGGAGGAGGUGAACCGGACCACCAUGAGGACAAAGAUCACUAUCCCACAAACCAUUCGACAGGACAAAGGAAACUACAAACUGGUGGCUGAAAACUGCUUUGGCAAGGCUCAGCAUGUCAUCCGGGUGGAGAUCCUCGACCGUCCUCUUCCUCCAAGGAAUAUCGUGGUUUCAGACAUCAAGGCAGACUCGUGUUACCUGACCUGGGACGCCCCAGAGGACAACGGAGGCAGUGAGAUCACCAACUACAUCGUGGAGCGCAGAGACGCUAGCAAGAAGAAGUCGGACUUUGAUGUUCUGACCAUCAACCUCAUCGACCGGAGAUACUGGGUUUACAAACUGGACUUGAAUGGAGUUUACCAGUUCAGGAUCAAAGCUGAAAACAAGUACGGCGUCAGUGAUGGCUGUGACUCUGAGAAAGUCCAGCUCAGAGAUCCGUUCGGCCUCCCUGGACCUCCACGUAAUCCCAAAAUCAUCGCAGCCACUGCAACCACCAUGACCCUUACCUGGGACCCCCCGCUGGACAAUGGCGGUUCCACCAUCCAAGGCUACUGGCUGGAGAAGAGAGAGCGUGGCGCCGUGUACUGGGGUCGCGUCAACCGGGCGCCGGUUACCAAGCCGGCAGUGAAGGGCCUGCAGUACACUGUGCUGAGGCUGAUAGAAGGAACAGAGUACCAGUUCAGGGUCGCCGCCUGCAACGCUGCAGGAGUCGGACUGCACAGCGAGGCCACUGAGUGCCGCUUCGCCACAGAUCCAUGCAAUCCCCCCAGCCCACCAGGAACUCCAGAGGUUAAAGACAAGACCAAGAGCAGCAUCACCCUCACCUGGAGCCCUCCGGACAAAGAUGGUGGCAGCCUGAUCAAAGGUUACAUCAUCGAGGUUCACGAGGAGGGCUCUCCUGAUUGGAGGAGAGUGAACCCUGCCGACAAGCUCCACCCAUCCACAGAAAUCACCGUCCCUGACCUGAAGGAGGGCAAGAAGUGCAAGUUCAGGAUUUAUGCAGUGAACGCCGCCGGCAACUCAGAGCCCGCCAAGACAGCUGACAUCCUGGUUCAGGACAUCCUGAUUGAACCCACUGUGACUCUAGAUGUCAGCGCUCAUGACCUGCUGAACUGCAGAGCCGGAACCACCAUCAGGAUUCCUGCCACCAUCACUGGACGACCUGUCCCCAAGGUCACCUGGACCUUCGUGGAUGGAACCGCCGAGACCGAGAAGAAGAACGAACUUCACACGCUGCCAGUGGACUCGGAGAUCCACUCCAGUGAUACAACGUCAGUGGUCAUGAUCCCGGACAGUAAACUUGGCCACAGCGGGCGAUACAUCAUCAACGCUGAGAGCCCUGCUGGACACAAAGUGGUAAAAGUCAGAGUCACCGUUCUUGACCUGCCUGGACCUCCAAGAAACCUGAAGGUGAGUGACGUAACAAGGGGAACCUGUAGACUCACCUGGAAACCUCCAGAGAGCGACGGAGGAGAGAGGGUGAAGAGCUACUUCAUUGAGAAGAAGACCGUGGAGGGCAAAGCCUGGACCAAGGUAAACCCGGCCUGUGCUGCUCAGUCUCUGGUGGUUCCAGACCUCAUUGAUGGUCAGGAUUACCUGUUCCGCAUCCGUGCCGAGAACCGCUUUGGGUUUGGCCCCUUCGUCGAGACUAUUGAGAGGACCAGAGCCAGAGAUCCGAUCCAUCCUCCUGAUCCUCCAACCAGGCUGAAGAUCCAGAGCAUCAGGAAAGGUACCGUGACUUUGACCUGGAAGGCUCCAAAGAACGACGGUGGUUCACCUGUGACCCACUACAGCGUGGACCUGCUCUGCUGGGAUGCCAGCGGCACCCAGAAGGAGUCCUGGAGGAGGUGUAACAGGAGGGACGUGGACACCACCACCUUCAAGGUGGAGGACCUGACGGAGGGAGACGAGUACGAGUUCAGAGUGGUAGCUUACAACGAAGUCGGACCGAGUCGACCUUCUUCCACCGCUGGACCCAUCCUCAUUCAGGACCAGACCUGCGCUCCGUCCAUCGAACUGAAGGAGUUCAUGGAGGUGGAGCAGGGUACUGAUAUCAGCAUCGUGGCCAAGAUCCGUGGCUGUCCGUUCCCCACGCUCACCUGGUUCAAGGCACCACCCCACAAGUCUGACGAUAAGAUGGAGGUCCAAUAUGACGAGCACAUCAACAAGAUGGUUUCAGACGACAGCUGCACGCUGCUCAUCCAGCAGGGCAAGCGCCCCGACACCGGCCUGUACAUGCUGGUGGCCUCCAACAGCCUCGGCAAGGCGUCCAAGGAGAUGAGGCUGAACGUGCUCGGACGCCCUGGUCCUCCCUCCGCUCCCAUCAAGUUUGAGGAAAUCGGAGCUGAGAGGAUUACCCUCUCCUGGCUGCCACCGAAGGACGAUGGCGGCUCCAAAGUCACGAACUACGUCAUCUGGAGGCGGGUGGCCAGCAGGAAGACAUGGGUACCGGUCACCAACGAGCCUAAAGACCGGAUCUGGACCGUGGAGAACCUCAUGCAGGGACAUGAAUAUGUAUUCCGCAUUAUGGCGCAGAACAAAUAUGGAGUCGGAGAGCCGCUGGACAGCGAGCCUGAGGUGGCCCGAAACCUUUACACUGCUCCCGGUCAGUGUGAGAAACCAACAGUAACCAACAUCACCAUGGACUCCAUGACUGUAAACUGGGAGGAACCCGAGGACGACGGCGGCGCCCCCAUCACCGGCUACUGGCUGGAGCGCAAAGAGACGACAGGCAAACGCUGGACUCGCGUCACCCGCGACCCCAUCCGGCCCAUGGGCAUGGGCGAGUCCUUCAUAGUGACCGGACUCAUUGAGGGAUCCCAGUACUUGUUCAGAGUUUCUGCCAUCAACGCUGCAGGACCUGGACUCACCAGCCCCCCUACAGACCCUGUCUUUGCCAGAGACCCCAUCUCCCCGCCCUCUCCACCAACUCCCAAGGUUUUGGACUGGACUGGUUCCACGGUGGACCUGGAGUGGAUACCCCCCUUGAAGGAUGGAGGCUCCAGAAUCAUCGGCUACUGGGUGGAGUACAAAGAGGAGGGCACUGAUGCCUGGGUGAAGGCAAAGGAAACAGAAAUUCGAGGGACCCAGCUUGUGAUCACGGGUCUGAAGACUGGUGGUCGGUACAAGUUCCGGGUGAUUGCCUUCAACGCUGUUGGUAAUGGUGAGCCAGGUGAAGUCCCGGAGGUUCUGGAGGUCAGCGACAGAACCAUUGCUCCCGAGGUGGACCUGGACGCCUCAGUGAAGGAGAGGAUGGUGGUCCACGCCGGUGGCGUGAUCCGUAUCAUCGCCUACGUGUCGGGCAGGCCGUCGCCCGAGGUGACCUGGAGUAGAGACGGAGCAGCGCUGCCUUUCGAGGCGAAAGUGGAGACCACCGCCAUCAGCUCUUCGCUCGUCAUCAAACCCUGUGCAAGGAAACACCUCGGUGUCUACACGCUGAGCGCCAAGAAUGCCGGAGGCGAGAAGACGAAGAACAUCACAGUGGAAGUUCUGGACGUCCCCGGGCCCGUAGGCAUCCCCUUCAUCGCCGACAACCUGAGCAUUGACUCCUGCAAGCUCACCUGGUUCUUCCCUGAGAAUGAUGGUGGCUCUCCCAUCAGCAAUUAUAUCAUCGAGAAACGUGACGCUGAACGCAAAGCCUGGACCUCGCUGUCCUUCACCGCCAGCAGGCAGAACGCCGUGGCUCAUGGCCUUACCCCCCGGAAGGCCUACUUCUUCAGGGUGGCUGCUGAGAACGCCAUCGGCAUCGGACCCUUCGUGGAGACGGCAGCAGAGAUCAUCAUCAAGGAGCCAAUCAAUGUACCGGACCGUCCUGAGGAACUGGAGGUCACCAAGGUUACCAAGGAUUUGAUCAGUGUCACCUGGAAAGUACCCAAAUAUGAUGGCGGCUCUGAGAUCACGAUGUACAUCCUGGAGGCCCGCAUGAUCGGCAAAGACAAAUUCACCAGACUGACGAAGGAGAAGCUGAUGGAGAGGAAGUUCACCUACGAUGGCCUGAGGGAGGGCGACACCUACGAGUUCAGGGUGAUCGCCGUCAACGAGGUCGGGCCGGGCAAACCGUCCUUCUGCACCAAACCAAUCACCUGCAAGGACGAGCUGGAGCCACCAACCAUUGAGCUGGACUUCCGUGACAAGAUCAUCAUCCGUGUGGGAGAGAGCUGUCUGCUGCAGGGCCGCUACACCGGCAAACCUCCCCCAGCCAUCAUCUGGUACCGAGACGACGAGGAGCUGAAAGCCGACAAACACAUCAUGUUCAAGAACACGCUCAGCACCAUGUCGCUGGCCCUGAUGAAGGCUCAGCGGGAGCACAGCGGCAGAUAUGUGGUGGUCGUGGAGAACAGCACCGGGUCCAGGAAGGGAGUCUGCAUCGUCACGGUUGUUGAUCGUCCAACUCCACCUGUUGGCCCGGUGGUGUUUGAGGAGGUGCACAGGGAGUACAUGGUGAUCUCCUGGAAGCCUCCUCUGGACAGCGGAGGUGUCGAUGUCUCCAACUACAUCAUUGAAAAGAGAGACGUCAACAGAGACAUCUGGACCACAGUAACAUCUGCAACAACCAAGACCACAUGCAAGAUCCCCAAGCUGACGGAGGGCAGAGAGUACAUCAUGAGGAUCUCUGCAGAGAACAUGUACGGCAUCAGUGAUCCUCUGGAGUCUGAGGAGAUGAAGGCUAAAGACCUCUUCAGAGUCCCUGAGGCCCCUGAGAUGCCAACAGUCAGAGAGGUGUAUGCUACCAACGCUCUGGUGCUGUGGAACCGGCCCCGGGAUGGAGGAAAACCCAUCACUAACUACAUCCUGGAGAAGAAGGAGCCUGGAGCCAAGAGGUGGUCCAGGGUCACCAGAGACCCGCUGUACCCGGCCACUCAGUACCGAGUCCAGGACUUGGUGGAGGGCUGCGAGUACGAGUUCAGGGUAACGGCUGAGAAUGAGCUGGGAACAGGAGAUCCCAGUGUCCCCUCCAAACCCAUCCUCGCCAAAGACCCCAUCGUGCGUCCCAGUCCUCCGGUGACCCCUGAGGCCUACGAUAAGACCAAAGACUCAGUCAGUCUGAAGUGGCAGAUGCCUCGCCACGAUGGAAAAGGACGAAUCUUUGGCUACAUCGUUGAGUACCAGAAGCCCGGUGCCGUAGAGUGGAUUCAGGCCAACGAGACCCCAGAGCAGUGUCCAGACCUCCACUAUGUGGUGACGGGUCUGGCUGAUGGAGAGGAGUAUGCCUUCAGGAUCUUUACUGUCAACGCUGCAGGCAAAUCUGACCCUGCUUAUGUCAAACAGAACAUUAAAGUCCACGACAGACUUGAGGAGCCAGAGUUGCUCCUGGACGCCAACAUGGCUCGUGACCACUUGGCCAUGUUGGGCACCGAUAUCACCCUGAGUGCCACCAUUAAAGGUGUGCCAACACCGACCGUCAGCUGGAAGAAGAACGACGGAGACGUUCCUGCUCACAUCACUGUUGCUGUUACUGCCACUGGAAGCAAAGUCUUCAUCCCUAAAUGCGUCCGUCCAGACUCUGGCAACUACACCAUCACAGCUGAGAACACUGCUGGAAAGAAGUCAGCAACUGUUGCCGUGCUAGUGCUGAACAAGCCUUCUCCUCCCAGAGAGCUGGUGAUCUCUGAGGUGACCAGCGAGUCUGCCUACCUGACGUGGAAGGCUCCGGAGGACAACGGUGGUGCUGUCAUCUCCCAUUAUGUCGUACAAAAGAAGGAUGUGGCCUCAGACCAGUGGGUGCCUGUUGCUGCAGCCAAUAAGAAGCUGAGUCUGAUGGCCUUGUACCUGAUGGAAGGAAUCCAGUAUCUGUUCAGGGUGGCUGCAGAGAACCAGUUUGGAAGGAGUGACUUCGUUGUUAGCAAGACGCCCAUCAAGGCCUUGGAUCCUCUCUAUCCUCCUGGCCCACCCAAGAACCUGCACCACACUGAUGCAGACAAGACGGAGGUGUGGUUGGCAUGGGAGUGGCCAGAUCGCACUGGUGGAAGUGAAAUUACUGGAUUCAUUGUGGAGCACCAAGAAGAGGGUCAAACUGACUGGGUCAACUUCAAGACUGUGAUUAAUAAUCACAGUCAUGUCACAGGUCUGGAGGAGGGCAAGACUUACCGCUUCAGGGUCAAAGCUCAGAACGCCAUUGGUGUGAGCCGUCCUGAUACCAGCGUCCCCAUCACUUGCCAAGAGAAGACAUUGCCACCUACAAUUGAGGUUGAUGUGAAGCUUAUUGAGGGCCUCAUGUUGAAAGCUGGAACUACUAUUGUUCUACCAGCCAAGAUGACUGGCAUCCCGCUUCCCACUGCCAAAUGGAUGAGUGAUGACAAGGAGAUCGUAUCUGAAGGCCGAUACCACAUCGAGACUGCUGGAUCCUCAACCGUCCUCAGCAUCCCUGACUGUCAGAGAGGGGACACUGGAGAGUACAUCCUUACUGUGUCCAAUCCUGCAGGGAGCAAGACAGCAGCCCUUCAUGUCACAGUGUUGGACUUACCUGGUCCGCCUACUGGACCCAUCAAUAUCUUGGAGGUGACCCCUGAUUACAUGAUAAUCCAGUGGAGAGCACCCAAGGAUGAUGGUGGCACUCCCAUCACCAGCUAUGUGGUGGAAAAGAAAGACGUGAAGAAGCCAUGGGAACCCUGGUCUGUUGUUAGCUCCAGUGGAACCAGCACCAAGGCCAAGGUGUCGCGGUUGGAGAAGGGCCGUGAGUACAUUGUCCGUGUCCGUGCAGAAAACAAGAUUGGCAUUGGUGCUGGACUGGAGAGUCCUCCUACUAUUGCCAAGCACAUGUUCAACCCUCCUGGUCCACCAGGCCCGCCCGAGUGCUCUGAUAUCACAGAGAAUGCCGUGACUGUAGAAUGGACCCUGCCUGAGUAUGACGGCGGCAGCCCCAUCAGCGGCUAUGUGAUUGAACGCAGAGAAAUGACAGGAAAGUGGAUCCGUGUCAACAAAACUCCCGUGUUGGACCUAAGAUACAGAGUCUCUGGUCUGUUUGAAGGAAACACAUAUGAGUUCAGAGUGUUUGCUGAGAAUAUUGCUGGCAUCAGCGAGCCUUCUCUCUCCUCUGAUCCUGUCAAGGCCACGCGUGCCAUCACUAAACCUGGGCCUCCUGGCAACCCUAAACUGAAGGACUGGAGCAAGUCCUACGCUGACAUCUGCUGGACCAAGCCUACAAGGGAUGGAGGCAGUCCCAUUCUGGGCUAUGUGGUUGAAGCUCAGAAGUCAGGAAGUGCCCAGUGGGACAGAAUCAAUAAGGAUCUUAUCAAGAUAUGUGCUUACAGAGUUCCAGGCCUCAUUGAAGGAAUGGAGUACAGAUUACGCAUCAGAGCUACCAACAAGGUUGGAGACAGUGAGCCCAGGGAGCUGACUGAGACCAUCCUGGCAAAAGACAUCCUGGUGCCCCCUGAAGUUGUUGUUGACGUUUCCUGCCGUGACUCUUUGACAAUCAGAGCAGGUCAGAUAAUCAAUUUGAUCACCAGGGUGAAAGGCAGACCAGAUCCAGAGAUCACAUGGACCAAGGAUGCCCGAGCUCUUUCCCGGGAGAAACGCACAGAGAUUAACAACAACUACCCUCUUUGUGAGCUGGUCAUCAACGACGCUGUCAGGGCAGAUUAUGGAAAAUAUGCCAUUGUUGCCAAGAACAGUAGUGGACAGGCACAAGCUACCAUUUUGGUGAAUGUCCUGGACACACCAGGAGCUUGCCAGAACCUGAAAGUGGCCUAUGCGACCAAGAAAUCCUGCAUGGUGUCCUGGGAGAACCCUGAAGACAAUGGGGGAACUGAGAUCACUCAAUAUAUUAUUGAGUGCCGUCAGCCAAGCCAGAGAGGAUGGACGGUGGUCUCCAAUGACUGGACCAAGCGCCUGAUAAAGGCUCCUCUUACUGAGGGUUUGGAGUAUUUUUUCCGCGUCAGAGCAGAAAACAAGAUUGGUGCUGGUCCAACUGUUGAGACCAAAACACCUGUUCUGGCAGUUGAUCCCAUUGAGAAACCUGGUGAACCCAUUGACUUGCACAUAUCUGAGAUUGGUAAGACCUUCUGCUUCCUCAAGUGGAAGAAACCAGAUAAUGAUGGUGGUAGCCGUAACCUAGGUUACCACGUUGAAAAGAAACCUAAAGAGGCAGAGGAAUGGGAGAGGAUUCAUAAAGGUGCUAUCAAGGAGACUUACUUCAUGGCAGACAGAUGCAUCGAAAAUCAGAUCUACCAGUUCAGAGUUCAGACUAAGAACGAGGGAGGUGAAAGUAACUGGGUGACCACAGCUGAAAUACUGGUUAAGGAAGAACUUGUGGAGCCUGAAGUCAAGGUUAAACUGGAUUCAACCCUUGUGGUGAAGGCUGGAGACUCCAUAGCUAUUGAAGCAGCAGUGAAGGGCAAACCCCAGCCUGAUGUCAAAUGGACCAAGGACGAGAGUACUGAGGAGAUCAGAAAGGGCCCCAAGCUUCAGAUAGAAACUGGUACAGACUUCUCUAAGCUGUUGCUUACUGGUGCCAGACGCACUGACAGUGGAAAAUAUGUCAUAACGGCCUCCAACAGCGCAGGAACCUGCUCUGCUACUGCUGUGGUCAAUGUACUGGACAGACCUGGCCCAGUCAGGGAUCUCAAGGUGUCUGGUAUCACCAUCGACAGGUGCCACCUGGCCUGGGAAGUACCGGAGGACAACGGUGGCUGUGAUAUCUACAACUAUAUUAUUGAGAAAUGUGAGACCAAGAGGGGGGUCUGGUCAGUCCACUCUAACGCUGUCAUCACCAACAAAGCUAAUGUAACCCGUCUUAUUGAGGGCAAUGAGUACAUAUUUAGAGUUCGAGCUGAGAAUAAGAUGGGUCCUGGACCUGCAGUUCAGACUGAGGCCAUUGUUGCUGGCACACAGUUCAAUGUACCUGAUGCCCCUGAAGCUCCAGAGGUCACCAAGAUCAGCAAGGAAGAGAUGACUGUGCAGUGGUCGGAGCCAGAGAAAGAUGGAGGAAAGCCAGUCACAGGGUAUCUACUGGAGAAGAGAGAAGAGCAUGCUGUCAGGUGGUCUCCUGUCAACAAGGAUCCAAUCCCUUCAACCCGAUUCACAGUUACUGGAUUAUUGCCUCUCCAUGAUUACCAGUACAGAGUUAAGGCUGUGAAUGAAAUUGGCAUUGGCAAUCCAAGCAAGGCUUCUCGCGCCAUCACAGCAAAAGAUACAGUUGAGCCUCCUGCAUCUCCUACCAACCUGAAAGUUGUGGACAGCAGCAAAUCCACAGUUAGCCUGGGCUGGACCAAGCCAGUGUCCGACGGAGGUGCUCCCCUCAUUGGCUAUGUGGUGGAGAUGAGGGCUCAGGGAGCAGCCAAGAAAGGAGAUGACGGCUGGAAAAGGUGCAAUGUGGCAGCUCAGCUUGUGGUGUGCGAGUUCACCGUCACAAGUCUCGAUGAGAACCUUGUGUAUGAAUUCAGAGUGUCUGCUCAGAACCAGGUGGGCAUGAGCCCGCCCUGCAACCUGGAAGGUGCUGUCAUUCCAAGGGAAAUCCUGGAGGCACCAGAGAUUGACCUGGAUGCCAACCUGAAGCAGGGGCUGACGGUGAGAGCUGGUUGCCCCAUCAGGCUCUGUGCCACCAUCAGAGGAAGACCACCUCCUAAGGUCACGUGGAGGAGGAUGGGUAUCGAUAAUGUGGUCAGGAAGGGUAAAGUUGACCUCAUCGACACCAUGACCUUCAUGGUAAUCCCUGACAGCACUCGUGAUGAUUCUGGCAAAUACUGCCUGACUUUGCAGAGCGCUGCAGGAGAGAAGGCUGUGUUUGUCACUGUUAAGGUUCUGGACACUCCUGGACCUGUAGUGGGUCUUGAAGUUUCGGACAUCAAACAGACGUCCACCAUGCUGUCCUGGGGUCCUCCAGAGAACGAUGGUGGUAGCGAGGUCACUCACUACAUUGUUGAAAAGCGCGAGAUUGAUCGUAAAACAUGGGCAACUGUCAAGGCUGAAAUUCCAGCAGACAAGAUUCCCUUCAAAGUCAGUGGUCUGAUGCCCGGCACCGAAUACUACUUCAGGGUCACGGCUGUCAAUGAGUACGGCUCUGGAGUUGCCAAAGUAACACCCACCUCCUACCUGGCUUCUGAUCCUGUCAGCAAGCCGGAUCCUUGUCAGAAAAUCGAGGUUCUGGAGAUAACUAAGAACAGUGCCAUGGUUGGCUGGCUGAAGCCGGAAAGAGACGGUGGUGCCAAGAUCGAUGGCUAUGUAGUUGAAUAUAUUGAAGAAGCAGAACCUGUGAAGGAAGAAUGGAACGCCUACACAACAGUGAAAGGUCUGACUAUCAGUGUUAGUGGGCUCAAGGAAGGCAAGAGAUAUAAGUUCAGGGUGGCUGCCAAGAACAUGAUGGGCAUGAGCUCGUUCACCGAGACCAGGGAGGCGGUUGAGAUCAAGGAACAGAUGGUGGAGCCAAAGAUUGUUAUGCCUGAGACAGCGGGCGCUAGAGCUGGAGCCAAGCUCCGAGUUGAAGCGCUAGUUUCAGGGAAACCCGCCCCAACCUGUAAGUGGAUGCGUGGUGAGGAUGCAGUGGUCCCAUCCAGCCGUCUGGCUGUGCACCAGUCGGGCAACUUGUGUGUCCUGAUCAUCAAGGAUGUGUCAAGGACUGACAGUGGAGAGUACAGCCUUGUAGCCGAGAACAGCUCUGCAAAGGUGUCACAAAGCUUAAAGAUUGUCAUCAGAGACAUCCCUGGUCCUCCUGAAGGUCCUGUGGAGAUCAGUGACAUUGACUCUGAUGCUUGCUCCCUGUCCUGGAAUAAACCCCUGGAGGAUGGGGGCAGCAACAUCACCAACUAUGUGGUUGAGAAAUGUGAUGUGAGCAGGGGUGACUGGGUGACAGCCGUCUCUUCAUGCUCAAAGACCAGCUGCAGGUUGGGAAAGCUUAUUCCUAGGAAGGAGUAUGUGUUCCGUAUCAGGGCUGAGAACCGCUUCGGUGUGUCAGACCCCGUUCAGUCUGACAGGAUGGUUGCCAAGUUCCCGUUCGAUGUUCCCAGUGAGCCUCUCAACUGUCGCAUCAACAAGACCAACAAGGACUGCAUGUUUGUUGCUUGGGAUAAGCCAGAGAGCGAUGGCGGCAGCCCCGUCACCGGGUACUACAUAGAGCGAAAGGAGAGGAACAGUCUUCUGUGGGUGAAGGCCAACGACACUGUCGUCCGCACUACUGAGUACCCAUGUGCUGGCCUCAUUGAGGGCCUGGAAUAUACAUUCAGAGUGUCUGCCAUCAACCGCGCUGGUCAGGGCAAACCAAGCAAGAAGACCGACUUUGUGACAGCCAGAUCCCCUGUUGACACUCCAGGUAAACCUGAGAUCCUGGAUGUAACCAAAAACUCUGUCACCCUGGUUUGGGCACGACCAAAGAACGAUGGUGGAAGCAAGAUCAUAGGCUACUACGUGGAGGCCAUGCGGGUGCCUGGAGACACUUGGACACGCUGCAACACCAGCAGUCAAAAUGUCCCAAGGGAGGAGUAUACAGUGAUUGGCCUGGAGAGUGACCUUCAGUACCAGUUCAGAGUCAUUGCCAAAACUGCUGUCAACAUGAGCAAGCCCUCAGAGCCCACAGACCCAGUCCUGGUCUGUGCUGAGAAUGUACCUCCAAGACUGGAGCUUAAUGCCAGGAUGCAGAAGGGUUUCAAGGUCAAGGCUGGAAGCACAGUCCUCCUGGAAGCUGAGGUGUUCGGUAAGCCCAUGCCCAAAGUCACAUGGAAGAGAGGUGAUGACAACCUGAAGUCAAGUGAGGGCCAGGUCAUCAGCCAUCAGAGGCAUCACUUCCAGCUGGAGAUGGCCGCUGUCACCAAAGAGCACACAGGGAUCUACACGGUGUUGGCUGAGAAUGCCAGCGGCUCCAAGACUGCAGAGAUUGAGGUUAACGUCCUAGAUGUGCCUGGCCCUCCUGCCGGUGCCAAAUAUGUUGAGGUGUUUGCUACCAGUAUCAAGCUGUCCUGGGAGCCUCCUCUGAAAGAUGGUGGCGCCGCCAUCAACAACUACAUCAUAGACAAGCGUGAAACCAGCAGAGCUAACUGGGCCCAGGUUUCAGCCAAGAUCAAGGGUGACAUCCUUGAGUUCAAUGUGGAAAAGCUAAUUGAGGGUCAUGAGUACCAGUUCAGAAUCCGUGCUGAGAACAACUGGGGAGUUGGAGACCCCCUCAUCACCAACCCUGUCAUCGCCAAGAACCCAUACACGGUUCCCGGCCCCUGUGAAGCUCCUGUGAUCACCAAUGUGACCAAAGACCAUAUGACUGUGAGCUGGAAGGAGCCUGCCGAUGACGGAAAGUCCACCAUUCUAGGCUACAUGCUGGAAAAGAAAGAGGCCAAAGAGAUGAACUGGACCAAGAUGAACAGGAAGCCAAUGACAGAACGAACGCUGGAAGUAACAGGAUUGACAGAAGGAGUGGAAUAUGAGUUCCGAGUCAUCGCAGUUAAUGUGGCUGGGAACGGCAAACCCAGUGAAGCAUCAGCUGGAGCCACUGCACAAAAUCCCAUUACUCCUCCUGGACCUGUUGUGAACCCCAGUGUAACUGACACCACCAACAGCACCAUCAGUCUCACUUGGACUGCCCCUGCAAACAAUGGUGGAAGCCCCAUCAUUGGCUACCUGGUGGAAUGCAAGAGGACCAACACCAAGGACUGGAUCCGCUGCAAUGUCCCCAGGAAUCUGCAGGAGACCAACUACAUAAUUCAGAACCUCAUCGACAAGGCAGAGUACCAGUGUCGCAUCACCGCUGUUAACAAAGUGGGCUUCGGCGAGGCGCUUGAAGUACCAGGCACACAUGUCGCCAAGGACAUCAUCGUCCCUCCGGAAGCAGAGCUCAGUGCCGAGCUGAAGGAAGUCUUGGAGCUGCAGGCUGGUGCUACCAUGAGACUGCAGGCCACCAUCAAGGGUCGUCCCACCCCCAAGGUCAUCUGGGCAAAGAUGAACACCAACAUCAAAGAUCGUCAGGGCAUUGUUAUCAAAUCCAGCGGCACAGACACCCUGGUUCUGGUGGAAAAAGUCAACAGAUACGAUGCUGGCAAAUACAUUUUGAAUCUGGAAAGCUCUGCUGGCAUGAAGAUGUACACCAUUGUUGUUAAAGUUUUUGACACUCCUGGACCCCCAGUAAACCUGAUGGUGAAAGAGACUUCCAAGGACAGUGCUUCCCUCCUUUGGGAUGCUCCUCUGAUUGAUGGUGGCUUCGAAGUGACCCACUACAUAGUGGAGAAGCGUGACACUGAGAGAAAGGCCUGGUCCAUUGUCUCAAACAACUGCAAAACUACAUCAUUCAAGGUUCCAGACCUGGAUGCCGGACGGUCCUACUGCUUCAGAGUGUCAGCCAUAAACCAGCUUGGUGCUGGAGAGUGCUGCGAGACGGCCGACUCAGUUAGAGCUACAGAGGAGCCUGGACCAGUCAUGGACUUCAAGACCCUGCUGGUGACCAAGGACUCUUGCACUCUAAGCUGGAAGAAACCCCUGACUGAUGGUGGCAGUCGUAUUACCUGCUAUGUGCUGGAGGUUCUCAAUGGGGAAGAUAAAUACAAAGAGCUCAUGAGGUCCAAGAAUAUGCAGUAUAGUGCCAAGGACCUGGUGGAGGGCAGAGAGUACACCUACCGCGUCAAAGCUGUAAAUGACUCAGGAGAGAGCUCUGCCAAAGACCUGACAGUGGUCGCUAAGGACCAGAUCAUUUAUCCUACCUGUGACCUAAGAGAGCUGCCCAACAUGUGCUACAUUGCCAAAGAGGGCAGCACCGUCCGUCUGAAGAUCCCUAUCAUUGGCAAACCUACUCCCAAGGUCUCCUGGAAGAAGGGGGAUGACGAGGACCUGACAGACACUGGCCGAGUGUGUGCAGAGUCAUCCGCAGUAAACACCACCCUCUUGAUCAGAGACUGCCAGCGGACUGAUGCUUCUAAGUACACCAUCACCUUGAGAAACAGUGCUGGCAGCAAGGAGUCGACCAUCUUCAUCAGGGUGGUGGGGAAACCUGGCAUCCCAGCUGGCUCAAUUAAGUUCAAAGAUGUGACUGCUGAUGGGGCGACACUGAAGUGGGGUGUUCCUAAGGAUGACGGUGGCUCAGAGAUUACCAACUACAUUCUGGAAAAGAGGGACUCCAUCACCAACAUGUGGGUGACUGUGUCCUCCACUGUGGAGACGAAUAGCAUGCGGGUGACAGGCCUUCAUGAGGGAACAGAGUAUAUAUUCAGAGUCUGUGCUGAGAACAAGUAUGGCAUUGGAGAAGGACUCAAGUCUGACCCCAUCGUAGCCAAACAUCCAUUCAAUGUUCCAGAUGCACCCGCUCCUCCUGAGAUCAUGAGCAUGCGCCAUGACUCUGCCUACUUGGUUUGGUCUGAUCCCAGGAAGACUGGAGGAUCUCCCAUCACAGGUUACCAUGCCGAGUUCAAGGAGAGGAACAGCAUGUUGUGGAAGAGGGCCAGUCCAGCUGCCUUGAGGAUGAAGGAACACAAGGUAACUGGGCUGACCGAAGGUCUGGAGUAUGAGUUCAGAGUAAUGGCAAUCAACUUGGCUGGCAUCGGCAGGCCGAGCGCUCCCACCGAUCCACAGGUGGCUUUGGAUCCCAUUGAUGCACCUGGUAAGCCAGAUGUAAUCAGCAUCUCCAGAAGCAGUGUGACCCUCAAGUGGACUGAGCCUCAGUUUGAUGGCGGCCACAGACUGACCGGCUACAUCGUUGAGAAACGAGACCUGCCUUCAAAGAUCUGGGUGAAAGCCAACAAUGUGAAUGUUGUGGAUCCAGCCUUCACUGUUGCUGACCUGCAAGAAGGAUGCAAAUAUGAGUUCAGGAUCAGGGCAAAGAAUGCUGCUGGUGCCCUCAGCCCACCCUCCGAGCAGACGGACACCAUCAUUUGCAGAGAUGAAUAUGCUGCACCAACCAUUACUAUUGAUGCUCAGGUGAUGGAGGGUCUGACCGUCCGAGCUGGUGACACUAUUGUCAUCACUGCCACGAGUAUUUUAGGCAAACCUGCACCGACCUCAUGCUGGUCAAAGGGAGGGAAGUACUUCAAACCCUCUGACCUUGUUCAUAUUGAAACCACUGCAACGUCCUCCACUCUGUCUGUAAAGUAUGCAGGCAGGAAGGACUCUGGAGAGUACACCAUCACUGCCAGCAACCCCUUCGGUGUAAAAGAGGAAACUGUCAAGGUCAAGGUUUUAGAUGUUCCUAGUGCUCCGGGACCCAUUGAAUGCAGCGGCAUUUCAUCAGAAAAGGUGACUCUCACAUGGACAGCCCCUGCCGAGGAUGGAGGCUCUCCUAUCAAAUACUACACCCUAGAGAAGAGAGAGACAAGCCGCCUGCUCUGGACCGUGUUGGAGGAGAAGGUCAUUGACUGUCACUAUGUGGCCCACAAGCUCAUCCAGGGCAACGAGUACUUCUUCAGAGUCUCUGCUGUUAACCAGUAUGGUGCCAGUGAGCCAUCACACUCUGAAGCCGCCAAGAUGGUUGAUAGAUUUGGUCCCCCUGGCCCACCAUCUAAACCAGAGGUGGAGAAAGUUGAUGGACAUUGUGUAACUGUGACCUGGAGAAGACCUACUGAGGAUGGAGGAAGUGACAUUGUUGGUUACUGUGUUGAAAAGAAGGAAAAGAAAGGUAUGCGGUGGGUACGGGCAUCCAAGAAAUCCAUCGCUGAACUCAGCUACGAAGUUACGGGUCUCACUAAGGGAGUGGAAUACGAGUUCCGAGUACUUGCUGAGAACAUCGCCGGUUUUGGGGAACCAAGUGAACCAUCUAUGCCGGUCAAAACUAUAAUUGCUGCCUAUGUCCCAGGACCUCCAGUGAAUCCAAGAGUUACAGAAACAACUAAGACCACUGCUACCCUGAACUGGGGAAAGCCUCUAGAUAAUGGUGGACUUGAAGUCACUGGGUAUGUGAUUGAGCACAAAAAGGAGGGAACAGAAGAGUGGAUUAAGGAUACCCCAUCAUCUCCACUGAGGAUCACAGAAUUUGUCGUUCCUGGGUUGGAAACUGGUGCCAAAUAUCACUUCAGGAUCAGUGCUGUAAAUGUUAAGGGGGCAGGUGAACCUGCUGAAACUCAAGAACUGGUUGAGAUUGUGGAACAUGCAGCUGAACCUGAUUUGGAGCUGGAUAUUGAGCUGAGAAGAACCCUUGUUGUUAGAGCUGGCUGCUCCAUUCGGCUCUUUGUGCCAAUCAAGGGUCGGCCAUCACCUACAGCUACUUGGACCAAAGAGGGUGGCGCUAUUCCACGUGCAGUCAUUGACAGCACAGAGUCAUUCACAAUGCUGCUCAUUCCUGAGAGUUCAAGGAUUGAUGCUGGAAAAUAUGAGCUUACCCUUGAAAACUCAGCUGGAAAGAAGACUGCUGACAUCAAUGUGAGAGUUCUGGAUUCACCUGGACCUCCACUCAACCUAAAACCCAUUAAAAUUGAUAAGGAAAGUAUUACACUUCAGUGGGAGAUGCCCCUCAUUGACGGAGGAGCCAAGAUCACAAACUAUAUCAUUGAGAAGAGGGAAUCAACACGCAAGGCAUUUGCUACUGCUAUUACAAAAUGUCCCACUACUUCAGUCAGAAUUGGUGAGCUGGGUGAAGGUUGCGAGUACUACUUCAGAGUAUCUGCUGAGAAUGAAUAUGGAAUUGGAGAAGCAGUGGAAACAGCUGAUCCAGUUCGUGCAUCCCAGGCACCAACUCCUCCGGAGAGCAUUGUUCCCACUGAUAUUACAAAGAACUCUGUAAGCCUGGGAUGGACCAAACCCAAGCAUGAUGGUGGAAGCAGAAUUACAGGAUAUGUCCUGGAGGCUCAGAAGAAGGGAACUGACCAGUGGGCCCAUGUUACAACAGUCAAGAACAUGGACUUCACAGUGAAGAACCUCAAUGAGAGUGAGGAGUACAUUUUCCGAGUCAUGGCUGUCAACCAUUCUGGUAGAAGUCUUCCACGUGAGAGUAAACCUAUCAUUGUCAGGGAUUCUACUUCUCUCCCCGAGUUCGACCUGCGUGGUGUUUGUCAGAAGACUAUUAUUGCCAAGGCAGGAGAUGACAUCAAGGUUGAAAUUCCAGUUAUGGGACGUCCUAGACCGACAGUCUCUUGGCAGAAAGAUGGAGCUGCCCUGAAGCUCACUCAGAGAAUCAACAUAGAAACUACUGCUGCUACGGUUAUUCUCAGUAUCAAUGAAUGCGUAAGAGGUGACAGCGGUGUGUAUACCAUGACAGGAAAGAACAUUGUUGGAUCUGUGACAGACAACAUCAUCAUCAAGAUACAUGACAUACCUGGGCCACCCAAAGGUCCAGUUAAGAUAGUGGAAAUAUCUCGUACCUACUGCGUCUUUUCAUGGGAAACUCCUGAGAAUGAUGGGGGCGUUCCCAUUAACAACUACAUAGUUGAGAUUAGAGACACCACCACCCAAACAUGGACCGAGCUGUCUUCUACUGUCAUACGCACAAUGUUUAAAGCAAUUCGGCUAACUACCGGAUCAGAGUACCAAUUCAGAAUAAAGGCUAAAAAUAGAUAUGGUGUUGGACCUCCCAUCACCUCAGAGGCAGUAGUGGCUGCAUAUCCAUUCAAAGCACCUGGACCACCUGGUACUCCCAGUGUUGUUGCCUUUACCAAGGACUCAAUAACAAUUGGCUGGAAUGAGCCUGUGAAUGAUGGUGGAAACGAAGUAAUUGGUUAUCAUGUUGAGAGGAAAGAAAGGAGCAGCAUUGUGUGGCAUAGUAUCAGCAAGGGUAUUGUGAAAGGAAAUAUCUUUAAGUCCACAGGACUUGAAGAUGGAGUUGCAUAUGAGUUCCGCGUCAUUGCUGAAAACAUGGCUGGAAUCGGCAAACCCAGCAAGGCUUCGGAAGCAAUACUUGCCUUGGACCCUGUAGACCCACCAGGUCAGCCUGUGCCAAUAUUUGUUAACAAGAAUGUCAUCACCAUCCAGUGGACAAAACCUGAGUAUGAUGGUGGUUUUAAAAUUACUGGCUACACAGUGGAGAAGCGAGAGCUGCCUGCUGGUCGCUGGUUAAGAGCUAACUUCACAAACAUCAUAGAAACAACAUUCACUGUCAGUGGACUGACUCAGGACACCUCCUAUGAGUUCCGUGUCAUAGCCAGAAACUCAGCAGGAGCAGUGAGCAUGCCCUCUGACCCUUCAGACCCAAUUACCUGCAAAGAUGACAUCGUUGAACCACGCAUUAUGGUUGAUGCCAUCUAUAAGGAUGUUGUUCUGCUGAAGGCUGGAGAGUCCUUCAAGCUUGAUGCUGAUAUUGCUGGUCAACCAACCCCAUCUAUGGUUUGGACCAAGAACGGAAAAGAAAUUGAGAACACACUGAAACUGGAGGUUAGGUUCACUGAACUGACAACUACUCUGACCAACAAGGACUCUAUCAGAUCAGAUGGUGGAGAAUUUGUUUUGACUGCCACAAAUGUUGGUGGUUUUGCAAAGCACAUCUUUAAUGUUAAGGUGCUUGACAGACCUGGACCACCAGUUGGACCUCUUAAAGUGUCCGAUGUAACAGCGGACAACUGUGUGCUUACUUGGGCUCCACCAGCAGAUGAUGGCGGUGCCAAGAUUGAAGGAUACGUGAUUGAGAAACGUGAAUCAAGCAGACUGGUUUGGACCAAUGUGGUUUCAGACCUUCAAGUUACUGAACACAAAGUGACCAAACUUCUCAAAGGAAAUGAAUACAUCUUCAGAGUUAUGGCAAUGAACAAAUAUGGACUUGGUGAGGCUCUCGAAUCAGAACCCACUAUUGCAGAAAAUCCGUACGUUAUUCCAGAUCCUCCAGAGAAUCCUGAGGUAACAGCUAUCACUAAAGAUUCAAUGGUCCUUAUGUGGCAAGCACCAAAGAGUGAUGGUGGAACACCUAUUACCACCUACAAUAUUGAAAGGAAAGACAGAAUAGGCCUUCGUUGGGUCAAAUGCAACAAGAGGAAGGUCAAAGAUCUACAGUUCAAGGCUACUGGCCUUGUUCCUGGACAUGAAUAUGAAUUCAGAAUAACUGCAGUGAAUGUUGCUGGAGUGAGUGCACCAAGUGCUUCAAGUCCAUUCUACAAGGCCAGUGAUGCGUUGUACCAACCAGGCGCUCCAUGCAACCCCAGAAUCUUGGACACAACCAAGUCUUCAAUUACUGUUGCCUGGAACAAACCUGUAUAUGAUGGUGGCUCUGAAAUCACUGGCUACAUUGUGGAGACAUGCAUCCCAUCUGAAAAGGAGGAAGAAGAGGAAUGGACCAUUGUGACACCCAAAGAAGGUCUCCUUGCAACCUCUUUUACUAUUAUCAAUCUGAAAGAGAACCAGGAGUACAAGAUAAAUAUCUCUGCCGUCAACAGUGAAGGAAUUGGAGAGGCAGCAUCUGUACCUGGAAGUCCCAAGGCAGAGGACAGACUCCUCCCACCUGAGAUUGAUUUAGAUGCAGAACUUCGUAAAGUGGUCACUCUUCGAGCUUGCUGUUCUCUCAGACUGUUUGUGCCUAUCAGAGGCAGGCCAGCUCCUCAGGCUAAAUGGACCAAGGAUGAUGGGGAGCCUGUGGAUAGGGCAACCACUGACAGCACAACAUCAUACACAUCUCUUGUAAUUGAAAAUGUAAACAGAUUUGACAGUGGAAAAUAUAGUCUUACUGUUGAAAACAGCUCUGGCUCUAAGACAGUUACAGUCCAAGUCAGGGUUCUUGACACACCAAGUGCUCCACAAAAUCUGAAGAUUACUGCUGUCACAAAUGAAGCCGUCACUCUAAUUUGGGAUCCACCAGUGAACAAUGGUGGAGUCAAGAUAAAGAACUAUAUUGUUGAAAAGCGUGAGUCUACAAGGAAAGCAUAUGCCACAGUUAAUGCUAACUGCCACAAUACCACCUUCAUAGUUGACCAGCUCCUUGAGGGAUGCAACUAUUACUUCAGAGUUUUGGCUGAAAAUGAAUACGGCAUUGGCUUGCCUAUUGAGACUGGUGAAUCAGUUAAAGUGUCAGAGAAACCCCAGCCACCUGGUAAAAUCACUCUUAAGGAUGUUACUAAAAACAGUGUCACACUGUGUUGGGAGAAGCCAGAACAUGAUGGUGGCAGCAGAGUGGGCUGUUAUGUUGUUGAGGUCCAGCCUAAGGGUGUUGAUAAGUGGACCCAGGCUAUGAUUGUAAAAGAAACAGAAGCUACUAUCAGUGGACUAAAUGCAGGUGAAGAGUACAUGUUCCGUGUAGCAGCUAAAAAUGAGAAGGGAACAAGUGACCCUCGUCAAAUUGGUGUCCCAGUGAUAGUAAAAGAUCUUGUGAUUGCACCUGUUGCCAAGAUUUUGUUCAACACAUUCAGUGUUUUGGCUGGAGAAGAUCUGACAGUGGAUAUUCCAUUUGUUGCACGUCCCAAAGCAGCUGUCUCUUGGGUUAAAGACGGUCAGCCUUUAAAGAGAACUACCAGGGUUAACUUUGGUGCCACAGAAACAAUGCUGAACCUUAGCAUUAAAGAAGCUACUAAAGAUGAUGUUGGACAGUAUCUUAUUACGCUCACUAACACAGCAGGAGAGACAACAGCAAAUAUUGGCAUUGUUGUUCUUGACAAACCUGGCCAGCCUAGUGGUCCAGUUAAGGUUGAGGAGGUUACUUCUGAUAGUGUAACCGUCUCCUGGAAUCCACCAGAGUAUGAUGGUGGUUGCACCAUCAAAAACUACAUUGUGGAAAAGAGAGACACAUCUACCACUAACUGGAUGGUGGUAUCUGCCAACCUAGCAAGAACCAAAAUUAAGGCUGGCAGACUGAAGACAGGUUCCGAGUAUCAGUUUAGAAUCACAGCUGAAAACAGGUAUGGAAAGGGCCCAACCCUUCUAUCUGAAUGCAUUGUGGCUCAGUACCCAUACAAGCUCCCAGGACCCCCAGGAACACCAUCCAUUGCAGCCUGCACCAAGGACACUAUGGUUGUAGCCUGGAAUGAACCUGUGAAUGACGGUGGAAGUACUAUCCUGGGCUACCAUCUUGAACGGAAAGAGAGAAACAGCAUUCUAUGGGUCAAACUGAACAAGUCCCUCAUUACUGACCAAACCUUCAAGACUACAGGUCUGGAGCCAGGAAUGGAGUAUGAAUUCAGAGUUUAUGCAGAAAACAUUGUUGGAAUAGGCAAAGUGAGCAAAGUAUCUGAAGGAGUAAUUGCUAGAGAUCCUUGUGAUCCUCCUGGUACCCCAGAGGCAACAAAGAUCACUAAGGACUCUGUGACCAUUGUCUGGACCAAGCCUGAAUAUGAUGGUGGUGCAAAGGUGACUGGCUACAUUGUGGAGAAAAAGGAGCUUCCUGAGGGACGUUGGCUGAAGGCUAACUUCACUAAUGUCAUUGAGACAGAAUAUGUCGCAACUGGACUUGUGCAGGACAAUCAGUACGAGUUCCGUGUCAUUGCCAGAAAUGCUGCUGGUGUUUUCAGUCUUCCCUCUUAUAGUACUGGUCCUAUCACUGCCAAGGAUGAGAUUGAACCACCACGCAUCAGUAUUGACCCAGAGUACACACAGACUGUUGUGGUAAAUGCCGGAGACAACUUCAAAAUUGAUGCAGAUGUCCAUGGCAAACCAUUGCCCUCUAUCCAUUGGAUGAAGGGAGAGCAGGAACUGGGCAACACUAUUCAUAGAGAAAUUAAGAAUACACUCACCAAAGCUUUUAUAUCUGUGAAAGAAGCUAAACUCUCAGAUGGAGGCCAGUACACUCUGCUGCUGAAAAAUCCAGGAGGAGAAAAGGCUGUACAAGUAAAUGUGGUUGUCUUGGAUAAACCUGGAGAACCACAAGGACCUCUAGUUAUUACAGGGAUAACCAAAGACAGCUGCUGCCUUGCUUGGAAGCCACCGCUGCAAGAUGGUGGUAGCAAGAUCUCUCACUACAUCGUUGAGAGGAGAGAGACAAGUAGACUAGUCUGGACUGUUGUUGACCCAAAAGUGGAAAAUACAUGUCUAAAAGUUACCAAGCUCCUGGAAAAAGAUGAAUACAUCUUCAGAGUCCGUGCUGUCAACCGAUUUGGAGUUGGUGCAUCACUUGACUCUGCCCCUGUGAUAAUCAAGGAUCCAUAUUUGCCACCUGGAUCACCCAAGAGUCUAGAUAUAUCAUAUAUUAAAAAGGAUUCAAUGGUGCUCAGCUGGGAGGCUCCUACUGAAGAUGGUGGCAGUCCUAUUACUGGAUACAUAAUUGAGAAGCAUGACAAGGAAGGCGUAAGAUGGACUAGAUGCAAUAGACAAAGAGUCACUGAUUUAACAUUCAAAGUUACUGGACUCCUGGAAAGCCAUAUUUAUGAAUUCAGAGUUGCUGCUGAGAAUGCUAUUGGUGUUGGAGAGCCCAGCUCACCAACUCUAUUCUGCAAAGCUCUUGAUCCAAUCUUCAAGCCUGGCCCACCACACAACCCAAAAGUUACUGACACAACAAAAACAUCAGUAUCCUUGUCAUGGGGAAAGCCUGUAUGUGAUGGAGGCUGUGAGAUUCAGGGAUAUAUUGUUGAGUGCUGCAUUGCCACAGAACCAGCGGUGCCAGCUGAAGCCACGGAUGCAGGAGGAGCUGCUGCAGAUGCACCUGCUGAGGACUGGAAAAUGUGCACACCACCAACAGGCAUAAAAACAACUAAAUUUCAAGUUGGAGCCCUGAAAGAAAACCAGACAUACAAGUUUAGAGUGUGUGCGAUCAACAAGGUGGGAGUUGGCGAGCAUGCUGAUGUGUCUGGAGGUAUUGUUGCGCAAGAUAGGACAGAGGAGCCAGACCUUGACAUCGACCCAGAACUGAGAAAGAUUAUAAACAUUAAAGCCGGAGCUUCACUUAGACUGUUUAUCCCCAUUAAAGGAAGACCCACUCCUACAAUCAAGUGGGACAAAGAUGAAGUUGCCCUUAAAGAGACUGCUCAGGUUGAGACAAUCAGCAGUUAUACGUCACUUGUAAUUGAUAAAAUGAGCAGAUAUGACAGUGGAAAAUACACAGUCACGGCAGAGAACUCCAGUGGAACCAAGUCAGCAUUUGUUGUUGUCCGUGUACUUGACACACCCAGUGCUCCCGUUAAUCUUAAAGUGAAGGAAGUUACAAACCAGUCAGUAACACUGGCAUGGGAACCACCUCUGUUGGAUGGUGGAUCCAAGAUCAAGAACUAUAUAAUUGAAAAGAGAGAAAGCACACGUAAAACUUUUGCAUCUGUUGUAACAAACUGCCAUGCUCUUACAUGGAAGAUUGAGUCACUCCAGGAGGGGUGCAGUUACUAUUUCCGAGUCCUUGCAGAGAAUGCUUAUGGUGUUGGCCUGCCUGCAGCAACAGCUGACCCUCUCAAGGUUUCAGAGGUGCCCCAGUCUCCAAAGAAACUGCGUGUUACAGAUCAGACCAAAACAAGCAUCUCCUUGGCAUGGGAGAGGCCAGAAUAUGAUGGUGGCAGCAGAGUUGUGCAGUAUUUGCUUGAGGUACAGCUGAAGGGCCAGGAAAAAUGGUCUGGCGUAAACACAUUUAAGACAAUGGAAGCUACCGUUUCCAACCUAAACCCAGGAGACGAGUACCUGUUUAGGAUUACAGCAAUCAAUGAUAAGGGAAAGAGUGACCCCAAAGUUCUUGCUGGUCCAGUGAUGACCAAAGACUUGAUCUUUGAGCCUGAUGUUCGCCCAGCAUUCAGCAGUUACAGCGUUCAUGUAGGCAAAGACAUGAACAUUGAUAUUCCCAUCUUUGGACGCCCUAAACCGACAAUCUCAUGGUCUAAAGAUGGAGCUCCUUUGAAAUUUACCACCAGAAUCAACAUUAUCAAUACACCAACACAUACAACGCUAAGUAUCAAGGAAGCAGCAGGUGAUGAUGGUGGCAUGUAUAGCAUAAAUGCUGCUAACUCAGCUGGAAAGAAGGAAACAUCUGUCGAAAUCAUUGUGCUUGACAAGCCUGGCCCCCCAUCUGGUCCUGUGAGAUUUGAUGAAAUCACAACACAGAGUGUCACUUUUUCAUGGGACCCACCGAAACACAAUGGUGGAUGCCAAAUUUCAAACUACAUUGUUCAAAAGAGAGAUACUACCACAACUACAUGGGAAAAUGUGAGCAUCAAUUGUGCCAGAACGAGCAUCAAAGUGGCAAGACUGAAGACUGGAGCUGAGUACCAGUUUAGGAUCAUAGCCCAAAACCGUUAUGGUAAGAGUCAUGGUCUGGAUUCAUCAGCUGUAGUUGCUCAGUACCCAUACAGAGAGCCGGGACCGCCAGGCACACCUUUUAUUGCUUCUCUCUCCAGGGACCACCAGGUUGUUGAGUGGCAUGAGCCCGUCUCAGAUGGAGGCAGUCCUGUUCUUGGCUACCAUCUUGAACGUAAAGAGAGGAAUAGUAUUCUCUGGGUCAAGAUCAACAAAACACUUAUUCAUGAGACUACUUUCAAGAGUUAUCCCUUGGAGGAGGGUACUGAGUAUGAAUACAGGGUUUAUGCAGAAAAUAUUGUUGGUAUUGGCAGGAGCAGUAAGGUUUCAGAGGGUUGUGUUGCUCGUGACCCAUGUGAUCCUCCUGGCACACCAGAGGCAAUCCAUGUGACCAAAGAUACUAUUGUCAUUCAGUGGACUAAACCAGAAUAUGACGGUGGCAGUAGCAUCACAGGCUACACAAUAGAGAAGCGUGAUCUGCCAGAAGGCAGAUGGGUAAGGGCAAACUUCACUAAUGUAAUUGAGACCCAGUUUACUGUUACUGGUCUGACUGAAAAUGCACAGUAUGACUUCAGAGUCAUUGCUAAAAAUGCUGUUGGCACAGUUAGCAAGCCAUCAUACAACAGUGGACCAAUCACUGCAAGUGAUAAGGUAGAGGCACCCAAAUUCUCCAUUGACCCUGCUUUUACCAAGACUGUCAUCAUCAAUGCUGGAGAGACAUUCAAGUUAGAUUCGGAUGUCCGUGGCAAGCCGCCGCCUACAAUCCAUUGGUUCAAAGAUGAAAAGCUAGUUGAGAAUACACUCAAACUAGAGAUCAAAAACACAGAAAAUCAUGCUAUGAUUGUCAUAAAGGACUCUGUGAGAAUCGAUGGUGGAACUUACACUCUCCUGUUGACAAAUGAAGCCGGCAGUGAGACGAUUCCUUUCAAGGUUGUUGUCCUGGAUAGGCCUAGCCAGUGUGAAGGACCCCUCCAUGUCACUGGAAUAGCUGAAGAUAGAUGCACACUGGCAUGGCGUGCCCCUCUACAUGACGGAAGUAGUCCUAUUACACAUUACAUCAUUGAAAGAAGAGAGACGAGUCGAUUAGCUUGGACUGUUGUUUCUAACAGCUGUGAUACUACAUGCUACAAAGUCACAAAAUUACUGGAAGGUAAUGAGUACAUGUUCCGUGUCAUGGCAGUUAACAGUCAUGGUGUCAGCGAGCCACUGGAGUCUAAUGCAGUGAUUAUGAGGACUCCAUUUGUUCCACCUGGUUCACCUCACAUUGAGGAUGUGUCCAACAUUGCUCAUGAUGGCAUGACCAUCACUUGGUCUGCCCCUGAGAGCGAUGGAGGCAGUGAGAUUACUAAUUUCAUAAUUGAAAAGAAGGAUAGAGCUGGAAUUAAAUGGACCAGAUGCAACAGACAGAAAGUCACUGAUCUCUCCUUUAGGGUUACAGGGCUUACCACUGGCCAUGAAUAUGAGUUCAGAGUGGCUGCUGAAAACAUAGUUGGAGUGGGAGAGCCAAGCCUUCCCAGUUCAUAUUAUAGGGCCAGUGAUCCCAAGUACAAACCUGGUCCCCCAGCAUAUGUCAAUGUUAUUGACUCUACAAAAACGUCUGUCACAGUUUCAUGGGGUAAGCCUCUGUCUGAUGGCGGCACUGCCAUCCAAGGUUACAUUGUUGAAGUAUGCAAGGCUGAAGAGGAGGAAUGGACUAUGGUUACUCCCCCUACUGGCCUGCGUGUCAACAAAUAUGAAAUUAAAAAACUGACUGAGGGUCAGGACUACAAGAUUCAAGUGUGUGCUCUAAACAAACUGGGAGUUGGUGAACCAGCUGCUCUCUCUGGUACAUGUAAGCCAGAGGAAAGGGUGGACCCACCACAGAUCCAUCUUGACUCAGAGCUGAGAAAGGGCAUAACUGUGAAAGCUGGUGGGUCUGUUAGAAUCUAUGUUCCAUUCAAAGGCAGACCAACACCCGAGAUUAAAUGGACAAAGGAUGAUGGAGCUCUAACUGAAAGAACUAUGGUGGAGAAGGCUGUCAACUUCACACAGCUGACCAUUGACUCAUGUGAUAGGAAUGACUCUGGAAAAUACAGCCUGAGCCUAACAAACAGCAGUGGCUCUGUUUCUGAGAUUGUUUCUGUGAAAGUCCUGGAUACGCCUGGGGCCCCACAGAAACUUGUGGUUCAAGAUGUCAAGAAAGAUUCUGUCACUCUUGUAUGGGAAGCGCCACUGAUUGAUGGAGGGUCUAAAAUCAAGAACUAUGUUAUUGAUAAGCGUGAAUCAACCAGGAAAGCAUAUGCAAAUGUUUCCACAAAAUGCACCAAGACUACAUUCAAAGUUGAGAAUUUAAUUGAAGGUGCUAUGUACUACUUCAGAGUCAUGGCUGAGAAUGAAUAUGGUGUUGGCCAGGCUAUUGAAACAAAGACUGCUUCCAAAGCCUCUGAGGUACCACUGCCAGUUGGAAAGGUUUUCCUCACUGAUGUUACUAAAACCACCGCCACACUGGCAUGGGAGAAACCAGAGCACGACGGAGGCAGUAGGAUUGGUGGCUACCUGAUUGAGAUGCUCCCUAAAGGCACAGACAAGUGGGGAGUUGCAACAAAUACAAAGACAUGUGAGGGAACUGUUACAGGCCUCACAGCAGGAGCAGAAUACCAAUUCCGUAUUAUAGCUUUCAAUGAAAAGGGAAAAAGUGAGCCAAAGGCACUUGCUGCACCAGUGAUAGCAAGCGACAUGACCAUGGAACCAAGUAUUAAGAUGCAAUUCAACACUUACAGUGUAUUAGCUGGAAAAGAUCUUAAGCUGGAGUUCCCUGUGAUUGGUAGGCCCAAACCUAAAGUCACUUGGAUGAAGGAUGACCAGUCUUUGAAGGUGACAUCCAGAGUUAAUGUACAUAACACUCCAUCAACAACUGGAAUUCAAAUUACUGAGGCAUGCAAAGAGGACUUUGGCAAAUACUCCAUUACUGCAACCAGUACUGUUGGCACUGUCACUGAAGACGUAACUGUCAUUAUCCUUGACAAGCCUGGUCCACCAAAAGGUCCAGUCAAAGUUGUUGAAGUGAGCAACACCUUCGUCCAUCUUUCCUGGGAGCCACCAGAGUACACUGGUGGAUGCCAAGUAAAGAACUACAUAGUGGAAAAGAGAGAUACCACCACCACUACAUGGCAAGCAGUUACCACACAGCUGGCUAGAACAGCUUUCAAAGUAACUAAGCUGAAGACUGGCGCAGAAUACCAAUUUAGAAUAAUAGCUGAAAACAGAUAUGGAAAGGGCGUGUCACUGGACUCCAAGGCCAUCGUGGUACAAUAUCCAUACAAAUCACCAGGGCCUCCAGGAACACCAUAUGUCAAAUCUGCAACUAAGGAAAUGAUGGUCAUUGAAUGGAAUGAGCCAGUCAGUGAUGGUGGAAGUUCAGUCAUUGGUUACCAUCUGGAAAGCAAGGAACGAAGCAGCAUCCUGUGGAACAAACUGAACAAGACUCUUAUCACUGAUACCCAGUUCAAGAUCUGCAAUCUUGAGGAGGGUAUUGGGUAUGAAUUCAGAGUCUAUGCAGAAAAUAUUGUUGGCGUUGGCCGAUGCAGCAAAGUAUCUGAGUCUUUUGUUGCUCGCGACCCAUGUGAUCCUCCUGGUGCUCCUGAGGCUGUAUCUAUUUCAAAGAAUCUAAUAAAAAUUCAGUGGACCAAGCCUCAGUAUGAUGGUGGCAGCAAAGUAAAUGGAUAUAUUGUGGAAAGGAAAGAUCUCUCCUCCCCUGAUGGGCGCUGGGUAAGAGCUAACUUUACCAAUAUAAUUGAGACUGAGUAUGUCAUCACUGGCCUCACAGAGAAUGAGCAGUAUGAAUUCAGAGUUAUUGCAAGAAAUGCCGCCGGGGUCUUCAGUGAGCCAUCUGACAGCUCUGGACCGAUCACUGCUACUGAUGAAAUUGAACCACCAAGGGCUUCAAUGGAUCCUAAAUACAAGGAUGUAAUUGUUAUCAAUGCUGGAGAGAGUUUGCUUCUUGAUGCAGACAUUCAUGGAAAACCAAUUCCCGAUGUUGUCUGGCUGAAAGAGGGCAAAGAAAUGGAGAAAGCCCUGCGCAUUGAAGUGAAAACCACACAGAAACGUGCAGCCAUGACCAUCAAGGAUGUCACAAAACUUGAUGGUGGCCACUACGACCUUGUUCUAAAAAAUCUUGGUGGUACAAAAUCCUUCCCUAUUACUGUUAAAGUUCUUGAUAAACCAGGUCCACCCACUGGACCCUUUAAGGUGACUGGAGUAAUGGCUGACAGGUGUGUACUUGCCUGGGCUGAGCCAUCUAUGGAUGGUGGAGCCAGUAUCAGGCACUAUGUUUUGGAGAAGAGAGAGACUAGUAGACUGUCCUGGACUGUAGUUGCACCAAAUGUCAAGUCUCUGUACCACAAAGUGAUGAAUUUACUCCCAGCUAAUGAGUACAUUUUCAGAGUCAGGGCAGUAAACAAAUAUGGUAUUGGUGAUUAUCUCGAGAGUGAACCCAUCAUUGCACGCAAUCCUUACAAGCCACCUAGUCCUCCUGGAACUCCAGAAGCAAGUCAGAUCACAAAGGACUCUAUGGUUCUGUCUUGGACUGCUCCAGAAAACAUGGGGGGAGCUGAAAUUCAAGGUUAUCAUCUUGAAAAACGUGACAAGGACAGUGUAAGGUGGACAAAAUGCAACAGACAAAAGUUGACUGACACCCACUUCAAGGUCAUAGGCCUGAUGACAGAUCACUUCUAUGAGUUCCGUGUCGCUGCUGAGAAUGAGGCUGGUAUCGGAGACCUCAGCGAGUUGUCUCUGUUCUACAGAGCAUGUGAUGCCACAACACCACCUGGACCUCCACACCAUCCCAAGGUGACAGAUUACACAAAGUCUUCUGUGUCUCUGUCCUGGGGCAAACCUGCCUUUGACGGUGGAGCCUACAUCAAGGGAUACAUUGUGGAAAUGAGGGAGUCUGUUGAAAAAGAAUGGACCAUGUGCACUCCUCCCACUGGCAUUCAAGCCACUAAACUAUCUAUUUCAGACCUGAAGGAGGGUGGAGAGUACCAGUUCCGUGUAUGUGCUAUUAACUCAGAGGGAGUGGGGGAGGCUGCUAAUGUCCACGGCACAGUGGUUACUUCUGACAGGGCAGAAGCACCAGAGAUGGAACUGGAUGCUGAUCUUAGAAAGGUGGUAUCAGUUCGUGCUGGUGGAACUCUGCGUCUGUUUGUCACUAUCAGAGGAAGACCUGAACCUGCUGUGAAAUGGGAGAAGAUUGAGGGUACCCUAACAGAGCGUGCUGCAGUUGACAACACUAGUUCAUACACUAUGCUUGUGAUUGACAAUGUUAACCGCUUUGACAGUGGCAAAUACUCACUAACACUUGAGAACAGCAGUGGAGCAAAAUCUGCAGUUAUUGCUGUAAGAAUAUUGGACACUCCAAGUGCCCCACAAAACUUUGCUGUGAAGGAGCUCAAGAAGGAUUCAGUGACUCUUAGCUGGGAUGCUCCACUCACUGAUGGUGGUGCAAAAAUCACCAACUACAUUGUAGAGAAGAGAGAGUCUGUCAGGAAGGCUUACACUACUGUUACCAGCAACUGCACAGCCAACUCCUUCAAGAUUGAAGACCUUCCCGAGGGUGGAAUGUUCUAUUUCAGAGUCUGUGCCGUGAACGCAUAUGGGCAAGGACAGACAGUUGAAACCAAAGAAAUCAAAGUAGCUGAGGUACCUCUGCCCCCAAACAAGGUUACUCUCAUAGAUCUGACGAAGACCAGCGUGUCACUGUCCUGGGAUAAACCUGCUCAUGAUGGUGGAAGCAAAGUGAUGUGCUACAAUGUAGAAUUUAAGCCUAAGGGUGGGGACAAAUGGGGCACAGCAUGUACAGUCAAAGUGCCAGAAGCAACUAUCCCCAACUUGACCCCUAAUGAGGCUUAUUUGUUCAGAGUUGUUGCAAUCAAUGAGAAGGGGAAGAGUGAACCAAAGGAUCUUGGCUUGCCUGUGGUUGCAAAGGAUGUUGCAAUGGAACCAUCGAUAAAUUUACUGUUUAACACAUACAGUGUGAAGGCUGGAGAUGACCUCACUCUGGAGGUCCCUGUAAGAGGUAGACCAAAGCCUGUUGUAUCCUGGAAGAAGGAUGGCCUUCCUUUGAAGCAAACCUCAUCAGUGACUAUCUUGAAUACUGCAACCUCAUCCAAAAUCAUCAUCAAAGAGGCUAACAGAGACCAUGUUGGCAAAUAUGAAAUCACCCUGGCCAACACUGCAGGGACUGUCACUGCAGAUAUUGGAGUUGUUGUCCUUGACAAACCCAGUCCUCCUAAAGGAAUUAAGGUGGAUGCUGUGACCUCAGAUAGCAUUACACUGUCAUGGUCCCCACCAGAAUAUGAUGGUGGUUGCUCCAUAAGCAACUACAUUGUUGAGAAGAGAGACACAAACACACAGGAGUGGCAGAUGGUGGCAAGUAAUGUUGCCAGAACAUCUUUCAAAGCUGGCCGUCUGACGCAUGGAGCAGAGUACCAGUUCCGCAUUUAUGCAGUUAAUCGUUAUGGAAAGAGUACCUAUCUAGAUUCACCUGGAAUCACUGCUCAGUAUAACUUCAAACAACCUGGACCUCCUUCUACACCUAUAGUGAAAUUGGCCACCAAGUCUUACAUGUUGGUGACUUGGAAUGAGCCAGUCAAUGAUGGUGGCAGUUCUGUUCUAGGGUAUCAUUUGGAGAGGAAGGAGCGUUCUAGUAUUCUCUGGACAAAAAUGAACAGAGGAAUGAUCAAAGACACAGAAUAUAAAGUCAAUGGCAUUGAAGAGGGAAUGAUGUAUGAAUAUCGUGUCUAUGCUGAGAAUAUAGCUGGUAUUGGUAAAAGCAGUAAGGCCUGUGAAGCUGUAGCAGCCAGAGAUCCAUGUGAUCCUCCAGGCACACCUGUGGUCACUGCUGUUACAAGAUCUUCUGUCUCCCUGUCUUGGGAUAAGCCAGAGUAUGAUGGUGGAGCCAAGGUUUCUGGCUACAUUAUUGAACGUAGAGACCUUCCUGAAGGACGAUGGACACGGUGUAACUUCACCAACGUACCUGAGACCCACUAUGACGUGACUGGUCUUACAGAGAACAGCCAGUAUGAUUUCCGUGUCAUUGCAAAGAAUGCUGCUGGACUGUUCAGUAUACCAUCAGAUAACACUGGCCCUAUCACUGCCAAGGAUGAUGUUGAUCCACCACGCAUCAUGAUGGAUGUCAAGUUUAGAGAGACCGUUUAUGUGAAAGCAGGAGAAACGCUGAAGAUUUAUGCUGACCUUAUUGGGCGUCCUGCCCCUGUCAUCUCCUGGACAAAGGAUGGCAAAGAGAUUGAACUGAGAGCCAGGAUCCAGAUUCUUUCAGCAGAUACAAGCACCUCUGUCAUUGUAAAGGAUUGCAUCAGAAGAGAUUCUGGACAGUACGUCUUGACUCUACAGAAUAUUGCUGGAACAGUCACCAUGCCAAUAAACUGUGUGAUUCUGGACAAACCAGGGCCAUCAGCAGGACCUCUUCAGGUCACUGGUCUCACAGCUGAAGAGUGCACCCUGUCAUGGGGUCCUCCUCAGGAGGCCGGAGGUGCUGCAAUCACACAUUAUGUUGUUGAGAAGCGCGAGACCAGCCGCUUGGCAUGGACAUUGGUUAAGGGAGACAUCACGAAAACCUACUUUAAAGUCACAGGCCUGCUCAAGGGCAAUGAAUACAUCUUCAGGGUUCUAGCUGUAAACAAGCACGGAGCUGGUGAAGCCCUGGAGAGUGAUGCUGUAAAGGUCACAGAUCCAUAUACUUUUGCCACUGCUCCAGCUAGUGUUGAUGUAACUUCUAUAACUGGAGAUUCAAUGACCCUAACAUGGUGUAAGCCAGCAAGUGAUGGAGGCAGUCACAUAACUGGAUAUGUGAUUGAGCGCCGUGAAAAGACAGGCAUGCGCUGGGUCAGAGUGAACAGAGAUGUCGUUGUUGAGUGUACUGCAGUUGUGACAAAACUUCGCAAGGACUGUGAGUAUGAUUUCAGAGUCCUGGCUGAAAAUGCAGCUGGCCUGAGUCCUCCCAGUGAACCAUCUGCAACAAUCAGGGCCCUAGAUCCUCUAGUGGUUCCUUCUCGCCCAACAAAACCAAAGAUAAUCACUUCAGUCAAGGGCAGUGUCUCCAUUGUUUGGAAACCACCUACAAAUGAUGGUGGCGCUCCCAUCUUGGGAUACAGUGUAGAAUACAGGGACUUCAUUCACAAACCACAGCUUGCAAGAUGGGUUGAAGCCAUCCCUCUUACCAAAAGCUUGGAAUUCACCAUCACUGGACUAAAGGCAGAUGCAGAAUAUGAAUUUUGUGUGAAGGCAAUAAAUAAAGUUGGCAGCAGUGCACGCAGCCCCUAUUCAGAUCCAGCUGCUGCAAUGGACAGAACUGCAGAGCCCUCAUUUGAUGUGGACAUUGAUAUGCGUAAGGUGCUCGUUGUUAAGAGUGGAACAGCGUUUACACUGAAAGUACCAUUCAAAGGAAAACCUGUGCCAACCGUUGAAUGGGCCAGAGAGGGUGUUGAUCUAAAAGUAAGGGGAACGGUUGAAUCAUCAGAAUCCAGCACCUCACUGACACUCGAGAAAUCAACUAGAAAUGACUCAGGAGAGUACAGUGUCACAAUUGAAUCACCACUGGGCAAAGCAACUUUGGCGAUGGCAGUGAAAGUGCUAGACUCCCCUGGACCUCCAGUUAAUGUUAAAGUUUCAGCAGUGACCAGGGAUUCUGCAACCCUUACAUGGGAGGCCCCAGAGAAUGACGGUAGUGAUGCAGUAAAGGCCUACCACGUUGAGAAACGUGAGGCCAGUAAGAAGGCCUGGGUAUCUGUGACCAGCAACUGCCAUGCUCUGACUUACAAAGUGGAGGAUUUACAGGAGGGAGCCAUGUAUUUCUUCAGGGUUAUCGCAGAAAAUGAGUACGGCGUGGGUGUACCUCAGGAGGCCAAGGCGGGAACAAAGAUUACAGAGGUGCCAAGUCCACCUAUGAAACUUGGAGUAGCAAAUGUUACCAAGGACAGUGUUACUAUUGCCUGGACCAGACCAGAAUACGACGGUGGCAGCAGAGUCACUGGUUACCUGAUUGAUGCCGUGGAGAAAGGACAAACCAAGUGGGUGAAGUGUGCCACAGUAAGGACCUUGACUCACACCAUCAAGAGUCUGAGGGAAGGAGCAGAGUACUUCUUCAGAGUCCGUGCUGAGAACCAUGCCGGACUCAGUGAGCCUAAGGAGAUGAUCGUUCCAGUUAUUGUCAAGGAAAUACAGGAGGCUCCAGAGUUCAACUUGCAGAACUACCCCAAGAACACAGUUUAUGUAAAAACGGGAUCCGACCUGACCUUCGAGAUUCCCCUUACUGGCAAGCCCAUGCCAAAAGUGACUGUGUCCAAAAACAAUGUAGUCAUCAAGGGAUCCAAGAGGCUUCUGACUGAAGUAACUCCAGACAGUUUAAUCAUCACCCUGAAUGAAAGUGUUUCAAGUGAUGCGGGCAAGUACGAUAUCACUGCCUCCAAUGCAGGAGGUACGUCCAAGAUCUUCAUUAUAUUUGUUGUGCUAGACAAACCUGGGCCUCCUAUUGGCCCAGUUCAGAUUGGAGAGGUUGGAGAGACCACAGUAUGCCUAAAAUGGGAUCCUCCAGAAUAUGAUGGUGGUAGCCCUGUUACCAAUUACGUUGUUCUGAAACGUGAGACGAGCACUCCCACUUGGGCAGAGGUGUCAACUAACAUUGCCAGAAGCUCCAUCAAGGUGACGAAGCUGACCAAAGGAGAGGAGUAUCAGUUCAGAGUCAAGGCUCAGAAUCGCUAUGGUGUCAGCGACCACAUCGACAGCAAACCAGUCAUGAUAAAGCUUCCAUACACCAUCCCUGGACCUCCAUCCACACCGUGGGUUAGCUUUGUUUCUAGAGAGAGCCUGACAGUCUGCUGGAAUGAACCAGUCAAUGAUGGUGGAAAUCCGGUCUUUGGGUAUCACCUCCAGAUGAAAGAGAGGAGUAGUAUCCUCUGGCAGAAGGUCAAUAAAACAGCAAUUCCAGGAAACCAGUGGCGUGUCACCAACGUUUGCCCCGGACUCAUCUACGAGUUCAAGGUGGCAGCUGAAAAUGCUGCUGGCAUUGGAAAGCUGAGCAAGACCUCUGAGGAGGUGCUUGCUAUCGAUGCCUGUGAGCCCCCAGCCAACGUCCGUAUCACAGAAGUCACCAAGAACUCCGUCAGCCUCUCCUGGCAGAGGCCUCCAUAUGACGGCGGCAGCAAGAUCACCGGCUACAGUGUGGAGAGGAGAGAUGCUCCCAACGGAAGAUGGGUGAAGGCCAACUUUACCAACAUCAUUGAAAUGGGCUUCACAGUAUCUGGGCUGAACCAGGAUGAAUCUUAUGAGUUCAGAGUGUAUGCCAAGAAUGCUGUUGGGUCUGUCAGCAACCCAUCUCUCAUCGCUGGCCCUGUCACUUGCGUUGAUGCAUGUGGCGCUCCAGCCAUUGAUCUUCCUCCAGAGUAUCUGGACGUGGUCCAGUACAAAGCUGGGGCUUCAGUGAAGCUGAGAGUAGGAAUUGUUGCCAAGCCUCUGCCAACCAUCGAGUGGCUCAAGGAUGGAAAGGAGCUGGUAAAAUCUUCCACUGUGUCUGUCGAAAGCACAACAGACUCCUCUGCUGUUCUGAUCAAGGAUGCAACUCGCCUUGACACUGGCUCAUAUGAGAUCAAGAUCAAGAAUGUUCUGGGAUCAGCAUCAGCAACCAUCAGGAUUGAAAUCCUGGAUAAACCUGGACCCCCUGCUGGAAUUAUUAACUUCAACUCCAUCACAGCAGACAAGAUCGUCUUCAGCUGGGAACCUGUUCCCGAGUCCGACGAGGGAGGUUCCAAAAUCACCCACUACAUUGUUGAAAGGCGUGAAACCAGCAGAGUGGUCUGGUCAACAGUUUCAGAUAAGCAUGAGCAAACGCACAUCGCUGUCGGCAAGCUGGUGCGUGGAAAUGAGUAUGCGUUCCGCGUCAUGGGUGUUAACAAGUUCGGAGUUGGAGAGCCACUGGAGUCGGAGCCUGUCAUCGCUAAGAAUGCCUUUGUAACUCCUGGCCAGCCUCGUACUCCUGAGGUGAACACCAUCACCAAGUCAACCAUGUUGGUAGAAUGGGACAAGCCAGGUGUAGACGGAGGUAGCGCAGUGACAGGCUACUAUCUGGAAAGACGAGAUAAGAAGAGCUUGCGCUGGAUCAGAGUUUAUAAAGACCCUGUCACUGACAUCAAACAGACUGUCUACCACCUGACAGAAGGAAACGAGUACCAGUAUCGUGUCUGUGCCAUUAACAAAGCUGGUGAGGGGCCGUUCUCUGAUGCAUCAGACUUCUAUAAAGCAGCUGACCCAGUUGAUCCACCAGAUGAACCUUGCAAACUGAAGGUGGUGGACUCCACCAAGACAUCCAUCACCUUGGGCUGGUCCAAACCAGAAUGGGACGGAGGCAGUGAGGUCAUAAGCUACAUGGUGGAGAAGCGUGUUGAAGGAGAGGAAGUUUGGGCCAUGAUUACGUCUAAGGGAGAAGUCAAGACAACAGAAUACACAGUUCAUGACCUGAAACCAGAUGUUAACUACUUCUUCAGAGUCUCUGCUGUCAACUGUGCUGGCCGUGGAGAGCCUCUGGAAAUGACUGAACCUGUGCAGGCCAAAGAUAUUCUGGAGGAGGCUCAGAUUGACUCAGAUGUUGCUAUGAGAACUCACUACAUCAUGAAGGCUGGCAAGGAUGUGGAGCUCUCUGUUCCCUUGAAGGGCCGGCCUGCUCCCACUGCUUCCUGGAGCAAGGGAGACGAAUGUAUAGACCGCGAUCCCAAAUACGAGUUCCAUCACUCAGACACGACAACGGUGCUCGUCAUGCGUGAGGUGACCAGACUUGAUACUGGAAAGUACACAGUCAAGAUAGAGAAUGGUGUGGGAGAGCCCAAGACACUGACGCUGUCUGUGAAGGUCCAGGAUAGCCCAGCUCAGUGCAGGAACCUGGUCCUGAAGGAUGUGACUCGUGGAAAGGUCACUCUCUGCUGGGAGCCUCCACUCCUUGAUGGCGGUGCAGAGAUCACAAACUACGUUGUUGAGAAGAGGGACUCGUCCAAGAGGUCUUACUCUGCAGUGACAAACAAAUGCACUGAUACAACCUACACCAUCGAAGAUCUCUCAGAAAAGACAUCCUUCUUCUUCCGUGUCUUAGCGGAAAAUGAGAAUGGUGUUGGCGAUCCAUGUGAAACACUUGAGCCAGUAAAAGCUACAGAGUCUCCAGGACCAGUCAAAGAAGUCUCAAUGAAAGAUUCAUCUAAGACCUCUGUCACUCUUCAGUGGCUUAAACCUGACUACGAUGGCGGCAGCAUCAUAUCUGACUACGUCAUUGAGAAGAAGCAGAAAGGUGAGGAGUGGUCGUUGGGAGGAACUAGCAGACAGUGUGAGUUUGAGGUCAAGAAACUCAAGGAGCACUCUGACAUGUUCUUCAGAGUUGCAGCCAGGAACGAGAAGGGACAGGGCGACUUUGUUGAGACUGGGCCUAUCAAGGUCAUUGACUACAUUAUCACACCUGAGGCAGACCUGAGAGAGUACCCAGAUGGCCGCAUCAGUGUUCGCCUGGGUCAUAAUGUACACAUUGAGCUGCCAUACAGAGGCAAACCCAGACCAGCUGUUCUGUGGUUGAAGGACAGCCUGCCUCUGAAGGAGAGUGACCAGGUGCGCUUCAAGACAACACAAAGCAAAGCCACGUUGAUGAUUAAGAAUGUGAAGAAGGAGAAUGAGGGUAAAUACACUCUGACCCUUGACAAUAAGGUCAACAGGAGAUCUUUCCACAUCCAUGUCAUCACUCUUGGACCUCCAUCAAAGCCUGUCGGACCCAUCCACCUGGAUGAAGUCAGAGCUGAGAGCAUCAUGAUCUCAUGGGAAGAACCCAACGAUGAUGGUGGUGGAGAUAUCACCUGCUACAGCGUUGAGAAGCGUGACACAUCCCAGAAUGGCUGGAAGAUGGCCUGCUCCAGUGUACAGGGUACUCAGUUCAGGGUCCUCAACUUGAUCAAGGGUGUCCAGUACCAGUUCAGAGUGUGUGCUGAAAACAGGUAUGGUGUCAGCGAGCCUUUGAUCUCACAGAUGGUUAUUGCUAAGCACCAGUUCAGGCCUCCAGGCCCACCAGGCAAGCCUGUUGUAUACAACGUGACCAAUGAUGGCAUGACAAUCCAGUGGGAGAAGCCCAUCUAUGAUGGUGGAACGCCCAUCCAAGGUUACCACGUGGAGAAGAAGGAAAAGAACAGUAUCAUGUGGCAAAAGGUGAACACUUUGCUGAUCAAGGAAACAGAUUUCAGGAUUUUGGAACUCAUUGAAGGCCUUGAGUACUCCUUCAGAGUGUAUGGUCAGAAUGACGCUGGCUUCAGCCGAAUGAGUGACGAGAGCAAGUCAACAAUGGCCGUCAGUCCUGUUGAUCCUCCUGGCCAGCCUGACUACAUCGAUGUGACCAGUGACUCUGUGACGCUGAAGUGGGAUGCACCUAAACGUGACGGUGGCAGCAAGAUUACCAGCUACAACAUUGAGAAACGUCAAGGACACGGCCGCUGGUUCAAGGCCAACCUGACCGACGUGCAUGACUGUCAGUACACAGUCACAGGGUUGGCAGUGAAUGAGCGCUACGAGUUCAGAGUCAUUGCCAGGAAUGCCAUCGGUGUUGUCAGUCCCCCAUCCAACUCCUCUGGCCUGAUUGUUGUCAGAAGUGAAAAUGCAACUCCAAAUAUCGAGUUUGGUCCAGAAUACUUUGAGGGCUUGACAGUCAAGGCAGGAGACAACAUCAGACUGAAGGUGACCAUCACUGGUCGCCCAGUUCCCAAGGUUGUCUGGUACAGAGAUGGUGUGGAGGUCACCAAAAAGAUGAUGGACAUUAUCACUGUUCCUGGAUCCAGCACUCUGUUUGUCAGGGAUGCUGACCGCACACACCGUGGUCUCUACACCGUAGAAGCUACCAAUGGAUCAGGAUCCAAGAAGGAAAACCUUCUUGUCCAAGUCCAAGACACACCUGGGGAGCCAGUGGGACCCGUCACCUUCAGCAACAUCUCAGAAGGCAAAUGCACUCUAACCUGGAACCCACCAGAGAACGAUGGCUGCUCUGAGAUUUCACACUACAUCAUUGAGAAACGGGAGACUGCCAAGAUCUCUUGGGCCUUGGUAUCAGAUGAGUGUAAAGAGUGCACGUUUAAUGCAACCAAACUCAUCAAGACCAACGAGUACCAGUUCAGGGUUUCUGCUGUGAACAAGUUUGGGGUUGGAAGACCUUUGGAAUCCAGCCCCAUCAUUGCACAGAUGCAAUAUACAACUCCUGAUGCUCCAGGAACUCCUGACACCACUGAAGUGACAGGAGAGAGCAUCACCCUGUCCUGGACUCCUCCAACAUCUGAUGGAGGGAAUCCUAUUCAGUACUACAUCCUGGAAAAGCGGGAGAAGAAAACUGUUCGGUUCUACAAGGUUAUUACCAAAAAGCCCAUCAUCGAAUGUGCCCACAAGGUGAAGAACCUAACAGAGGAUAUGGAAUACGAGUUCCGUGUCAUGGCUGUCAAUGAUGCUGGAGUUGGCACUCCAAGUAACAUCUCUAUGCCUAUCAAGGCUGCUGAGCCAAAAGACGUUCCUUGUGCUCCGUCUGUGGUCUGUGUGUCAGACUCCACCAACACGUCAAUUAGCCUGGAAUGGACCAAGCCGGUAGACGACGGAGGUAUGGACAUUCUUGGCUACAUGGUUGAGAUGGUGAAAGGACAAGAGACUGAAUGGAAGAGAGUAAAUGAGGAGCUUUUGGCAGAAACAAAUUACGUGGUGACGGGUCUGCAAACAGGAGCUGAGUACAGCUUCCGAGUUGCAGCUGUCAAUCAUGUGGGAAGAGGGGAAGACAAGGAGAUUUCAGAACCUGCUCAGGCUGUUGACAGGUUAACAGCGCCACAGGUGGAUAUUGAUGCCAGCUUUAGACAGACACACAUUGUCAAGGCUGGAGGUUCAGUGUGUCUGGGCAUCCACUUCAGAGGAAAACCCAUUCCCUCUGCCACCUGGGUGAAGGAGGAAGGCGAGCUGGGUGUUAUGUCAGAGGUCAUGACCACCGAUGGCUACAGCUCUCUCAGUAUCGAGAACUGCUCAAGGAAUGAUACGGGCAAGUACACCGUGAACCUGGAGAACUCCAGUGGCAGCAAGGCCGUUACAUUUGUGGUGAAAGUGAUGGACACUCCUGGACCUCCACAGGCUGUAGCUUUCAAAGAGGUCAGCAGAGGCUCGGUCACACUUACCUGGGAGCCUCCUCUCAAUGACGGUGGAGCCCGUAUUCAUCACUUUAUUGUUGAGAGGCGUGAGGCUAGCCGGCGUACAUGGCAGCAGUCUGGUGGCAAGUGCACACAGCAUAUGCUCAAAAUCCAGGACCUGCUGGAGGGAGUGCCCUACUUCUUCAGAGUCUCUGCCGAGAACCAGCAUGGUGUGGGUGAGGCAUUUGAGCUGCCUGAGCCGGUCACUGCCACAGCAGAGCCAGCAUCUUUAAAGAGACUGGACAUCCUUGACACCACAGACAGCUCUGUUUCACUGGGCUGGACGAAGCCGGAACACGACGGUGGCAGCCGCAUCCAGUGUUAUGUUGUUGAGGCCAAGCCAAAGGGUACUGAGAAGUGGGUCGUGGUUGGCAACACCAAAAAUCUUACCUACGACGUUGAAAAGCUCAACAAGGGCGAUGAGUAUGACUUCCGUGUGAAGGCCAAAAAUGAAGCUGGCUACAGCCAGCCAAAGGAAACUCUGGCUCCUGUGUUGGUCAAAGAGCCUCACAUUGAACCUGCUGCUGACCUCAGCGAGAUCACCAACCAGCUCAUCACAUGCAGGUCUGGUAGCACCUUCACAAUCGAUGUUCCCAUCAGUGGUAGACCUGCUCCUAAGGUCACCUGGAAGCUGGAGGAGAUGAGGCUUAAGAACUCAGACAGAGUCUCAAUCAAAGUAACUAAGAACAGAGCCAGCAUCUCAGUCAAAGAGGCCAUGAGAGGAGAUGGUGGUAAAUACCACCUAACUCUGGAGAAUGUGACAGGAACCAAGACCUUUACUAUUGAAGUUAAUGUCACAGGCAGACCCAGUCCUCCAACUGGACCCAUUGAAAUCUCAUCCAUCACAUCUGAGUCUUGCGUCGUCAACUGGCAACCACCUGAGGAUGAUGGCGGCACUGACAUCACCAACUACAUUGUGGAGAAACGCGAGUCUGGCUCGACGGCGUGGCAGCUGAUCAACUCCAGCGUGAAGCGCACCUCUCUCCACGUCAGUCACCUGACCAAAUACAUGCAGUACACAUUCAGAGUCUCUGCAGAGAACAGAUUUGGUGUCAGCAAGUCCACCGAGUCUGAGACCAUCGUUGCAGAGCAUCCUUUCACACCUCCAGGCCCUCCAACAAGACCAUCAGUCUUCAAUGUCACAGCUAACACAAUGACCUUAAAAUGGGAGGAGCCUUACCAUGACGGUGGUAGCAAGGUGACAGGCUACUGGUUAGAGAAGAAGGAGAGAAACAAUAUCCUGUGGGUCAGGGAGAACAAGAUCCCAUGCUUUGAGUGCUACUACAAGGUGGAAGGUCUGGUGGAAGGUCUGGAAUACCAGUUCAGGGUUUAUGCCAUGAACAGUGCCGGGCUUAGCAAAGCCAGCGAGGCCUCCAAGGGAGCAGUUGCUCAAAACCCAGUUGAUCCACCAAGCAAGCCGGAAGUCACAAAUGUUACCAGAACCACCGUCUCCCUCAAAUGGUCGGCCCCGUUGAAUGACGGUGGUAGUCCCAUUGUGGGCUACAUCAUCGAGCGUAAGCCUUACACCUUGACUGGUGAGGGCCGCUGGCUCAAGUGUAACUACACUAACGUGACCGACAAUUUCUUCACUGUUACUGCCCUGGGAGAGGGAGAGCCGUAUGAAUUCAGAGUUAUCGCCAAGAACGCCAACCAGGUGUUCAGCUUGCCCUCCGAGUCCACUGGAUCUGUGCAGUGCAAGACGGACUUUGAGCCUCCAAAGGCCCAGCUGGACAGCAAACUCCUGUCUGAGACUGUGAUGGUUAGAGCCGGUUCAGACCUGGUUCUGGAUGCUGCAGUGGGAGGCAGGCCGGAUCCCAAGGCCUCCUGGUCCAAGGGCAACAGGGAACUGGACAUGUGUGAAAAAUACCACCUACAAUACACCCCCACCAGAGCCAUGGCCAUCAUCAAAUUCUGUGACAGAGACGACACUGGAAAAUAUAUCCUGACCGUCAGGAACGUCAGUGGAACCAAGACUGCCGAGGUCAACGUUAAAGUACUUGACACACCUGGAGUGUGUGAAGGCAGCAUAGAGAUCAGCAAGAUAACGGAGGAGUCCUGCACGCUGAGCUGGAAGCCUCCUCUUGAGGAUGGCGGCGACGAGGUUGCCCACUACAUCGUGGAGCGGCGCGACACCAACAGACUGAACUGGGUGAUCAUGCAUGCCGAGUGCAAGGAGCUGACCUGCAGCAUCACCGGUCUGUUCAAGAACACAGAGUACCUGUUCAGAGUCCGGGGAGUCAACAAGUACGGACCCGGCGUUUACCUCCAGUCUCUGCCGGUGGUGGCCAGAAACACAUUCACUGUGCCCACUCCUCCUGGAGCUCCAGAGAUCCUGGCAUCAGGAAGGGACUUUGCCACCAUUGAGUGGCUGAAACCAGAGAGUGAUGGUGGCAGCCCAUUAAUCCAUUACCUGGUGGAAAGACGUGAGCGAAAGAGUGCUCGCUGGGUUAAGGUGAACAGGGAUGGUACUCAUCUGGACACCACUCUAAAGGUUUCUGGAUUAACCGAAGGCAACAUCUACCAAUUCAGAGUGACAGCCAUCAACAAGGCUGGAGAAAGCGAGGCCAGCGAGGUCUCUCUGUAUGUCGUCUGCAGAGUGCCAACAUGCACUCCUGCACCUCCUUCUAUCCCUCGUAUCACUGACACCCACGCUGACAGCAUCAGCCUGGCCUGGUCUCGACCUGUGGAGGAUGGAGGAGCUGAUGUGAUGGGCUACAUCCUGGAGAUGCAGGAAGCCGGAGCAGAGGAAUGGACCAAGGCCCAUGAAAAGACCCUGCGCACUACAGAGUACGUGGUGACCGCACUUUCUGCAGGCAAGAAGUACCGCUUCAGAGUGGCCGGCAUCAACAUCAACGGUACCGGAGACUUCAGUGAACCAUGUGCUGAAACUGAGCCAGUGGAGAGAAUCGAAACUCCUGAUUUCGAGCUCCACGAUGAUCUCAAGAAGACCAUCUGCCUUCGUGCGGGCGGCUGCCUCCGUCUCUUCGUCAGCGUCACGGGUCGUCCCGCUCCUACCAUCACUUGGAGCAAGCCAGGUGCUGACCUCCAAACCAGAGGCUUCAUUGAGGUCACCUGCACAUCCACCACUCUCAUCAUUGACAAGGUCCACCGGUACGAUGCUGGCAAGUACACGCUGGUGGCUGAGAACUCUGCUGGCAAACAGGAAGUCAGCAUUCUCGUCAAGGUCUAUGAUACUCCUGGACCGACUGGACCAAUCAAGAUCAAGGAGCUCACCAAGGAGUCUGCUACCAUCUCUUGGGAAGCCCCAGCUGUGGAUGGUGGUGCUCCUGUCAACAACUACGUCAUUGAGAGACGUGAGGCUUCCAUGAGAGCCUACAAAACAGUCACGUCCAAGUGCAGUAAAACAUCCUACAAGAUCGAUGGCCUGAUGGAGGGCAUGCUGUACUACUUCCGGGUCCUCCCUGAAAACAUCUAUGGCAUCGGUGAGCCCUGCGAGACUCCAGAUGUCAUCCUGGUGUGUGACGUGCCUCUUCCACCACACAAGCUGGAGGUGGUUGAUGUCACCAAGACCACAGUCACUCUGGGCUGGGAAAAGCCCGAGCAUGAUGGUGGCAGCAGACUCACCGGCUACGUUGUUGAAGCUUGCAAGUUUGGCACUGAUAAAUGGAUGAAGGUGGCCACGCUAAAACUCACAGACUUUGAACACACCAUCGAGAAACUGACGGAGAAUGAGCAGUUCUUGUUCAGAAUCAAAGCCGUCAACAGCAGAGGAGCCAGCGAACCCAAGGAGCUAGUUUCUGCCGUCACUGUGCAGGAGCAGAGAGUGAUGCCUAUGGUGGACUUCUCCAAUAUUCCUCAGAAGGUUGUCAACGUCCUAGCGGGUAGGACCCUGGAACUGGACCUGCCCAUCAUCGGCAGACCUCCUCCUGUAUGCUCCUGGUACUUUGGCGACAGCAAGCUGAAGAUCACAGAGCGUGUCAAGAUCCAGCGCACCGGCAAGUUCUCCAAGCUGACUGUGUCCGACACAACCAUCGACGACACUGGAGACUACACCCUGGAGGUGAAGAAUGCUGUCGGCAUCAUCGCUGAGGUCAUCAAGGUCAUCAUUCUCUCUAAACCUGACGAACCAGCUGGACCCUUCAGCUUUGAUGAGGUUGAUGCUACUACUGUCACCUGCAGCUGGAAUCCUCCACUCAGAGAUGGUGGAGCUCCCGUCAGCGGUUACGUGGUGGAGCAGCGUGAUGCUCACAGGCCUGGAUGGGUGCCUGUCUGUGACUCUGUCAGCAGACCAACGUUCAAGUUUGAGAACCUCAUUGAGGGAGAUGAGUAUGUCUUCCGUGCAGCUGCCACAAAUCGAUACGGCACUGGAGAGUUCCUGCAGUCAGAGAUCGUCACAUGCAAGAGCUUGAAGAAUGUGCCUGGACCUCCUGGCCGUCCAAUCAUCUUUGACGUGUCUCGUGAUGGCAUGACUGUAGCCUGGGAACCACCAGAGGAAGAUGGUGGUCUUGAGGUCUCUGGAUACAUCAUUGAGCGCAAGGAAGUCAGAUCUGACAGAUGGGUGCGUGCCAACAAGAACCCCAUCACCAUGACCAGGUACAGAUCUACUGAGCUGAUUGAGGGUCUGGAGUAUGAACACAGAAUCACUGCCAUGAACACCAGAGGCCUGAGCAAGCCAAGUCUAUCAUCCAAACCAGCUGUGGCAACCGAUCCUAUUGAUCCACCUGGCUGUCCUCAGAACCCGAGGAUCACAGACACGACCACAUCCUCCGUGUCGCUGGCCUGGAGUCCACCUGAUGAUGAGGGAGAUGCCAGGGUGGAUGGUUAUCUGAUUGAGAUGCAGAAGGUGGGCACAAUGGCCUGGAUCAAGUGCAACACCACACCAUCUAUGAUCUGCGAGUACACACUGACCAACAUGCCACAAGGAGAGGAAUUCAAAUUCCGUGUGAUGGCCUGCAAUGCCGGUGGCUCUGGAGAGCCUGCUGAAGUACCUGGAACUGUCAAGGUUAUUGAGAUGCUUGAAUCCCCUGACUAUGAGUUGGAAUUGAAAUACAAAGACGUGUACAUAGUACGCUAUGGAGGAGUGCUUCGACUCUCCGUACCCGUCAAAGGUAAACCUCAACCAACCUGCAAGUGGUCCAAGGAUGGUGAUGCUGUCUCCACCAAAGCUAUGAUUGCCUCCAAUGAGGAUGCCAGCGAACUAGUGAUCAAGGGAGCAGAGAGGAGUGACUCUGGCCUGUACAACCUCCUGCUGGAAAAUAAGGUUGGCAAGAAGAAAGCCCAAAUCAAGGUCAAGGUCAUCGGUCGCCCAAGUGCUCCAGAAGGACCAAUGGUGUUUGGGGAUAUUCAAGCCAACUCAGUAAAGGUGUCCUGGAACGCACCCACUGAUGAUGGAGGUUCAGAGAUCCUGGGUUACAUCGUGGAGAGGCGUGAGGCAGCCAGAAAUGCCUGGUACACCGUGGACUCCAGAGUGACUGAAACUCAGCUUGUUGUUAAAGGCCUGAAGGAGGCAACAGCGUACCACUUCAAGGUCACAGCGGAAAACUCCUUCGGUAACAGUGCCUCUCUGAAGUCUGAGCAGCCAGUGGUACCCAAGACUGCUCUCUGUGUCCCCGAGCCUUCCAGCACCCCACCAGAGAUCAUGGAUGUCACCAAGAGUUCAGUGGCUCUUGCCUGGUCCAGACCAAAGGACGAUGGUGGCUCUGCUAUCACCGGCUACUUCGUUGAGUACAAGGUGGUGUCCGCUGAGACGUGGUCCCGCCAUGGAGUCAAGAUAACUUCUACUAUGUUCACUCUGCCUGGACUCACCCCUGACACAGAGUACCAGUUCCGCAUCAUCGCUGUCAAUGACAUAGGCGAGGGCGAGGCUGGUCCUGCAUCCGACCCUGUCAUGUGCAAAGAUCCAUUUGACAAGCCCAGCCAACCAGGUGAGAUUGACAUGGUGAAUGUGAGUAACAACUUUAUCACCAUCCGUUGGCAACCUCCAGAGUGUGAUGGUGGAAAGGAGGUCCUGGGCUACUGGGUUGAAUACAGGAAGUCCAUAGAAAGCACAUGGAAGAAGUGCAACAAGCAGAGACUGAAGGAGAAGGAGUUCACCAUGACAGGACUGGCUGAGGCCACAGAAUACGAGUUCAGAGUGUUUGCUGAGAAUGAAACGGGAAUGAGCCGACCUCGUAGGACCGCCACAUGCAUCAAGACUAAACUGAGUAUUGAAAGCAAACCAAGCCUGAGGAAGGAAAUGGAUGAAGUAACUGCCAAGCUUGGCCAGCCUGCAGUCAUGAAGUGCCAAAUUAUUGGCAGACCUGUCCCAGAAAUUAAAUGGUAUCAUGCCAGCAAGGAGAUUGUUGAGUCCCGCAAGUACGAGAUAAGCUCCGACGGCCGCAACCACUGUCUGUCUAUCAUGACUGACCAGCAGGAGGAUGAGGGAGAGUACACCUGCAAGGCCAUUAAUGAUGCUGGAGAAGCUGAGACCUCUGGGGUUCUGGUGUUAGAGGCUGCUCCAUCCUUCCACCCUGACUACCCACUGAAGGACACCUACUUUGCAGGAAUGGGAACGACUCUGCGUAUCCACGCUGUUUACAUUGGUCGUCCUGAGCCGAAGAUCAUGUGGCUGCAUGGGGCAAAGACACUGGAGAAUACCGAAGACAUUAGCAUCGAGACCACUGAGCACUACACACACCUGGUCAUCAAGAAUGUCCAGCGUAGAGUUCAUGGAGGAAAAUACAGGAUCAGACUGCAUAACCACUUUGGCAGGGCAGACACUGCAUUCAGUGUUGAAGUCUAUGACAAACCUGAUAUUCCUCAGGGUCCCAUCGUCCUGGAAGCCCUCCUCAAGAACUCCGUCAUCAUCAGCUGGAAGCCUCCAAAGGAUGAUGGAGGCUGUAUGAUCACCAACUACAUUGUGGAGAAGCGCGAGGACAAGGAGGGCACCGAGUGGGAACUGGUGUCCUCAUCCAUCAACAGCACAUCCUGUCGUGUGCCCAACCUCAUUGACAGUGCUGGAUACUUCUUCCGUGUAUAUGCCCAGAAUCGCUAUGGCAACAGUGACCCUCUGGAGCUGACUCUCCCUAUUCUGAUCAAGAGCCAGCUGGAGAAACCAUCACCACCUUUGUCACCAGUUGUUUCUGGAAUCACCAAAGACUCCUGUGUGGUUUCCUGGAAACCUCCACUCAGCGAUGGAGGAUCCAAGAUCAAGAGCUAUUGCCUUGAAGAGAAGCACAAGAAGGAUAAGAAGGAAUGGACUGAAUGGGCUCCGGUGACCACAGAUGACAUCAAACAAACGGUGUUCUCUGUCAAGCGCCUGACUGAGGGCAUGCAGUACAUCUUCCGUGUGAAGUGUGAGAACCUCGGCGGACAGAGCGACUACAGCGAGGAGACUGCUCCCAUGGUUCCAGCGGCAGCAGUGGAGGUCCGUGCUCCAGCCUUUAAGGAGGAGCUGAGGAACAUGAGUGUUAAGUACAAAAGCAAUGCUACACUUGUCUGCAAGAUCACAGGACAGCCCAAGCCUGUGAUUAAAUGGUUCAGACGAGGAAAGGAGAUCCAUUCAGAUGGAAAGAAGAUCAAGAUCCAGGAGUUCAAGGGAGGAUAUCACCAGCUGGUCAUCACUGAGGCUGAUGAGGAGGACUCCACAGUGUAUCAGAUCAGGGCUACCAACCAGGGAGGCUCCAUCUGUGCUACAGUCUCUCUGGAUGUCGAAAUUCCUGCCAAGAUCAACCUGCCAAAAAAUCUGAAGGACAAGGAGGCUAUCCCUGCCCUGCGUGGGGAGGUGGUCAACAUCAAGAUCCCUUUCAGUGGUAAACCAGAUCCUGUCAUCACAUGGCAAAAGGGACAAGAUCUCAUUGACAGCAAUGGCCACUACCAGGUCAUUGUCACCAGAUCUUUCACUUCCUUGGUGUUCUCAAGCGGAGUGGAGAAGAAAGAUGCCGGUUUCUACAUUGUCUGUGCCAAGAAUAGGUUUGGCAUUGACCAGCAAACGGUUGAGCUGGAUGUUGCUGAUGUACCUGAUCCACCGCGCGGUAUCAAAGCCAGUGACAUCUCCAGAGACUCAGUCACUCUGAACUGGGUGGCCCCUGCAAAUGAUGGUGGCAGUAAAGUUGUAAGCUACAUCAUUGAGAAGUGUCCCACCACCGCCGAGAGGUGGCAGCGCGUCGCCCAGUCCCGUGACACCCACUACACUGUCACUAAUCUGUUUGGAGGCACAAGCUAUCAGUUCAGAGUUAUUGCUGAGAACAAGUUUGGACAGAGCGCCCCAUCUGAGACCAGUGGACCAGUCAUGACCAAAGAAGACAAAUCUCGAGUCCUGCUUUAUGACAGGGAGGUCGAUGAUACUGGUCGUGUCCCUAAAGGCAAGGCUCAACACUCAGAUUCCAAAAAUCUGCACAACAAAUAUGCCAUUGCAGAGGAACUGGGCAGAGGUCAGUUUGGUAUUGUCCACCGCUGCGUAGAAAUCAGCACUGAGAAGACUUACAUGGCCAAAUUUGUCAAAGUGAGAGGGGCUGAUCAGGCAAUUAUCAAGAAAGAAAUAGCAACCCUGAAUCUGGCCAAACACACCAACUUCCUACUCCUCCAGGAGUCUUUCGACAGCCCUGAGGAGCUGGUGAUGAUUUAUGACUUUAUCUCCGGUGCGGACAUCUUUGAGCGUCUUAGUACAUCUGAGUUUGAGCUGAGUGAGCGGGAGGUUGUUAACUACAUUAGGCAGGUGUGCUCAUCCCUGGAGUUCUUGCAUGCUCAGAGCUAUGGACACUUUGACAUUAGACCUGAAAACAUUGUGUACAUGACUAGAACCAGCUCUAAUGUGAAGAUUAUUGAGUUGGGACAGUGCAGACAUCUAACUCCUGGAGACCAGAUAAAGAUUCAGUAUACCACGGCAGAAUAUGCUGCCCCUGAGAUCCACCAGUGUGACAUGGUUAGCACAGUCACUGACAUGUGGUCAGUCGGUAUCCUUGCCUAUGUACUCGUCAGUGGAAUUAAUCCAUUCACAGCUGAAACCAAUCAGCAGAUGAUCGAUAAUAUUUCCAAUGCCGCCUACAGCUAUGAUGAUGAGUCCUUCAAGCAGGUCAGUGUAGAAGCACUAGACUUCACAGACCGGCUGAUGACAAAGGAACGUAAGCACCGUAUGACUGCAGCUGAGGCUCUGCAGCAUCCUUGGCUCACAAAACCUGCAGAAGAUGUCAGUGCCAGAGCAAUCCCAACUGGCAGGCAUAAGAGAUACUACCAGACCAUGGUGAGGAAAGAAUGGAACACUGUUGUGUCCGGUGCCCGGGUAGCCAGCGGUGGAUCCAUCAGGUCACAGCGUGGCGUCUUUGUUGCCAAGGUGAAGAUCGCUCCAUUUGAACACGGUCCACUUGCAGGCCAGAUCAGCCAUGUUGUGGCCAGUGAUGGAGACAAUGUAAAGUUCACCUGCAACAUUGACAACUAUGAUAGCAGUACGGAAGUGACAUGGUACUGUGGUGUCAGGCAGCUUGAGGCUGGAGACAAACAUGAAAUUGAAUAUGAAGAUGGCCUGGCCGUGAUUACCAUAAACAAGGUCACCAGAGCAGAUGAUGGCACGUACAGAUGUAAGGUUGUGAAUGAGUAUGGAGAGGACAGUGCCUAUGCAGAGCUGUUUAUCAGUGGUGUGAGGUCCUACCGAGACUUCUUCACAACCCGAGUUGUAAAGAAAACAAAGCGCAGAGUUGACACUGCCAGAAUGCUUCAGAAACCACCGGAGUUCACCCUUCCCCUGGUCAACCGCACAGCCUAUAUUGGUGAGGAUGUGCGCUUUGGUGUCACUAUCACUGUUCACCCUGAGCCUCGUGUCAUCUGGCACAAAUCUGGACAGAAGCUAAUCCCUGGAAACGAUGACAGGAAAUACACCUUCAUCAGCGACAAGGGUCUGUACCAGCUCAUCAUCCACAACCUGGAGAUGGAGGAUGAUGCUGAGUAUAGCGUUGUGGCCCGUAACAGAUACGGGGAUGAUAGCUGCAAGGCUCGUCUUACUGUCGUUCCCCGACCUAAACCAGCAGACCUUACCCUAAGGCCCAUGUUCAAACGGCUGCUUGCAAAUGUUGAGUGCAGGGAGGGUCAGAAUGUCCGCUUUGAGAUUAGAGUUUCUGGCCAUCCAGCACUGAAAUGGGAGAAGGAUGGCACACCUCUAGCCUUUGGACCAUCCAUUGAGGUUGUCCAUGAAGGUCUGGACUACUUCAUCCUUCAUGUGAGAGACACUCUGCCUGAGGACUCUGGUGUGUACAGAGUUACAGCCACCAACUCAGCUGGAUCUGCCAGCUGCCAGGCAACGCUCAAAGUCGAGCGCAGCACUCAUGUGAAGAAGGACUAUGAGACCAGUGAAAAGGAGAAGGAAAAAUCAGCUGGGAAGGAAGAGAUGGACAAGAAGGUCCGGCUGUCUCAGAUUUUGUCUGGCACUGUUGUGACACCUCUACCGCCUGCAGCUGUACAGGCAGUCAGGGAAGCAGCCACCAUGUUCAAACCUGCCGUCACAACCAAGAAGGGUGAGAAGACCGAGGCUGAGAUACAGAAAGAAAAAGAGGAGAGGAAGAAGCGGGCAGAUGAAAAGAGGCUGCGUAUGCCUUACGUUGUCCCCACGCCUCGCAUCAUUAACCCAGCUGUUCUUGAGGAGGAUGUGGAAAUAAAACACUUCCAGCCACUCUCUGACAUGAAGUGGUACAAGAAGCUGAGGGAUCAGUACGAGUUCCCUGAGCCAAUGGAGAAAAUCAGCCAGAAGAGAAUGAAACGUAUUCGCCUCUCCAGGUGGGAACAGUUCUAUGAGGUGCCCGUCAGGAUCAAGGAACACUACAAGCCUAAGUGGCGUCUCACAUCCAUGACUCAGGACGACUUGGAGACUGUGAGGCCUGCAAGGCACCGCAGUCCUUCCCCUGAGAUGGAGGCCUACCGCAGGAUCCGGAGGAGGUCCCUGGGUGAUCUCUCAGAUGAGGAGCUGCUGCUGCCAGUGAAUGAGUAUCUGUCCAUGAAGAGAACGGAGGAGGAAAGACUUCGCCUGGAGGACGAGCUGGAGCUGGGCUACUCUGCUUCUCCACCUAGCCUCAGUCCAGUUCGCUUUGAACUGUCUGCUUUACGUCCUUCAUCGCCAAGAAGAGCCUACAGUGAUGAUGAAGAGGGCGAAGAAGUCCAAAGAUAUGACUCCUACAGAAUUCCAUCUAAAUACGAGGCUGGCCCAAGCUUUGUUGACCUCCGCCAGCGUCAUGACAAAGCUACGUACAAACCUCCAAGGCAGAAGCAAAGGGUGUAUGAAGAGAGGGAAGAUCAGGAGCUGCUGCGACCACAUACAACCACGCAGAGAAUCUCCUCUUACAAGAGUGAACUCAAACGCAUGGACUUUGAGGAGAAGACGCGAAUCUCUAAAAAGGAAACAGCUGUAACAGUUUCAACAUUUUCUGAGGCCGUUGAAUCUGAGCAUCUGACAGCUUUCACAUCAGAAUAUAUUCCUAAACCAAUCAAGAAGCUCCCUGAACCUGAGAUAAAGACGUCACCUGCCGUGGAAAAAGCUUUGAGGACUGAUGUUACUCUUCCUAAAGUGGACUUCAUGUCCAGAUAUGAGGAGAGGAAGCAGACUCUCAGAUCAGAGAGGAGAUCUAUGGAGAAGAAAGUUGAGAUGGUGACACAGGCCCCCUUCAGCCUUGACCACGCUCCACGCAUUACCAUCAGGAUGCGGUCUCAUCGCGUCCCCUAUGGCUGUCACACAAAGUUUACCCUGAACAUCCAAGCCAAACCUGAGUCGCAGGUCCAGUGGUUCCACAACGGAAAAGAGAUCCAUCAGAGCAGGAAAUACCUUAUGACCAACAUGAGUGGAGUUCUGACUCUGCAGAUCAUCAGCUGUGUGACUGAAGACUCUGGUACCUACCGUGUAGUCUGCAAGAACACUAAAGGAGAGACUUCUGACUAUGCAACACUCGAUGUAGCAGGGGAAGAAUAUGCUGCAUACUCAUCUCUCCGCAAAGCAGAGGAGCCUCCAUCUGUCCAUCUUCCAGAGAUGACUCAAACAGAUGUUUACCACGUUUCAUCGUCUACAACAACAGUGAAGGAAGCUGUGACUGAAGCUGUGACUGAAAUUGUGACUGAAGCCACUGCAGUGGUGGAAUCUGCUGCUGUGGAGGUGAGGGAGAAACCAAGUGCUCCAGCCAAGAUCCUCACCAAACCACAGUCCCUGACUGUGGACGAGGGAGAAAAUGUCAGGUUUGAAUGUGAUGUGGAUGGUGAACCAGCACCUUCUAUCACCUGGUUGCAUGAAGGAGAAGUUGUUGGUCCCUCUGCCCGUCACCAUAUCGUCUCCACCCAGUACAACUCCAGCUUUGAGAUCUCUGACGUUGAGAUGUCAGAUGAAGGCAGCUACACACUUGUGGUGGAAAAUGCUGGAGGAAAACAAGAGGCCUAUUUCACUUUAACCAUCCGCAAGUCUGAGUCGAAGGAGAAAGUGGCAGCUAGAGUCACUUCUCCAGAAGCAAAAUCCCCUCUUGCCAAAUCUCCCGAGCCAGUCAAGUCUCCCACGGGAGUAAAGUCUCCAGUGUCCCCAAAGAGUCCUGCACCAACAUCUCCAACGCCAAAGUCCCCAACCCCAAAGUCCCCAACGCCAAAGUCCCCAACGCCAAAGUCCCCAACCCCAAAGUCCCCAACGCCAAAGUCCCCAACCCCAAAGUCCCCAACCUCAAAGUCCCCAACCCCAAAGUCCCCAACCCCAUCUGAGCGGGAACAAAUGGUCUCUCCAAUCAAAUCCCCAAAGAAAGUGGUGUCACCACCUCUUGGAAUGAAGCCGGCCUUCUCAGCUGGGCUUAGUGAUGUCUCUUUUGGUUCUGACUCUAUCAUCAAGCUAUCGGUGAGAGUGACUGGAGAACCCAAACCUGCCAUCACCUGGAAGAAGGAUGGAAAGGUUCUGUCUCAGGGUGGGAAGUAUGAAAUAUUUGAGGAUUAUGGCUCCGCUCAUCUGGAGAUCUAUGAAUCUGAGGUCUCUGAUAGUGGCAUGUACAUGUGCACGGCUGCUAACAGUGCUGGAGCAGUGUCAACAACGUGCAUGGUUACUGUACAAGAUGUAAAGAUCUCCCAAACAAAAGCCACAGAGGAAGUCCUGGAAAAGGAGACAGUACAUGAGGAAAUCUUGCCCUCAGCUACCACAGCGCCCUUCUUCCUGCUGCAGCCCAGGUCCCAGAACGUUACCGAGGGGCAAAAUGUUGAAUUCACCUGUGAGAUUGCAGGAGAGCCUUUUCCUAAAGUGGAAUGGCUGAAAGACAACAUGACUAUAUCUGCUACAUCCAACAUUAGACUGAGCCACUCUAUGAGCAUUUACACCCUGGAGAUAUGUGACGCUGCAGCUGCAGACAGCGGGAAGUACACGGUUACAGCCACAAACCAGUUUGGACAGUGUUCUGCAACGUCCUCCCUCAGCGUCCUCACUCUGAUUGAGGAACCAAAAAAAACGAUUUCUGCUGGCACUGCUGUGAGCAGGGUUCAUACGCAGGCCUCCUCCAUGCAGGCCUCCUCCAUGCAGGCCUCCUCCAUGCAGGCCGCCUCCAUGCAGGCCUCCUCCAUGCAGGCCGCCUCCAUGCAGGCCGCCUCCAUGCAGGCCUCCUCCAUGCAGGCCGCCUCCAUGCAGGCCGCCUCCAUGCAGGCCUCCUCCAUGCAGACCUCCUCCAUGCAGGCCGCCUCCAUGCAGGCCUCCUCCAUGCAGGCCUCCUCCAUGCAGGCCUCCUCCAUGCAGACCAGCAGCUCCCACUCCACUGGUGACCAGUUUUCCUUAGAGAGCAUGUCUGCAGCUAGCAUGUCUGUCAUGAUGGCGGAGUCGGUGGUUUCCAUGAGCUCCAGCAGCCAGACCAUGGAAAUGUCUGUCCUCCCGCAUGUAAAGGCCUCCUCCUCCUCACUGACAGCUGGGCUGAAAACAGGCGUCCCACCGAAGAUCGAAGCUCUUCCGCAGCACGUCAGCGCUGAGCCGGGGAAGUCCCUGACCGUGGCAGGCGUGUUCUCGGGAGACCCCGCCCCCUCUGUCCAGUGGGUCCGCUUGGGUCGGACUCUCCCUAACGGGGACGAGCGGUUCCAGGUGGACAACACAGCCGACCUGGCCACCCUCAUGAUCAGUGCGGUGAAGGAGGCCGACGGCGGCGCAUACACCCUCCAUCUGUCCAACCAGCUGGGCUCUGACUCUGCUACCGUCAACGUCCACAUUCGGUCCAUGUAAAAACCAGGAAAAAGUCCAUCUCUGUCCCCGUCCCCCUCUUCCCACACUUUUUAUUUAGCCAAUUAGCAACAAUAAUCUUACUUGAUAAAGAUCUGGAUUAUUCUUGUAAAUAUGAAGUAUUUUUGUACCAAACUUGACAUUAAUUUAUGCCAAACUAAAGUCUAAAGUUGUUAUAAAAUGUGCCAUAUUGAAUAACUCUGACUUUUCUGUGACAUGUACAUAAUGUAUAUAGCCGAGUUUACCGGUUAUGGGAAAUGUAUGCAUUGUUAUUUAUGACAAUAUUAUGAACUGAAACUAAAUGAAACUAAUGUAGUUUAACAGGAGAAAGUUUCACCAGGAACGAAUACCCUGUUAAAGAGAGAAACUAAACUCUGUGCCUCAACAGUAAGUUGAAGUCUAAAGAUUGCCUCAGCAGGUAGAGAGGCUCCCUGCUGAUGUUCAGAAACAAAGACAACGUUUAUUGUUCUGGACACGCGACCAGCGUGUGAUUACAGUUUCCUGUGAGUUGUACCGUGAGCAUAAGACCCCGAAUGCUGUUUGCUUCACCCUCAUGUAAGCAGCAUGACGCGGCCUUGUGCUCCGACUGAAUGAGUCAUACCGCCACGAUUUGAUGACCAGCAGAGGGCGCCAGCGGCCUGCGCUCUCUGCCUUUAGAUCAUUUUAAUAAGAGCGCUGCUUCUGUCACGGGACUGCCGGCCCUGCUUCCCAAAACGAACACCUCCUGGCCAUAACGGAAGUCCCGGCCGGCCUUCUGUGCAGAAGCAGCGCCGCCUCAUGGAGGAUCGUUAGCUGACGUGUUUGCGUGUGUGUGUCUGUAGCUUUUAGCAGUUUUCAGGGUUUUCUUCGUCCUGAGUCCAUCUGAGUGAGAAGAAAAGCGGUUUUGUUUUUGCCCUUUGAUUUCUUUGAUCUGAUGAUGUAGAACUACACUUCAUCCUCCUUGAGUUUUACGCAUUACUGAUUUAAUAAAGCAUGAUUUCAGCACUAAACA